CGCACCGUUUUAUUUGGGAGCAAGAAGGACUUACUUCCGAAUAAACAUGUUUAGGCUUGCGGAAAGAGCGCCCCCAAAAGCGGAAGAGGUGGUGGGAAAGGACAACAACCCGGAGUCUUCGUGCUUUCUCUCAAAUUAAACUCUGAGCAGAGGAACCUUUUUCUCUCUCGAUCCUGAAAAGGGUCGCGCGCGCACAGUCAUUUCAUGCGCCCCUGGACACUCCGGGGGACAACCCAGCCGGCCUGACUGUGCCGGCGCUUCUCCUUCCAAGGCGUGUGUGGGUGGGGAGGCUCCAUCCAGACCCCCGCGGGAAGGAUCGGACAGGGCGGGUGGGGGAGGAAAGAGAGGCAGGCCGGCGAGCUGCGUCGCGGGGGCCGCCCUCGCCUGCAUCGUGCGCCGGAUCCACGCGGAGGAGAGGAGAGGCGCUGCUUUAGCGGCUGCCGCCGCCGCUCCCUCUCUCCCAUCGCUUCCGCCGCCGGCUCGGGCCUGACCCGGGAGUGGAUCAUUGCAGCAGCCUGGCGGCGCUGGGCUGGCGCCGAGGAAGCCACGGCCUCCGCACCUCCUGCCGGCCCGCUGCAAGCAAGGAUGAUCUCCCCGCAGGGACGAGGCGGGGACGUGGCCCGCUUCUACACGGUCACCGAGCCCAAGCGCCAUCCUCGGGGAUACACCCUGUAUAAGGUCACCGCGCGGGUGAGUGAGCCUUGGGAAGAAAAGGGAAAGGGAAAGAGAAAGAGAAAUGGGAAGGCCGUCUUCCGUGCAAUCUUCGAUUAGGGUUGGGGGGGUCGGUAUAGUGACGAACGGGAUCCUUCCCCUUCUGAUCUCCGCCACAGGCAGGGAGAUCCUGGGAGCCUGCCUGCCGGCAAGUAGGCAGGUCGUCGGUGCGGCUCGCGGGCAGCGGCUCUCCGGCAUCUCCCGAAGCCGGAGAAGGCAGGAUUGGAACCCAGGGCCUCUUUUGGCAACGCUCGGCGGGCAUGUGCUUUUGCCACAGCGCCAUGGCCUCUUACAGGGAUGCCUUUGCUCGUCCUCUCUGCAAGCAGAUGCCCAUAUCUCUCUCUCUCUCUCUCCCCCCCCCCAUCUGCUGAGAGGAGUGAGUGGGCGGCAGAGCGAGCAUUGAUUCUCUUUCUUCCCCGACAUCUCUAUUCAUUUUUCCUCGCUCUAUAGCUGGGUUAGGCAACCUAAGGGCCGUGGGCUUCUCAAUCCGGCCCGCGGAGGGUCUGGGAAUCAGUGUGUUUUUACAUGAGUAGAAUGCGUGCUUUUAUUUAAAAUGUAUCUCUGGGUUAUUUGUGGGGCAUAGGAAUUCUUUCAUCCCCCCCCCCCAAAUAGUCCGGCCCACCACAUGGUCUGAGGAACGGUGGACCGGCCCAUGGCUGAGAAAGGUUGCUGACCCCUGCUCUGUAGGAUGGAGACAGUCGCAUUUUCACUCGGACCCCACUCCAAAAGUACCCAGUUUGGGGGGUAGGAGGGAUCAUAGCAUCUCCCUUCCAUCUCAGAUCUUCUCUUCCCUCAUUUCCAUGCAGGUGGGUUUUAUCUGGAGGGGAGGGCAGCAUCUUCAGAGGAGUGGGCAUUGGGAUGUAGGAAUAACACUGCAAUCCUCUGUCUGCUUAACCUGGGAUAAACACCGCCGAACACGGAGGGACUGGCCCUUUGCACAUUGGGUCAGGGAUGUGAGCUUCCCCCAGUGGAGAUGUGUUUGGGGAGAGAGCCAAAAUCUGCAUUAUGUAAGGCUAGGUCAGAAGGGACAGCCAUCACUAUAGGUGUAGAGAUGAGAAGCAGUUUGUGGUUGUGCCUGAUUUAUGCAUGGGCCUGGUUGUCCAACGGGCAACAGGAGGUUAUGGUUUGAUCUGGGCUUCCAGCUCAAAGGGCAGAGCCAGGUUUUGAUGGUGUAGUAGCACCCAUUUUUUUCCUAGACCUGGUCCUUGAGUAUAAUUCAAAGAGACCAUGCCCUCUCAUCUGUGCUACUGAAAAUGAAGGAAGAGCUGUUUUGUUUUUUUUGCACAGAUGACAGCCUAACUCAAAUGAAAGCCAAAAAAUUAGUCAUAUUUCCCAUGUCUUGAUCUUCCCACCCAUAUUUUAACAUUGCCCUAAAAACAUUUAUUUGAGACCCAGUGUGGCAUAAUGGUUAAAAUGUCUGACUAGGACCUGGAAGAUGAGGUUUCAAAUCCUUACUUGGCUAUGAAGUUCAAUGGGUAACCUUGAGCCAGUCACUGGCUCUCUGCCACACCUCCCUCACAGGGUUGUUGGGAUUAAAUGACAAGGGGGAGAACUAUGUCAGGAAUUUGAGCUCCUUGGAGAAAAAACAUGGGAUAUAAAAGCAACAAAUAAGUAAUCAAGAAAUAAUAGAUUGGCACCUAUCAGAGAAUAGCCUCUUUUGAAAUUCCGUGCUCCGUUACGUCUCUGGUAAGAGACGAGGGCUCAUUCAGACAUUACUUGGGAGAAAGCUUCAUCUGCUAAGAGUCUUGGACCCUCAUCUCUCUUCUCCUGUAAUCCAGCCCACAUUCUCACUGCUGGGAGGAAGUAGCAUUUUAUGCAGGCUAUACUGGUGUUAAUUUAAUAUAUUUAUGUUGCAAGGUUUAUAUAUCUUUUAACAAAAAACAACCUCCAAAUGGUUUCCAUAAAAUACUCAUUUAUUUUAUUUUAUUUUUUAUUUUUAAAAUUGUAUCCACCUGAUUCCCUAUCUGUCCUUGGAAAAAAAUGUGAGUUUUCAAUCAUGAUGACGGAGAUACUGCAGUCAAAUAAACCUGGUACAGCCUGGAUUAGAUGUUGCUUUCUUUUCCUUUCAGUAGUUAUUAAAACAGGUGUGUGUGUGUGUGUGUGUGUGUGUGUCCCAAACUGUGGUCUGUGGACAACCUGUGAUCCGCAGGCUUCCAUGGCAUGCCUGCAUUAAGUACGUUUCCGAGCACAAUUCAAAGUGUUGGUGCUGACCUUUAAAGCCCUAAACUGCCUCAGUCCUGUAUACCUGAAGGAGCAUCUCCACCCCCAUCAUCCAGCCCGGACACUGAGGUCCAGCGCUGAGGGCCUUCUGGUGGGUCCCUCGCCGCAAGAAGUGAGGUUACAGGGAACCAGGCAGAGGGCCUUCUCGGUAGUGGCGCCUGCCCUGUGGAACGCCCUCCCAUCAGAUGUCAAGGAAAUAAACAACUAUUUUACUUUUAAAAGGCAAAUGAAGGUGACCCUGUUUAGGGAAGUUUUUAAUGUCUGAUGCUGUAUUGUUUUUGAUAUUCGGUUGGAAGCCGCCCAGAGUGGCUGGGGAAACCCAGCCAGAUGGGCAAGGUAUAAAUAAUAAAUUAUUAUUAUUAUUAUUCAUAAUGAUUUUACAUAGCAUUACUAUUGCUGCUUUUAUUUCUUAUAUAUUUUAUUUUUUUGUAUUUUAUUAACAUAAGAAGAGCCUGCUGAAUCAGGCCAAUAGCUCAUCUAGUUCAGCAUCCUGUUCUCACAGAGGCCAGCCAAAUGCUCAUGGGAAGCCUGCAAGCAGAACUUGAGGACAACAGCAGUCUGCUCACUUGCAGCUCCCCGCAAUUGGUAUUGACAGCUGAGAUAGCUAUCAUGGCUAGCUAUUCAUUGAUAGCCUUGUCCUCCAUUGACUUUCUCUACUCUUUUAAAGCCAUCCAAGUUGGUAGCCAUCACUGCCUUCUGUAGGAACAAGUGCCAUAGUUUAACUGAGUGUUGUAUGAAGAAGUACUUUCUUUUAUCUGCUCUGCUCCUCCCAACAUUCAUCAACCUGCUACUAUCAAAGGUGCACUGGUUUAACAAAUAUUUAAACUCUAGUUAUAAAUGCCUCUACUUUUUGCAUCUUGGUGCCCAUUUGACUCCUACCUUGUAAUUUUUCUCUGUAUUCAGUGGUACCUCGGGUUACAGACUCUGCUAACCCAGAAAUAGUACCCCAGGUUAAGAACUUUGCUUCAGGAUGAGAACAGAAAUCGUGCUCUGGCGGCACGGCAGCAGCAGGAGGCCCCAUUAGCUAAAGUGGUGCUUCAGGUUAAGAACGGACCUCCAGAACGAAUUAAGUACUUAACCUGAAGUACCACUGUACUUGCCAACUAAGAUUUCGCUUUGUGCAUCUGAGGAUGUGGGCUUCAGCCCAUGAUUGUGUUUGUCCCAAGAAGUUGGUUAGCCUUUAAUGUACCACAAGUCUCUUGGGCCACACCCAAACCCUACAUUUAAAGCCGUAUAAUACCACUUUAAACAGUCAUAUCUCCCCUCCAUCCCAAUCCUAGGAACUGUAGUUAGUUAAGGGUGCUGAGAAUCGUUAGGAAACCUUUAUUCCCAGGGCUUUUAUUUUCAGCUGGAACUUUCAGCUGGAACUCAGUUCCGGCACAUCUCAGGUGGCUGCCUUUGCCAUUAUAAGAGAACAAGGGAAGCAUUCAUAGUGAGUUCUGGCACCUCUUUUUCUAGAAAAAUAGCACUGCUUAUUCCCCUCACAAAACUCUGGAAACGGUAGCUCUGUGAGGGGAAUCGGGGUCUCCUAACAAUUCCCAUCACUCUUAACCAACUACAGUGUUUUCAUUGUUGGGACCUGGCAGGGGUGAUGUUCUUUCCUGUCAUAUUUGCAAACACCUUUGUAACACAGAGUUGGUCUGCCAGUGAACCUGGUGCCAGAAGCCAGCUCCCCAUAGAGCACGCCUUUGGGGUACCUGUUGUCUUCCAUUCUGUGGACGGGACCAAGCCAGCAUCGAUGUUGCUGAGAUAGGAGUGCAAACAUGCUGGGAAUGUGGGCCCACAAGAGCACAUAUUAGCUUGAAACUCUGCCCUGCCAUGUGAUACUGAAAAUCUUCCUGAGGCAACACAUGUAAAUAGUAAUAGUAAUAAUAAUAAUACAGUUCCCAGGAUCCCUUGGGGGAAAGCCAUAACCGUUAAAAGUGGUAUGGUAGUACUUUAAAUGUAGGGUGCAGAUGAUGGGCCCUUUGUUGUCCAUUCCUGGUGGUAAAUUCCACAGUGCCUUUCUCUCAAGAGAUAAGAAAGCAGGCUUGUCCAGGAGGAUGGUAGAUAAGAAAACCCAGCUGUUAAAUUUCCAAGACAAUUCAGUUACUUCAUUGUAAGCCUGAGGUGAAGUGGGGUAUAUGUGUGUGAGAGAGACAAAGAGGAAGAGGGGCAUAAAGAUUGUGCAAGGCAUGUGAAAUUUAAACAGUGAAAGCCAGAACUGUUCCACAGUUAUAGAUAAAUGCUCUUAAAUCAAUAUAUUAAUACCUGUAGGCCCUUGCUCUUUAAGAGAAUUGGAUUUUAAAUGCACUCGCCCAAGCAAGGUUAAAGAAAAGACCCAGUGCACCUGCUCACGCCCACAAUAACAGUCUCCAAAAGAGGCUGGGAUUCCUUUCCUCCCCCUGCUCAUUGCUCCCUUGGUUUUAUUUGGUUCCCGAGUAAUCAAAGCAAAUGCAUCCGAAGCUUCAAAUACCAGGGGAUUAGUGCUUGUUAAAGUAAUGUUAACAACAAGCAUCUACGCAAGGUCUUCCCCUUUUUGUCACAGAAUAGAGCCAGCCAGCAGUACAGAGUUUAGCGCUGGUGGUGCUUGAAGCUGCUGGCAUGAACUGAGCUUACAUGUCAACAUGCUGGAAUUGGAGUUAAAACUUUGACGGUAAGCUUCCUUAGAAUGUUCUCAGUCUUCUCAGGUUGUAUUGUGAAAUGAGUGAUAAUCUGAAUCAGCCUUCCUGUGAUGGUAGGAUUGCUUAGUCUUGGGAAUUGCGGACUGCCAUUGGUUGAGUUGCUGUGAUGUCACCAAAGGGCUGUGCAGCCAUAGGACAGGCAGCCCAGCAUGAAAGCAGAUUGGGAGACCUUUAGCAGUUUUUAGUUCUAAAGUCGAUCAGAGCCUUUGUUGAAUUAAACUUUUUAAGUGUGCUGCUUUCUUGCCGUGGGGUACUCGGUUGGUUGAGUGGAGGCAGAGAAGGGUUGUGGUUCAGUGCUAUAUACGUUGCAUGCAAAAAAAUCCCCGGCAUCUCCAGGUUCGGCUUGGAGAGAUCCCUAUCUGAAGCCUUGAAGAUGUGCUACCAAUCAGUGUAGGCAUUACUGAUCCAGAUGGAUGGAUGGUCUGACUCUGUAUAAGGCAACUAUCUAUGCUACUCUGAGUGGUAUUGGAACAUUUUAAUGACCACUGACCACUCGCUGCAAGUACCACCGAACGCUUUCAUUAAGAGUUGAUUGGAGCUGCCUUAAGGGUACAAAGGUUAUUGCCCUGAUCCAUCACAUACAAGCUGCCUGCAGAAUUGGGUUUGUCUAUGGCCGCUUUCAGUUCUUGCUAAAUUGGCAAAAGUUAUCAGCUGGGAGUGUGGGGCAGUGGGGUUGAUGAAUGUACAGUACUAGCUCCGCAUCUUUCUUUUCUUUUAAAUUGUUUCUAUUAAAGAUUUUGUUGGGUUUCAAAAGUACAUACAGCGUCACUGCUAUCAGUUCAUAGAGUUCUUUCUAACAGAUCAUCCAGUCUUCCAAGAAAUAUGCAAAAUAACAAAAAAAGGUACUGGAAGCUACUCCAGAACUGGCCCUACUGAAUAUUUUACAAGACAAUAACACAAAUAACUCAUAAGCCACCUUCUCUCAGUAGCCAGGAAUCACAGAAUUGUAGAGUUGGAAGAAGUGGCCACACUGAUCAUCCUGCAAUGCAGAAAUAUGUUGCCCAGCGUGGGGCUUGAACCCAUGAUCCUGAGUUUAAGAGUCUCAUGCUUUACUGACUGAGCUAUCACAGAGGUAGCAUCAUUGCUAAACACUGGAGAGGGACCUGUGAGGAGUAAACAUGGACCACUGGUACCAAACUAUAUGGGAAACAGUAGGGGACAAACAAAAGAUGACACCUUCACCCCGGUGUGGCUCCCCUUUCACAACCCAACAAGACAACAACAGGAGCCCACUGACAGCAUAUGAAUCAAUAUUGCUCAGCACCUUUCUUGCCUUCGCAACUUGUGGAAGCUGACCUUCAGAAGCAUGUGAUGCUUGUGGAGGUUUCUGUGUUUUAAAAUGCUGGAAAAUCAGCCUUUAAUAGUGCAGAAGGCUCCCCAUUUCAUAGGGAUAACUUCCACAAUUGGAGGGACGUGAGAACUGGAGUGGAAAUAGCCCUGGCUUGUGUUAACUCUCUUUAGUAACACCUGAAGAGGAUGCAUACUGAGGAUUUGGCUGUGGUUUUUUUUUGUUUUUUGUUUUGCUUGCUUUUAAAUGGGCUCUUAAGACUACUUCCUUUCACCAGGCAUUUUUUAAUUAGAGCCUGUGGGCUGAUGCAUUUUUAUUUGCUGUUCCUGGUGUUGUUGCGGUAUUUUACUGGAGUAUGUUGUUGUGCAUUUUAGCAUCCAUCUCUAUAUGCCAUUAUAUCUAAAGAUUCUGCAUGCCACCUUGAUUUGGCACAAAAAGGUGGAAUAUAAAUGCCCAAACGAAGAAAUAAAUAGCUUGGGAAUUUUUAGCUUUAAGAAAAGGUGAAUAAUAGAAUCUUAGAGUUGGAAGGGACCCAAGGGUCAUCUAGCCUAACCCCCUGCAAUGCAGGAAUCUUAGCUAAAGCAUAAAUAACAGAUGGCGAUCCAACCUCUGCUUAAGAGACAACAUGCUAGAAGUUCAUAAAAUUAUCUCGGAUGUGGAGAAAGUGAAUUAAAAAAAGGCCCCUUCCCCUCAUAAUAUUGGGCUAGCCUUUGUAUCACUUGAGCCCUGCAGCCUGUUUGCGGCCUUCUAAGGAUUGGGGCAUCUAAUUAAAGAGCUUGUGGCUCUAAGGUCAAACUGCCUGCAUGGGGGUCUCAGACCUGGUAUUGGCAGUGAGCACUGGAACCCCAGUAUCUGCCUAAGAUUCCAGCUGCUGCUGCUGCUGCUUGUCCUGCAUGCAGAACAAAAAAAUCAGUAGGUUUGUAAGCCCAGAAAUGGCGGUUGAGUGAGGUCCGAAAUACAGUAGUAGCUUGGAUGCCAAACUCUUUGUGAGUCGAACAUUUUGGCGAACGCCGCAAACCCGGAAGUGAGCGUUCUGGUUUGUGAAGGUUCUUUGGAAUUCAAAUGUCCGACGGGGCUUCCGCAGCUUCUGAUUGGCUGCAGGAGCUUCCUGCAGCCAAUCAGAAGCCGCAUUUUGGUUUCCGAACGUUUUGAAAGUCAAACAGCCUUCCGGAACAGAUUCCGUUUGACUUCCAAGGUAUGACUGUAAGGAGGAUUGGCAAUUUAAAAUGACAGAAUAUGCAGAGCUGGCAGGUCUAACAAGUAAAAUAAGACAACAAGAAGAUCAGGUAUAUAAAGAGGAAUGGACAAAUUUUGUGUAGUAUCUGGAAAACAACUGUAAACAUGUGAAAAUGUUAGUAGGAUUAAGGUAAAUUCAACAGUAUAACACAUAACAAAGGAGUAAUAAAGGAAUAAGGGAGUUAAAUGGCUAUGCAAAAAUAUGCGGGAAAAUUAAAGGAACCAGGGAAAGGGAAGAAGGGAAGUCAUGAAUGAUCGGUUUAUUUUAAAGAAAGAUAUGAAUGGGGAAAUUUUUCUUUUAAUGUGAAUGUGGUUUUGAAAAAAAAUUGUAACACUGAAAAAUAUAAAAUUUUAAAAAAGAAAAGAAAAAUGUAAGUAGGUUCCAGUGGAUGCAUUCAGACUUGUUGGUUUGUUUCACCUACAGUGCACCCCUCCUUUUACCUUUAUUAUGGUUGUUCUCCCAUCAAGCGGGAAAGACCAGUCAGAAACAUUUCCGACUUUAGUAAUUCAGCAGGAGACUUUUGGAUGCUUUCUAGGGUGUACUUUCAGUUCGUACUGGGCAAUGCUGAGAUCUUGGCCUGCUUGUCUUGUGAACUGACGAUGCACCUUAGAAUAUUCCCUAGAAUAUGGUACAGUACAGGGAGCUUCUGUGUUGGACACACAGGGGCUUAUUGGUAGAUUGGUGUGGGGGAAAGUUGGAAAUUACUGAUGAAGAGGGAAAGAAGGAGGAUGAAGAGGAAAAAGAGGUUUCUUUUCUUAUCGUGUGGUUGAAUUCCAUUGUUUAAUGACUUGCCUUUCUGUUCCCUUGCACUUCUGCAUUUUUGCCUACAGUACAAAAAUACGCUGAAUGUGGUGUUGUAAAUGGCAUGUUAUUUUGAAGACAGUUUGCAAAGAACACACACUGAGAGUAAUAGGAUUGGGUGCUCUUGCUCUGCCUUGCGUUGGAUCAUGAUGUUCUCAUACGGUCUGAAGUGCAUUGAAUUCAAUCUGCAUAGGUGUCAGCUGCACUCUAUGGGACUCACAUGAAUUGGUUUCUACAUGUGUAAACCCCUCCGCAGAUAUGAUGCUGGAAUGUGUGGAUAUCAAGACUGGGAUGGAUGAGUAUAAUCCUAAUCAAGCAUAGCCCCAAAUAAAGAAAGGGUUUUUAAAAAUCAAUAUUAGAUCAUUGGGCACUUUUGUGUGCUCUCUCUGUGUCUCUCAUUAACAAAUUCAAGCACUGACAGGGCUUUUGCUUUUGUUUUUCAGAUUGUUUCUCGAAAAAAUCCAGAAGAUGUCCAAGAGGUAAACCUUUUUCUUUUAAAGCAUCUUUGGUUCUAACAUAGGUAUGGCACAAACUGAUGUCUUUUUAUAUUGCAAAAUAGAACAAGUAAGUUCUGUUCCUGUUUUAGUGACUAGAUUGGCAAUUGAUGGCUAAUCUUGUUUCUACUGCCUCAGUUGGUCAUUUGCUCGCAGGCUAAGUCUAGGGAUCCUCCUGUGCAGGUGUGCACACACCUCCACACGCACGCACGCACGCACGCACACACACACGUUCUUCAUCAUCUAUCUGAUAUUUGAAAGAGAGUCCUAAUGGAUUGUUAAGGAAAUGGAUAGCAAUGCACUUUUCUCUUUCAAGUUACCAUUGUGUAAUUAGCACAGUUCUAAUUAAAUUAGUGAGGUCCUCAGUCCUACCUUGGGUGUGUUACCUACCCAACAUAACUGUGAACUCCUGGUGGCCAUGAAGUUUUCCCAAAAUGACAAAUACAGUACACAUACACACACACACACACACACAGAGAGAGAGAGAGAGAGAGAGAGAAAGAAAACAAUGCCCAAAGCAUAAGCACAGCACCACUUUCUGAAAACAUCUUAAGAGUCAGGGAAACUAUUUAAUAUCCUAUCUACAACAAAUACCAGAAUGAUGAAUGGAGAAUUGGAGAGAGAUGUGAUCCAUAACCAUCUGAACACCAGACGGUGAAAGUGAUUAUGUAAGAUUAACAGGAUGCAAAACAGAGUUGACAAAAGGAAAAAUAAGGAUAGGAAGGUAGGAAACCGUCUUCUCUGACGGGCAGUAGCUCCCUAGAGCCUCAGGUAGAGAGGUCUGUCAUAUAAUAUCCUACUUUUUGUCUGAACAUUUCCGGGAUGAAAUCUGAGAUUUUAUUCAUUCAUAUCAUGUGCUCUACCACUGAGCUACGGCUUCUUUCCCAAGGGAAGCGGAACAAUCUAAAAUACCGUAUUUUUCGCCCUAUAAGACGCACUUUUCCCCCUCCAAAAAGCCUGCGCUCCGGAGGCUUUGCGUUGCUUCCGCUGAAGCCAGGAGAGUCUGCUCUUUGAGACUGGCAGUGGGGGAAAGCAGCGCCUCCUCCAUCUCCAGCCCCAGAGGAUGGGGGGCAGCGGGAAGGCGCGCUACGAGGAGGGACGAGGCUUUUCCCCGAGGAGGGAGAAGGGACUGACUGGCCGAGUCCGUCCCUUCUCCCUCCUGUGGGCUUUUGCGGGAGAUGGGGGAAUUCCCCCACCUCCCGCAAAAGCAGGCAAAAGCCGCGCGCUCUUUAAAGGGGCUCCGCGGCUUCUGCUGGCUUUUCUAGGAGGUGGGGGAAUUCCCCCACCUUGUAGAAAAGCCCGCAGGAGCCGCGCACCCUUUGAAGAGCGCGCCGCUCUUGGGGGCUUUUCCCCGAGGAGGGAGAAGGGACUGACUGGCCAUUUCAGUCUCUUUUCCCUCCUGGUCGAAAAGCCCAUAGGAGUCGCGCACGGCUCCUGUGGGCUUUUGCGGGAGGUGGGGGAAUUCCGCCACCUCCCGCAAAAGCAGGGAGAAGGUCUUGGAGUAGCGCACAGAGCUGCGGGGGGGAAAUCAUAUUUUUUUCCUUGAUUUCCCCCCCUGAAAACUAGGUGCGUCCUAUGGGCCGGUGCGUCCAAUAGGGCGAAAAAUACGGUACUUGCAGCUGAGAAAGUCUUCACAUAAACCUUCGGGCAAAAGCUUUGAUGAGUGGAGGAGGGCUGUUUAUGAGAACACAAGCAGGCCAAAGGCCCAUUCAGGUCACAUCCAUUCCAUGCAGUUAGGGCACAUGACUUCCCCAGAAAGAAUCCUGGGCACUGUAUUUUCUUAAGGGUGCUGGGUUUGUCCCUCUGUGACGGGAUAAACUACACUUCCCAUGAUUCUUUGGGAGAAACCAUGUAUGGUGUGGCUGUGAAAACAGUUCAGCAUCUUGUCAUGGUGACCACAUGUGCAUCUGCACAUGUGAAGCCUGCAACAGGACCUGAGUCCUGCUGCAGCAACUGGUGUAGAGAAGCAUGCUGCCUUUGACAGUGAAGGCAGAACAUAGCAAUCAUGGCUAGUAGCCAUUGAUAGCUUUAUCCUCCAGGCAUAGGCCAGGAGUCCUGAGGCUGUGACCAGAGCAAUAUAAUUCCACUUGUGCAGUUUUGGGGUGGGAAAUGCUCAGCCCCUGUACUGCUGAAGUGCUCACCCGGCUGCAUGAAACAGAAGAACCAAUGUUUCUCAAUCUUUCUUGCCGCAUUCCUCAUGCAAGGCUUCCCGACAUGUUUUGCAUGAGAAAGACACGUUCUCUUUAGAUCGAAAGCUGUUUCUGCACAUGAAGUAGACUUCUGGGCAUGAUGCAAGAAAUCAGCAUGUAGGAAGGUGCAGGCAGAAUCAGACAAGAGGGACUGAAAAGGGCAGAUGGGUCUGUGGGCAGAGGGGUGAGUGAGAAAGGGUGAGUAAGGUCAAGGAGAGUUGGGAGUGCUUAACACAAGGUUCUGGCAGUAUGCCGGCAGUAGAGGCUUAGUGAGAAUAAAGUGGGUAUGAUUUCAGUGAGAUGGGAUUCUAGCAGAGGCAUUUUGAAAUGAUGAAAGAGGGUGGAAGGGGAAGUUGGGAAGAUGGUCAGGGUAGGUAUAUCACAAAGCCUUCUCCCUUGUGGCUUCUACAGUAUAUUUAAUAUUUGAAAAUAAGAUCUUUGCCGUAAUGAAAGAUGCAUUAUGCACUCCCACUUCCCCCACAAUCUAGAAAUAAAACAUUUUUUCAUAGACUCAGUUGGUUCACCUAUUUAUAGCAAAUUUAGUAAAAUAUCUAUCUAUCUAUCUAUCUAUCUAUCAUCAACAACUAUCAUCUAUCUAUCAACGAGGGAAAUUUGAACUUGAAACAACCUGACUGAUUUUGACAGUCCUUGCAUAUAGAUCAUUGAGUAAGAACAAAUAUAAAAAUGGAUUAAUUACAGAAACAUUAUCCCAAUAUUGUCAAAUUGUUUGCUUCCUACUUUCUGCGUGCAAGGGUAAAACCAAGUUGCCAAAUCUUUUCCUUGUUUGUCCAGUGGGGGGUGGAGAACUUGCAGCCUUCACAGAUGUUGCUGGACUCCAAAUUCUAUAAUGCCUGGCCCAGUGGUCAGGCCGGUUUGACCUGAUGGGAGUUGGAGCCCAGCAAAAUCUGAAGGCCCACAAGUUCCCCAUCCCUGCAUCGAUCACAGGAGCUUUCUCAGACCUUUUCUAUUUCACCUUUUAUGUCUGUGACAAAGGUAGACCAGCAAAUGAACUCUCUUCCAGAUUUGUCGUCUUCUAGUUUGUAACUUGUUGUUCACCUUUUCCAAGGAGGAUCCUGAACUGGAAAUAACCCGUGAAAACAGGUUGCCAUUAUCAUCUUCCUAAGAAGAAGAGCCUGCUGGAUUGAGCCAAUGGCCCAUCUAGUCCAGCACCCUGUUCUCACAGUGGCCAACCAGAUGCCUGUGGAAAACCCAGAAGCAGGACCUGAGCACAAGAGCACUCUCUGCCUCCUGCGUUUUCCAGGAACUGGUUUCAGAUGCGUUAUUGCCUCCGACUAUGGAGGCAGAGCGUAGCUGCCAUUUUGUCAGACUAGCCACACCGAGGCCUGGUUCACACAUCCCAUUAAACCAUAGUUAAAAUACACAAGCCAUGGUCUGGCUUGCCACAUCAUCUGAACCUGGGCUCUUGGUUUGUUUCUCUCUAGACAAACCAUAAGCAGAAGAUAAAGUUUGUUUUUGGCUUGCCACAUGAUUUAUUUGGAGGAAAGAAACCACAAGCUUGGGUUUGGAUGACACAAGUAGUCUGACUUUGGGUUGCUUUUCAAAGCAGGUCAGAUCCUGCUUGUGGGCUUCCCAUAGGCACCUGCUUGUCCACUGUGAGUGCAGGAUGUUGCAUAAUAUGGGGAUUUGGCCUGAUGCACCAGGGCUUUUCUUAUGUUCUUAUGAUAUGUCAUUGUAAGUUUAUCAGCCAUUGUAAGUUUACUUUCUGUUGCUGUGCUCCCAUCCCCAAACCUUGACAUUUCUCCAGGGCUUUAUUAACAAAGCAUAGUAAUGCAUUUCCUUUCUGGGCCUUAAUGGUUUCUGAAAGUGCAAACACUAAGGUGCCAUACAUGGUAAAUCACCAGGGAGUUUUAAUUUAUAUAGAUGCAGAAGGCAGAUAAUAAUGUUGGUAUACAAAAAGCAUUUGUUUGCAGCAGCAAAUGCUGCUGAUGUGAAAGUUUGCAGCAGUUGACUGUAAGACAUUUACUAUUUCAGACUGAUGCCUAAACCUUUCUCUGCAUGAAAUAAAAUUACUUUUCAAACGGGUUUGGCUUAAUGUCUUGUGUGAGCCAGUUCAUUGCACAGGCUCUGUUUUAAACAGAGAUGUGAUUCCAGUGGGAUUCCCCCUCCCCAUUAAUCUGUUGGAAAUGUAAACAAGACCUACUGUUCCAGGGGUGGUGAACUUUUUCAGCUCAAGGGCCGCAUUCCCUUCUAGGUAGCACUCUGAGGGCCACGGGUCUGUGCUAAGUGGGGCCAGGAGCAAAUGCUAAUUUACUCACACAUCCCCCUCUAAUCCCCCAUGUAGGCAAGGAGGAAGCACUUAUCAGAGUUGAAAUACACAUUGUAGCCUGGCAAAAGCACUCAAGGAGGACUCAAAGUAUGACCAGGAGAGAUGUGGCCUUGGGAGAGUCCUGAGGGCAAGAUAGAGAAGCCUAGAGGCCUUCAUUUGGCUUAGGGCCUCUUCUGUGUUCUUAAAGCAGCAACAACAGCACACAUAAUUUAUAAUUUUGGAGCCAUUAGUGACCUUUGCUUCCAAACAGUUGUUCACGUGUAAACUUUGGCCCAGAUACAGGGUGAAAUGCGCUGUUUGUUGUCAGAAAAGAACCUGCCAUUUGUCCAUAUGGAAUGCCUGACUUCCAAACUUGGAGAUGAGGGAAAUUAUCUGGCAAAUAGAUAGUGCAAUUGUGUUUAAAUUGUUUUGUUUGAUUGCCAGUUGGCUUUGCUUAAAGCUAGUAUUAGGUGCAGUAUAUUUUAAAAUAUAUAUUACAUAAUAAAUAACAAUAACAACAACAAUAAUAAUAAAUGAACCAUGAUCAUCCAGAUUUUACUCUUAGGGUUAGAAGUGUCAAGAUCUGGAAAGAACAGUAUCUCCCUUUCUGUUUUUUCCAAUUCUUUGGAGAGAAAAAAGCAAUUUAAAAACCACAUUGCCAAUUGCGACUGGAAAGAGGCAACACAAUCUGCAAGGCAUUGAGGCCCUCAGCUAUGUUUAGUUGGUGUGUCCUGGUGUUUGCUGGGUCCUGCUCAGUCUGCUCCUGAUUAUUGCUCUAGAAAAAGGAACAGUCCACUUCAGAUCCAUGCGACGGUCAUCUCCAGGCUUGACUACUGUAAUUCGCUCUACGCGGGGCUGCCCUUGAAGCUGUCCCAGAAACUCCAGCGGGUGCAGAAUGCUGCAGCGAGGCUCCUCACGGGGUCUCUGCCAUGGGAGCAUAUUCACCCAGUGCUUUUCAAGCUGCACUGGCUCCCGGUGGAGUACAGGGUCAGAUUUAAGGUGCUGCUUUGACCUUUAAAGCCCUUCACGGCCUAGGACCCUCAUACCUACGGGACCGCCUCUCCUGGUAUGCCCCACGGAGAGCCUCAAGGUCCAUAAAUAACAACACCCUAGUGGUCCCAGGCCCUAAGGAAGUUAGAUUGGCUUCAACCAGAGCCAGGGCCUUUUCAACUCUGGCUCCGGCCCGGUGGAACGCUCUGCCUCAUGAGACCAGGGCCCUGCAGGAUCUGAUUUCUUUCUGCAGGGCCUGUAAGACAGAGUUGUUCCGCCUGGCCUUUGGCUUGGAGCCAAUUUGAUUCCCUCCCUCCCUCCCUCUCUUUCUUUUUUCUUUUCCUUCUCCUCCUGCGAUGAGGCUACAUUUUAAUAUUUUAAUGUUCCAUUAUUUUAAUGUUGUAUUUUAUUUUUGUUUUUAAGUUGUAAUCAUUCAUCUUGUUUUUAUUAUUGCUUGAGCCCGGCCUUGGCUGGGGAGGGCGGGGUAUAAAUAAAAAAUUAUUAUUAUCUUCUGAAUUAGCACUGAGUUUUCUCACCAGAAAGCCUAUUCUUAAUUUGAAUAGUGUUGCAAUUUGAGUACCCCAGCAGCUUCUGUGUCUAGUUGCUUUCAGAGAAUUGUUACCAUGGACAAUUUAAGUGGGUGGCUAUUUAGAAAUUUGUGGCAGGGCUGUCUUAAGGGGAAGGACAAGAUGGCGGCCAUCUCCAUUUCUCCUACAGAAACUGACUGGGCUGGAAGUUUACUGUUACUUCAACACUGACACUUCCACCACACCUAAGGGUGGCAAGUUAGCUUAAGGGGUGCGGGGCUGGCCGCUUGGCACACAUACCUCUGCCCCCAUCAGAAGGGGGCUUCUUCUGAUGCUCCUCAUACACUUCAGUACCUGCCACCUGAGGCAGCUUCCUCACUCUGCCUUAUAGUAGGGCUGGCCCUCUCUGGUAAAGUGGUAAGAGCUUUAAAGGGAUGAGUCUCGAUGUAAAUCUUUGAAGUGAAUGGCCUCCCUCAGAGUAAGAACCUUUCAUGAUUCACUUUUUUCAGUGAAUUUGGGUCAUUGUAUUUGCUCACUUCAACACCUUAUCAAUUUUAUCUACUCCCCCCCUCUUUACCAUAAGAAUCGGCAAAUGUUUCUUGUUUUCAUCUUAACCAAAGAGCUGCUCCGGUUUCUUAAUUAUUUCAUUCCAGCAAAAAUGUUGUAACUAGGUGGAAUAGGCAAAGACCACUUAUUCUUAGCAUAUCAUUAUUUUUAGUGGUGGAUUUUCUGUUUCUGUUCUUGUGGGUGGACAUUAUUCUUCUCCCUAUCCCUUUCCUUUUGGUUGCUGUUAAAGAAAUACAAUAAGACAGCACCCUUUUGCCAUGCUUAGCAUUCCUUGUAGCACCCUCCUCUUCUGCUGUAUCAUCCGCUCGAAGAUGUUAGUUUGCUACAUAACUGGUGCAAAUGAGGUUGAGGUUUUGAACCAAGGGGUGGCAAAGGGCCAUAGUAGCUGGUUGUUGUUCCUUAAUGCUUCAGUGGUCAAUCUGUGCCAGCCACCAUUUUUGUUAGGGGUUAAUGGUCUGCAGUAUGGACAGGGCCCAAACCCAAAGUGGAUGGGACCAAGUCAUACAGGUGUGCAGACAUAGGCACACACAUGUACACACACAUAGAUUUUGAAACAAAGUUGGCUGACGACCGAAGCAUUUUGGGAUGCUGUGAUGUCCCUCUCUGAGAUUCUAAUUUAGAUGUAGUGACUUCACUUCCCUUGCGGCCAGCCCAAUGCAUUCUGCCACCUGAGGCAAAGGACAAGGUACACCCCUCCAAACAAAAUUCUGUGUGCAGAAUCCAGCUGGACUGGCAGCUGAAUCGAAUCUUACUUCAGCAGUAGUGGAGGACAGCGGCCUCCACCACAUGUGGGUGUGGCAGGCUAUUUCAGGGGGCAAAGGCAUAUCUCUGUCCCUUGAUACUUUGCCACCACUGCCCAACCACCUGGUGCCUGAAGCAGCUGCCUCACUCUGUCUAAUGCAGGGACGUCCAACUCCCAAUAGACCGUGAUCCACUCACAGUAUAAAAAAACUGGCAGUGAUCUACCCAUUGUCGUUGGAUGGACCUCAGUUGUUGAGAACUUUUUUUAGGAAGCCAAAGUUCUUGUGCUUUUUGGGGGAGGCCAAAGUUGUUGAGCUUUUAGGGGAGGGGAAGUACCAUAGAUCACGGAGGAGCCAGAGAUCUACCAGGAACACCCCACGAUCUACCAGUAGAUCGUGAUCUACCUGUUGGGCAUGCCUGGUCUAACGGAAGGGCUGUCGCUGGCUGUGCUGCCAAGAGGGCCAAACUGUUUGCCUCCAACUAUGGGUGACUGCAAGGGUGGGGGUUGGCAACACGGGCUGUUGCCCCUUCAGCAGUUAACUGUAACCUCCGGAUUCCAAGCUUUCGGUUUUAUUUUGUUUUUCAAAAAGAGUGUUUUCUAGCAUUUGUAGAAAUAGCAUUUGUAGGACCCUCGUACCUAUGGGACCGCCUCUCCUGGUAUGUCCCACGGAGGACCUUACGGUCUUCAAACCAAAACAUCUUGGAGGUCCCGGGCCACAGGGAGGUUAGGCUGGCCUCAACCAGAGUCAGGGCUUUUUUGGCUGUGGCCCCGAUCUGGUGGAACGCUCUGUCACAAGAGACUAGGGCCCUGCGGAACUUGACAUCUUUCCGCAGGGCCUGCAAGACAGAGCUGUUCCACCAGGCCUUUGGCCAGGGCACAGCCUGACUCCCUCCCUCGGCAAUCUUCGCGGAGCUCUGGCCCAGUGGUUGCCAUUAAUCUGAUUUUGAAUUGAUUUUAGAAUGAAUUGAUUUUAGAAUGCUGUGUUUAUAUUUGUAAGUAAAACAGAUAUUACAGAAUGCUGCAAGUCCCCAUUGAUCUCUCCUUCGAAAGGAAGUCACAUCCCUAGGUUAGCGCUAUGCCUGGAACUUCUUCCUGCCCAGCAAAGUGAGGAGCCUGUGAUAGUAUAAAGUAAAAUUUAUAUAGGCAACCUGAAAUCAUUUUAUGUGUCCUGGGGGUGUCUUUUCCUGGCGUUCUUCAGCCCAUGUUUAUACAUGUUGCAUAAUGUUUGAGCUGCAAAAGAGGAACUGAGAGAAGGGCUGUAGUUCAGUGGUAGAGCCUUCCUUGCCUGCCAAAUGUCCCGGGUUCAAAUCCCUGACAUUUUCAUGUAGGACUGGACAAGAAAUGUUGGGCCCCUCCAGACUUCUGGUUUUUGUGUGUCUUUGUUUUGCGGGUUUAUUCUGCAGCAUGUCAUUGAUUUAAUAAUAGAGUGUUGGGGUGGAUUUCUACUGGAUAGUCUAUGCAUCCUUCUGCUUUAUUUGUUGCUUUGCAAUGCUCCCGCAAUGUUACUGCUACUAUUGCUGUUCGGAGGGGCACCUUUGAGUUAUUAUAGUGCAACAAAAGCGAGACACACACCUGUGGGGAUGUUCAUGAUAUAAAAAGUCACAGGAUUUUAGCAGGAAGCUGCAGGAGAUGCACAUAUUGGGAAUGAGGCAACAUGUCUGCCUUGAAACCUUUGCAGGUGCAAAUAGUAUUGAAAGUAAGGUUGUGUAUAACUGCCCUGAUACCACAAAUCACAGAAUCACAGAAUUGAUCAUCUAGUUCAACCCCCUGCAAUGUAGGAAUCUUUCACCCAACGUGGUGCUCGAACCCAAGACCCUGAGAUUAAAGAUUUCAUGCUCUGCUGACUGUGCUGUAAUCAUGAAUGCACAAUACAAAGCAAAUUGAAAUGGGGGGGGGGGGACUGUCCCGAAAACCUGCAGUUCUGCUGCCACUCAGUGUAGUAGACAAUACUAAGGUAGAUAGACCAGUGGUCUGACUCAGUAUGAAGUAGCUUUCUUCUAUUAACCAAAAUCCACAAAUGCCCUUUUGGUUGAUUGGGGUGGAAAUUGCUUAAGUUCAAGCACAGCAGCUGCUUGCGUAGUUUAAGUAGUUUAUGGACUGCCUUGGAGAUUAAUUGUUGCUUAAUAUAUUGGCUGAACGAUACUUCGCAGGGAUGCGGGUGGGUGUACAGCAAGGGCAAGAUUUGAUUAAUAGCUGCAGUUAAAGAGUUUAGUGACUUUUAAAAAGAUCUCAUAGGGCACGUAUAAUACGCUACUGUGUUGGUUUCUGCCAUUCUUGGUAAAUGCUCAAUUAGCAGGAAUGAUUGCCUCAUGGGUGUUUGUUUUCUGUUUUCACUUCAGAUAGUCGUUUGGAAGAGAUACAGUGACUUUAAGAAAUUGCACAAAGAACUCUGGCAGAUUCAUAAACACUUAUUCAGGCAUACAGAAUUGUUUCCUCCUUUUGCUAAAGCAAUAGUAUUUGGUAAGCAUAUAUACUUUUUUUUUAAUUUGCUAAAAUCAUUUGGGAAUGAUUGGUGAAUAAAUCUGUGGAUUUUCAGAGUUCUGUAUUGUGCUAGCAUUGUUUUGAUUCUGCCAAAAGCAACAUAGUAACUGAAGUAUAUUGUGUGUGAUCAGUUUAAUAAUAAUAAUACCCCACCCAUCUGGCUGGAUUUCCCCAGCCACUCUUUUAAACACUAGUAACUGGUAUUGCAUAAGGAAACAAAAACCCACAAACCUCUCCUCACCCCCUACACUUGGUCUAUAACACGUGCUAAGUUUUAUUAGUGACUGUAGAAACUUAGACAUAAAUGAUAGUGCAGAUCUGCAAACUUUGCAGGGAGACACUUCUGUGGAUUCGGUGUAGACCCAACACUACCUAAUAUUUUAUUUCAUAUGUAAUAUUUUAUUUCAUAUUUUCAUAUCCCGGAGUUCCUUAAGCCUUUCUUAUUACUUCCUUCAUUUGUGCAGAUUCCCCCUCCCUUUUAUUUUUGAAACGCACCAAGGGUUAGCCGUUAACCAUAAUUUCUUCAUGUGUUUUUUAAUAACCACGGGGUUAGCGCCAAACCACAGUUGGCUGUUGUGCUGAUCUGUGAGUUGAGAUAACUGUGGUUAGUCAUGUGUUAGCUCUGAAAAAUUAUUAGGAAAGGGAAAUCUCAUGGGCUUGAGGAUGCAAAGCAUUCCUGGUAUUAUAACCCCAAUUGCACAGAAAGGGCUUCUAUACUUCCAAGUGUGAUUAUCUUCUUAAAAAUAAGAAAUUUUAGUAUUUUGUCCGUGUUAGGGCAGAGGGGGCUCACCUGGUGGGUCAGAGCCGCAGUGUUAGCUUCCUGGCGGCAGGGUUGCUGCAGCUUACCAGAGAAGAUUGGGAGGGUGGCAUGGUGCAAAUGCACUUGUGGAGUGCCGGAUUGACUUCACCACUGCCCUCACACACUGCACUGACCUCUCUGCUACCUCCUCUUCCCAGUAAGUGACAGCAAUGCCGCAGUCAGAAAGCUACCAUUGUGGCUCUGCCCGACUGGGUGAGCUGCUGUUGAAUUAGAGGUGGCAAACAUGGUGCCUUUCAGAUGUUGUUGGACUGCAACACACACCUUCCUUGUCAGGUCACCCUGGCUGGGACUGAUGGGAGUUGGAGCCCAACAUAAUCUGAAGGUCACUUUGUUGGUUGCCCUUGUACUAAAUUAAACAAGAGAGGAAUCGCUAGGACAAAGCAACCAUAAUAAGAGAGAGAGCUAGCUAGGUCUCACAACUUCUGCUAGCACCAAGAAGGAGCCUUGUAUCAGGCUGCAGAAAGGCUUUCUUUCCUUUGAGCUUUGCAGUUUCUCUGGGUUUCUCCGUUGCAGAAUAACAUAUUUGCCCAGACUGAAUGGGUUUUUUUGCGAUGCUCAUGCCGUGCCUAGAACAUGAUUGGGCCACACUUGGCUACCGAAUUGCCACAGAGCGUUAAGUUUUUAUAAAGUUCAAGGACAUGAUGCUGACGUGCCCAAAAGACUUGGCAAAUAGAGGGGGGUGGCCAAUGUAUUUCUAUAAUGUAAAAGUCAUCCUGGUUAGUAUACAGAGCUGCUGAGCAAGUGGUCCAAAAGCAAGCGACAAAAUUAUUGCAUCACUAAAGUGGCAGGCAGCUGUGACGUUUGAAAUACAUGCACCAGGGCUUCCCCAGUUUCUUAUUGCAAUUGCACCUCUUCCUGCUGAAUGCAAAGGCCAUGUUCAUGGUGGAGACCAUAGUUCAGUAGAAGAGAACCUGGUGCUAUCUUUGCAAUCUUCUGUCAGGUAGCAGUGAGAUGAAUCACCUCUGUGCUGCACUCAGUGGACGCUUAAAGGUAGCAAGCUGAGGACCCACUUAGAAAUGUGCCAUAUGUGCAAAUAAUGAUGCCGCCCAUCAAACUAUAUUCGUUAUUAGGGACUACGCUUUUGCUCUCUUUGCUCACCAACCCCACCUGCCCCCUACCAAACCCCGCUUGCCAAAGCCACACACACACACUGUUUCUGCUAGAGCUCCCAAAAGUUCCUCAGUUCACCUGGGCCACCCGCUGACUUGCUUUUCUCACCAACCUGCCUCUCCUAAGCACCCACUAUCUCUGAGGGUGCCUGAGAAAGAAGCCUGCUAGCCUGGAGGUGGGGUGGGUGGGUGAUGAAGGAGAGAACAAAGCUUCUUUCUCUCCUUCAUUUCUCCACCUGCCAAUGCCGUGGGAAGUGUGAGAAAGAAGGCUGCCUAUUGGCCUGCUUGCCUGCCUCCAUUUCCAGUUCCCUCCCUUCUUGCCCACCCCCCAUAGCAUGCCUGAGAGCCCAGUUUGUUCUCAUGGUGCAGUUCAUUGCCCCACUGGUCUGUGGCCAAGUGAGCUGCAGUGUGAUAACAUUCGUACAUUUUCAUUACAGUGGUACGUCGGGUUACAUACGCUUCAGGUUACAGACUCCGCUAACCCAGAAAUAGUACGUCGGGUUAAGAACUUUGCUUCAGGAUGAGAACAGAAAUUGUGCGCCAGCAGCGGGAGGCCCCAUUAGCUAAAGUGGUGCUUCAGGAUAAGAACAGUUUCAGGUUAAGAAUGGACCUCUGGAAUGAAUUAAGUACUUAACCCGAGGUACCACUGUAUAAACAUGUUUGAUGAUAUUAGAGUAUGCACUUUCCCAUGUAUAUUUGGCUAAGUUCUCUGCCCCGUGUCAGAAGUUAUGUAGCACAUGGUUCAGAUGAUGCAGAUAUUAUAUAUACACCUGUAUACUUUUUGUCCUGGCUUUCAAUGAAAAUACUGAUUUUUCAGAUGGCCAGCUACACAAAAGUUCUAGAGCAUCUCCUGCCUUUUAUUCACCUAAAGUUCAUUAAAAUCAGCCCAGGAGGCCCUGACCAACCCCUCCCUUUAUUGUUGUGUGGAUGGGAGAUCCCGAACCUUUUCCCCAAUGACUCUCUCCCUUGGGAAUCCCCCCCCCCCCGAGAGGGACAUCUGGCUGGCUUCCUUUUAUCAUUGAUCUUUCAGAGGGUAGACAAAAUCUUCCUGCUUAGGAAAGCAUUCUGAUUGCCACAUUAGCUGGUGUGAUUGUGAUUUUUAUUUAUUUAUUACUGGUUUUUGUAAACUGUGUAAACAAGUUGUUGUGUCAAACUGCUUCAUUGUUGUUUAUCCAUUUAUAUGAUUAUGCCAGCCAUUGUGAGAGGCAUGUGCUGAUCAUGGAGGGUAGCAGUAUUAAAACAUUUAAGUUGGCAAGUAUUAUUCCAUCCUACUGGGUACAGUUGGCUGGUAAGGGCAGGUGUUUGUAAGUUGCUUUGAGUUGCCUUGGGCAAGGCAAAGCAGCUAACAAAUUUAAUAAAGAAUAAGAAUAAGAUAUGGGGAUGCCAUUGAAAGUGAUUGUUGUUCUCUAAAUCCCAGUGAGUUUUUUUGCCUUAAAUUUUGAAUUAAUUGGAUAAUAAUUUAGCCAGUCUGGCACAUAUUCUUUCAUCUCUUCUAAUUUUUUCAUUUUUUGGUUCUCCUUCUGAAAAAUCUAAUUGCUCAUGGUAGGUACCCCAUUUAUCCCCCAUGUUAAUUUUACAUUUGCCUUCCAAAUCUGAAGUAUCAGGGCUCCCUCUCCCCAGAGAAACUUGUGAACUUGGGAAUUGGAUGAAUGCCCUCUUCUUUUUUAAUGAAAAAGGUGGGCUUUUUUUUCCAACUGCUGAUCCUCAGAUAGCCAAAAUGGCACCAUCUAUACCCCAGAGGAAGAUGCUGGCAGGCUUGGAGGAGUUUCAAGGUUGGCAGAAGCACAGAUCUGCUCAAUGAGGACUGAUCAUACUCAGGGAGCAUGGGAUAUUGGGUGUCUGUUGGUGGUGGAGGAAGCAGGGAGGGUGGAAUGGGGUGUCUUGGAAGAGGUCAUGGCUGGCUGAUGCUCUGAACAGGAGCACUUGAUGUUGCAACAUUUUGUUGCAGGUCCCAAUUCUCUAAUGGAAUUUCCAGCAUGCUUGUAAUAAUACAGCAGUUCUGAGGAGUUCCCUAAAGGAAGCAAUGAUGAAUAAAACAGUCCCCCCCCUUCAAACCAUCAUCUCCUUACCUCCCUGGAUGCUUUUAUUGAGUUGCAUGAGCAAGAUUAGAAUCCUGGGUAAAAUGUGCUCUGAAAGUGGCAUUGUUUAAUUUCUCUGCUCAAGCAGAGGUUGUAAAAUAUUCAACGUCAUGAUUGGGUUUUGUGGGUUUUGGAUGUGUGUGUGUUUUUUUUUAACAACAGCUUGCAUUGGGAACAAGAGUUGGCAAGAGCGAGAGCCCGAUAGAAGGGCGGACGAAUAUUUGGAAGGAUGAGAGUAAGACUGGAAUGUUUUGCGCAUUUGGAAUAGUAAAAUUAAGGCGAUGUGCCUGACAGUUAUUGCUCGUUAGUUUUCUCAUUUAUUUUUUGAAAAAGCAAAAAGUAAUUCCCCUGCUUUCAAGACAUUUUCUAACACAAAAUAGGGACGAAAACCUAUUGUUACGUGCUCGUUUGUUCUGUAGACCUUCCCAGUCAGGGAUGGUGGGGGUUGGAAUCCAUUUGGAGGAUACCAUGUUGGCUAGCCCUGUCUUGGUGUAUAUACGGAACAGAAUAUCCACAGAACAAUUAACCUAAGUACCCCACGUUGAAAGAAAAGGCGUGGAAGGCAGUGCUGGUUACCACUGGACCAGGGCCCACCAAACAUCUGCAGGCCACGUUCAUGAACCUAAACGCAUUCUCUGAGUGCCAGUCCUUACGUCGCGAGGCAAGUUGUUAAGCCUUCAAAAACUACUCGGGGCCAAUCUGAUCUUCCCUUUAUGGGAAUAAUCUCAAAAAGGCAGCCCACUUCCAGCAAGGCUUAGUUCUCUGGGUGAUGAGGGAAGCCAGAGUGUGCCCAUUCUCCUCUCCUCACCUCCGUAGCAGCACAGAAGCUUGAAUAAAUGUUUUCUAAAUACUUCUGUAGUUCGGAAGAGCUGCUACAUUCCUUUCUCUCUGCACCCUGUCCCCCUUUGCAAAAUGGGUGGAGAGCUAAGAAUUCCCCCGUUCCCACAAAGUUUCAAAGAUGGAAAGCCAAUGUAUUGUUCUUUCAGUGCUGCUACAAUAGAGACCUGUGCACCACGGGGUUAUAAGAACCCUUUGAUGGUGAGGAAAGAGUUCAUGCUGCUUUCCUGAAUUUUGCUUGGAGUUUUCCACCUUCUCCACUGGAUAGACAAUGCUGGCACGGAGCAUGGAAACCAAAAGUUAAUGACAAUAGACCCAGCUGCUCAGCUUUCUUUGAUCUUUGGUCCUGCUCCCAGAUCUGGCUCCAGCAAAGUAACUUACAACCCCAUAUGCACCUCCUCAAAAGUGAAUGCCGCUGAGUUACUCCUAAGUGUGCAUGUCAGAGGGUAGCCUUAACCAGUAUUUUAAAUUCCUGUUCCCCUUCCUUGUGAGGCUCUCUCCUAGUGACUUUUGAAUUAUUACAAAUAAGAUCCUUUCCCUCUACAACUUGAUCUCUACAGCUCAUGCCAGCCGCAGCCAGAAUGGUCAAUGCUGAGGGAUAAUGGGAGUUGUGGUGUCAGGAUACCACAUUGGCUGCUCCUGCUUUAUUCAUUCAUUGAAGAGACAGCUAAUACACAAUGACAAACAGUGAUCCUAGUCAAUGUGUCACAGAGCAAUAAUGCGUCUCUCUCACUCAGAGGCAAAAGUCCUCUUAAAAAACCCAGACUCUACAACUUUUCUAAAUGGCCGAAGUGAAUUGGCCAUAGUAACUGGCAUAGUCUUUUAUAUCUGACCCGUGUUAGAAAGUCAGAUAUAAAAACCAGGCGCCGAAUGGCUCUUAAAACCAAGGUUUCAGUCGCCAAAACCGAAUGUCUAGUUGCCAUUUUUGGGCAAGCUGGCUGUAAAGUCUUAUUUUUCAAAUGAUGGACUGACUGUGAUUGAUUCUCAGUUAAACAUCUGGCUAGUUCAGAUGACUGGUGAUCAGGGAUGAUGGGAGUUGUAGUCCAGCAACAUCUGGGGACCCACAGGUUGAGAAACACUGAAAGAACUUGGAGAACUUAAAGAAGAAAAGCCGCUUAACCCAGAGACAAUCCACAAAUAUCUUGGCCUAUUCCUACCCCUCUCUUUUAAUGGUGACACGGACCAUUCAUAACGUAAGAACAUUCUUCACAACCGUGAGCGGGGCAGUGGGGUGGGGCAAGCGAAGACAAGUGACAACCAUGAUGUUGUUCACUGUUCCUGCUGAGGCUGCACAGAAAAAGCAUUUUGGUUCCUGCAGUUCAUUCUGUUUGUGCAGAUAAAAUGUAACUGAUAGAAUUCUACAGGGUGUGGUUAUUAGUGUGUGAAAACGGUCCAGAUCCAAGGAAACCCAGGCAGGCAGGUCCGGAUGGUGGAGAUGUCGGAUGCCAUCCUGACACCCAGAUAUCUUCACUUGGUCACAAGUGGCUGAUAACCAGGUGCAAAAUGCGCCAACGCCUGGCUAAUUUCGAACACUGAUUAUGACACUACAGUGAAAAGUCCUGUUUCGGUGUAUAAAGUUAAGAACACAAGAAGAGGCUGGCUUCUGGAUCAGGCCCGUGGCCUAUUUCAUCCAACACCCUCUACUCAUAGCAGCCAGUCAGAUGUGUACCUGAAGGAGCAUCUCCACCCCCAUCGUUCAGCCCGGACACUGAGGUCCAGCACCGAGGGCCUUCUGGCAGUUCCCUCAUUGCGAGAACUAAGGUUACAGGGAACCAGACAGAGGGCCUUCUCGGUGGUGGCGCCUGCCCUGUGGAACGCCCUCCCAUCAGAUGUCAAAGAGAACAACAACUACCUGACAUUUAGAAGAUAUCUGAAGGCAGCCCUGUUUAGGGAAGUUUUUAAUAUUUAAUGCUGUAUUGCUUUUAACACUUGAUUGGAAGCCGCCCAGAGUGGCUGGGGAAACUCAGCCAGAUGGGCGGGGUAUAAAUAAUAAAUUAUUAUUAUUAUAUUAUUAUUGGCACCCUUCCCUCUCACGGUUCUAGCAGCUGGUAUUCAGAAGGACAAUGUCUCCAGCUAUGGAGGCGGAGCUUACCUUCCAUGCAUCUGUCUCAUUCUUUUUUAAAGGUUGUGUUUUUAAUAUUUCCCCCCCAAAGAGAUGCAUUGCAUGGAAAAUUGCAUAACCAAGGAACAUUACAGCUACUAUAUAAAUAAAAGUGUAUUUCCAGCAGGGUUGGGGAAGUCUGUUUUUGCUAGUCAUGUGGAAGUGUGCAAAGCAAUACAAAGCCCUCGAACUGCUUCCAUGAUGGCUGGAACUUGGCCACUCCUGUAAGAUUUUGUCAGCCGUUACCCAGAGUCUUUCAAGCCUAUUUCUGCAAAGUUAAACCACUGAGCCUAGGACUUGCCAAUCAGAAGGUCGGCGGUUUGAAUCCCCGCGACGGGGUGAGCUCCCGUUGCUCAGUCCCUGCUCCUGCCAACCUAGCAGUUCGAAAGCACGAACUGCAAGUAGAUAAAUAGGUACCGCUCCAGCGGGAAGGUAAAUGGCGUUUUGUGUGCUGCUCUGGUUCACCAGAAGCGGCUUAAGUCAUGCUGGCCACAUGACCCGGAAGCUGUACGCCGGCUCCCUUGGCCAAUAAAGCGAGAUGAGCGCCGCAACCCCAGAGUCAGUCACGACUGGACCUAAUGGUCAGGGGUCCCUUUACCUUUAAGGGACAUUGGCUCCCUACGUUGCCUCCCAGUAUGUUUCCGAGCACAAUUCAAAGUGUUGGUGCUGACCUUUAAAGCCCUAAAUGGCCUUGGUUCAGUAUACCUGAAGUAGCGUCUCCACCCCCAUUGUUCAGUGCCGCGGGCCUUCUGGCGGUUCCCUCACUGUAAGAAGCAAAGUUACAGGGAACCAGGCAGAGGGCCUUCUCGGUAGUGGUGCCUGCCCUGUGGAACUCCCUCCCAUCAGAUGUCAAGGAAAUAAACAACUAUCUGACUUUUAGAAGACAUCUAAAGGCAGCCUAGUUUAGGGAAAUUUUUAAUGUCUGAUGUUUUAUUGUAUAUUUAAUACUUUGUUGGAAGCUGCCCAGAGUGGCUGGGGAAACCCAGCCAGAUGGGCGGGAAAUAAAUAAAUAAAAUUAUUAUUAUUACUGUCAUCAUAAUCAUCUUAGCUACACAGGUGAAUUUAUAACGUUAUAAAUGCAUCAUAAAAAUGUGACACCAGAUCCCGCUAUAGAGCAGAAAUCCAAAGUGUGUGAAAAUUUCAAUAGGGAGCUGUAAUGGGUUUAGGGGUUGCUCGUGCGUAAGUUGCUGCCACUCCUGGCUAGGUUACCUGGUUAACCCUUUCUGACUGAACAGCCUCCAGCAUCGUGACUGUCUCAGUCGCUGGCAGAAUCCGUCAGUGGGCGUUUCUUAAACCUUUUCCAGCAUAAAAGUUGUUUGACGCCAAGUCUCCUCCUACUCUCCCUGCGCGGAAGUCUUCUGCGCAGGGAGGGUGUGGGCAGCGGAGUACCCGUACUCUCUCUGCUGGUCUCCAGCGAAGAGUCUUGGAGGCUCCUCCCCGAUUCCCCCACCUGCCCCUCUUCUCCACUGGUGUUACGCUGAUUUCCUUCCCCAGCAGAUGGGCUGCCUCUCUCCCUACUGGGACCCUCUCCUGCAUCCCUUUGGAGCCUUCCCUCCGCCUCUAGCUCCGAUGGCAGUUCCCUGACUGGAGCUGUAUUUUUUUAUAGCUUUUUUUAAAUAGUUUUUUAUAUCUGUGUAGAUCCAGCCAAGGUCUAAAAGCUUGCUUCCCUCUCACCCCCACAAUGAAGGCUGGCGGGGUUGAGAAAGCUGAAUUCAUCACCCAAAGCGAAAGAUAAAGUAUUUAUGUAGCAUUUCAGAAUAUAAAUAUUACUACUGUUUUGUGUUGUUCUUUUGGCCAUCAUGGUCUUAUUGACCACAGAAAAAAUGAAAUGAAAUGUGCACUGUUAAUAUUAUCUUUACAUUAAAACAGACCAAAAUACUACUACUAAAUAUUCAACAUACAAAAGAUGACAAAAUAAUAAAACAAAAAUACUUAUUAGAGUACAAAUGGUCAAGGGAGCUGAUACAUUUAAAGGCAUCCAGAUAAAUGUUUAAAUCAAAUCAUCCAAUUAAAUUAUCGUGCUUUGCCAUAUUAGCCUCCAUUAGUUUUUCCCUCCGCUUUUGGGCCGCCGCUGCAAAUCUCAUAACUCUGUCUUAUCUCGAAAUUGUCAAAAUCAGACAACAGAUACGGAAUACAUAUAUAUUGCAAUGAACCACACUUUUGGGGAACAAAAUAAUAAUAAUAAUAAAAAAGACUAGAACAUUUCUGUGGAGGGGAAGACUCCUAUUUACAUAAGAACUUUUAAUCCAGUGGGGGCUCUCUCUUUGAUGGGAGGAGGAGGUGCCAGUUUCUAACUAUUCCCAUUUUCCCCAGCAGCUCCUGCACCUCCAACUGUUCUGGGCAGUCCUCCAGCCCUCCGGAGCAGAUUUCCGGGCUGGGGAGUUGGGAUGCACAGGGGCUGCAGGUGGGAGAGGGAAACGGGCAAAAAUUGCCUUUCCUUCUGAUGGGAGCGUCCCAUAAGCAGAGUUCCACUCAACAUCCAUCCAAGCCUCUGCCUUUAUGUUAGCUGAGGGCCCAACUACGUGUGAUGUUAAUGAUGCGAUUAGUAACCGCGCUGUGUGUCUUUAAAAAUUAAAUAACUGUCUGGGGGGAGACCCACACCUGGUACCAAGAUUGCAGCGUUCAGGAAGGUGAAAUAGAAUCUUUCCCUCUCCAGCUGCAAACUCUGUAAAAUCCACCCCCCCUCCACUCCAAUCCUGGUGCGGCAAUUACCAUUAGGGGAAGGGAAAUUUAAAAAAAGAAGAAGAAUCCCAUUGGCGCCCAGUAUUUAAUUUUAGCAAUCGUUGACUUACACGUGCAGUUAGAGCCUUGCUAGGUGGCGAUCCAGUCUGUGCAGGGUUAGGCCCGUAGCUAAGGCAGAAUGUGGCCAUCCAUAAUGUGACAAGGAGGAUUAGAACAUUUAGCUUCUGGAAACUGAUGGACAUAUGCUUGUGUCUCUUGAAUAAUCUGGAGUGUUGUUUCGCACGUCUUUUAAAGAGGGUGGAAUCUUGGGUUCUGCGAGCCGCUGCCAGAUUAUAUCAUUUGAUUGCAGAAGGCAGGAUUGUAGGGGGCAUUUUGAGAAGUGCGAAGCUUGUCGCUGUCUCCCAAAGCGAUCAUGCGUCUUCAUAGAUUGGGGGCUUUCUUCUCGUUGGGUGGUGGUUUUUUUUGUUUUUUGAUAAAGCAAAGAAAAGGCUUAAUUGUUUCUCAGAAUGUUGAUGCUUUUUAUGUUUCAGGGCGAUUUGAAGAAAGUGUGAUUGAAGAGAGGAGACAGUGCGCAGAAGACUUGCUUCAGUUCUCUGCCAACAUCCCGGCGCUCUUUAACAGCAAGCAGCUUGAAGAUUUCUUUAAGGUUAAAUAACUUCUGAGCCGCUCCACGCCUCGUCAGUGAUGCCACUAGGCAGAAUAAGCAACAGCCUCGCUCUUUAAGGCAGCUACUCUUUUGAGAGUCAGGUCAAGGCGACAUAAACAGGGUCUCCCUUAGGAAAGGAGGGAGGAGGAGGGAUCCAUUUUAAAUGGGUUUAUAUGUGGGGUGGCAUUUGGCCAAGAUGGGCUUGGGAUAGACCCAUUGAAAUGAAAGAAACCUAGUAAGAUAGGUCCAUUAAUUUCAGUGGGUCUACUCUUGAGUAGAACUUAAGCCACACCCACACCAUACCUUUAAAGCAGUAUCAUACCACUUCAAGCAGUCAUGGUUUCCCCCAAAGGAUUCUGGGAACUGUAGCUUAUUAAAGGUUCUGAGUAGAGCUAUUUUUUCUAGAAAAAGAGGUGCUGGAACUGUGAAUGCCUCACUUGUUCUCUUAUCAUGGCAGUGGUGCCCACCUGAUAGCUGCCUGAUCUGAGUUCCGGUGAGUUCUGGCUGAAAAAACACCCUGGUUCUGAGAGUUGUUAAAACUGUAAAGGUAAAGGACCCCUUACAGUUAAGUCCAGUCACGAAUGAUUCUGGGGUUGCGGCGCUCAUCUCGCUUUACAGGCCGAGGGAGCCAACGUUUGUCCACAGACAGUUUUUCCAGGUCAUGUGGCCAGCAUGACUAAGCUGCUUCUGGCGAAACCAGAGCAGUGCACAGAAACGCCAUUUACCUUCCUCCCGGAGUGGUACCUAUUUAUCUACUUGCACUUUGAUGUGCUUUCGAACUGCUAGGUUGGCAGGAGCUGGGACUGAGCAACGGGAGCUCACCCCGUCGUGGGGUUUCUGAGAGUUGGUAAAGGUAAAGGGACCCCUGACCAUUACGUCCAGUUGUGACCGACUCUGGGGUUGCAGCGCUCAUCUCGCUUUAUUGGCUGAGGGAGCUGGCGUCCAGCUUCCGGGUCAUGUGGCCAGCAUGACUAAGCUGCUUCUGGCGAAUCAGAGCAGUGCACGGAAACGCCGUUUACCUUCCCACCGGAGCGGUACCUAUUUAUCUACUUGCACUUUGACGUGCUUUCGAACUGCUAGGUUGGCAGGAGCAGGGACCGAGCAACGGGAGCUCACCCCGUCUUGGGGAUUCAAACUGCUGACCUUCUGAUCGGCAAGUUCUAGGCUCUGUGGUUUAACCCACAGCGCCACCUGCAUCCCCUGAGAGUUGUUAGGAGACCCUUAUUUCCCUCACAGAGAUGCAAUUUUCAGAGUGGUUUAACAGUCAAUCCCUCUUCACAAGAACUCUGGGAAUUAUAAAUGUGGGAGGCAAACAGGGGUUUCCUCACAACUAAGUAUCCUAGACAAUCUGCAGUUCCCAUAAUUAUUUUGGGGAAACUGUGAUUAUUUAAAGUGGUGUUAGUGGCCAAGGGGUUUAUCAUUCAACAUAUUCAGACUGACACAUGCAGAGAAGAGGAAAAUAAUUAGAGCACCUGAUUUGAAAUCCUUGGAAAGUUAGAUAAGGUAUUAACACAAAUAGUUAAUAGCUCAAAAUGCAGCCAUUAUCUUAAUGAUUAAUAUACCAACUGAAAUGUAAUUAGAUAAUAAUAAUAAAAAUGAACUGCAACAAUAUAAGGACUGCAUAAAAAAAAUUGAUCAAGGAGCGCGGGAAACCACUUUGAUUAAAUUGUAUAAAUUUGGAAUCAAUUGGAAUUAUUUUGACAUUAAUUGGAAUCUGCAUAAUUGGCAAAACUGUGGUAAUAUUGGAUCAAUAUUGGAAAAUCAAUUAAAAAAUUAUUUUUAAAAAUAAAUGAAGUGGUAUUAGGAAAUACAGCUCUGAACCUUGGUUUGCCUGCAUUUGUAAAAGCUCAAAGCAGAGUUUCCCAAACCUGGGUCUCCAGCUGUUUCUGGACUACAGUUCCCAUCAUCCCUGACAACCGGUCCUGCUAGCUAGGGAUGCCAUUCAUUUCCUAUACAUAUAGGCAUGAAUGACAUGUGCCUGUCUUUAAACACCCAUAUACCAGAUUCUGGGAACCCUUGCACAGUUAGCACGGUCAGUAAAGUGUUAAGAAGAGCUCUUCCUGGAUCAUACCAAAGGCUCAUCUAGUCUAGCACCCUGUUCUCAAAAUGGCCGACCAGAUGCCCGUGGGAAGCCUGCAAGGAGGAAAUCUGUGUGAAACAGUACUCACCCCUCUUGCAGUGCCCAGCAUCUUGCUGUCCAGAGUCAUACUGCCUCCGACAGUGGAGGCUGUAAUAGCUAGCCACCAUGUCUAAGUGGCUACCCAUGUAUUCCCCAUGAAUUGCAAGAGGUGCUGGUGUGUUGUAUAUAUGAAUAAAUGGGAAUAUGCCCGCAAAGGAGACACUUGUGUGCAGCCAGAAUGCACUCAUGCUUCAGAACUGCUCUCUUUUGUGGAAUAGGGCUGCAGGCAAGCAGGGUGAUUUAAAGUUUAGGGAAGCUUUUAAUGUUUAAUGCAUUACUGUAUUUUAAUAUUGUGUUGGAAGCCGCCCAGAGUGGCUGGGGAAGCCCAGCCAGAUGGGCGGGGUAUAAAUAAUAAAUUAUUAUUAUUAUUAAAGUAAAUGAUAUUUUUCUUCACUGAGAAGGCUGCUUCUCAACUAUGAGAAGCAUAGUUGGCAACUAUGAGCUUAAAAAAAUACCGUUCAGGUGUGGGGGGCUUCCAUUGUGGGGAGGGGAGGUAUAACUUUUCCUUUCCCUAGAUGGGUGAAAAUACCAGUGAGCCUUUUAUUUAAGAAGUUAGGUUUUGAAUGGAGAGGGUGUGAAGCCUCUGUGGCCUGGCCACGUUUAUCUAUAGCUCUUUUCUUUUUCUUGGUGAAAGUGGAAGUUGCGUUAAUCCAUAGUAAGUAACAGUUAAAUAAGUCCUAAUUUCUCUUUCUCUUUCAAGGAUGGAGAAGUACAUGCUGGGUCCGAAUUGAUUGGCCCUGCAGAUCCUCUGUCGGAUUCCCUGACAGACAGCCUGUCGGUCUGCAGUUCUGAAGGUUGGCUCCCACCGUGUUACUUCUCGUAAUUUUGUCUCCAGCCCAAGUUUACCAAGUAGGAUGAUUUAUAGCAUAGUCAAGGAAUUUAAAAGCUCACCUUUUCCCUCCUCAUCUCCUCUAGAUGGCAGCAUUAGCAUUUCAGCUAGAAUUUUUUGGUCCAUGCAAACAUGUAAACGUAGUUGGUGUUAGCAUGCAUGGAGUCCCAAACCUUGCUGCUCUUCGCUGAUAUGGGAUAAAACCUGCUAAUGCCAGAGCUUGAGAUACCUUAAUGCAGCUGUCUUUCUGUAAAAGGCACUUGCAACCCUAAGCAUGCUUGUUUAGGGUAUAAGCUCUGUUAAAAAGCUGUGGGGAUUCUGAGCAAAAGUGCCUAGAACCAGGCUGUAAGUCUGUAGUUUGGCAUAUCUGCAAUGUCUUUAAUAAGCAUGUGAUUCAUUUAUAUUGUUUUAGUUCAUGAGGGGUUGGUUUCUCAGACCUUUUUUCUCACACCAUUUAAAGUGCUGUGGUACCACUUUAAAUACUCAUGGCUUCCCCCACAACUGUUUAAAGCGGUGUAUUAUUGUGCUUUGAGCUAUGAAUGCGGCCAAGGUCAUUUGAUUUCUACACAGAGUAGAGAAAGGGUUCAGUAUCCCAGUUAUAACACAUGCAGGCAUCAUCUCAAGAGUUGUGACCUGUCUUGGGCUACAGAAACUCACCCACUUUCCCUUCUAUAUAUUUCCCCUCUCUUCCCUCCCUUUGGUUUCAAGCUCGGAAGGAUGCCGGUCUCCUCGAUGACGUGACACUCAGCCAGUCAGAGUAUGGAGGUAAGCAUGAGUAAGGAUUGGUUGAUUUGAGUUUCGGUCAUGAACGCAGCAGCGUCGUGCUGAUCGUUGCUUCUGCGAUUAGCUGAAAUCUUGGAUUGUGUCAUGUGGGGAGGGGGGGGGUCUUCUUUGCCCUCAGAAAAUGUACUGGUGAAGCAGCACCCAGCAGGACUGAACUGUCUGCUCACCAGCAGAUGAGUGGAGACUUCAGUCCUACUCUAUGCAGGGGUCUGUUUCACCAGCAGGAUCAAAUCCCGCCCCCUUGCCUAUCAGCUGACAUCACCCAGUGACGUCACCUGAUUGACACUUGGACAUGGGUCUCACUGCCCAAAUUGGACCCUCUGGCAGCCAAGAUUUGCCUGCGGCUGGAAGAUGCCAUGUUGACCCACCAGAUUCUUUUGCAACUCCAUUCUCCUUCUGCCCUUCAGGUUUCUCAAGCGACAGCGACCUGAUCUCUUUGACCGUUGAUGUGGACUCUCUUGCUGAGUUAGAUGAUGGAAUGGCAUCUAACCAGAAUUCCCCCAGCAGAUCCUUCAGCCUCAGCUUUCCCUCCGAACCGCUGGCGCAGGCCUCUGCCGUUUCGGACCACGAAUGGAGCAAACCCGAUGGCGAGAGGGAGAGCCGGGGCCUGUUCACUGGGAGCUUAAAGGCCAAGCUUGGCAGGCGAGACUACCUGGACAAGGCAGGGGAGCUGAUAAAGCUGGCCUUGAAGAAGGAGGAAGAGGAAGACUAUGAGGCUGCCUUUGGCUUUUAUAGGAAAGGAGUGGAUCUGCUCCUGGAAGGGGUGCAAGGUAUGGUUUUACUUAUUGUGUUUUUUUGGCUGCGUUUCUUGUUGACUUGCUUCAGCUUUCGCCAGCCUGCUGCCCUCCAGAGUCUCAACCUCAGGGGAGAGUUGCCUCUUCCCUUCCGCCGGUUGGAAGAUCCCACGUGUGGAACUCUGUCCAGGGGAUUCUCCUGCCAAUGGGAGCAAACUCAGCAUCCCAGUCAAUAGCUGCAUUGUGUCUGCAUAGCUAGUUUGCUAAGUGCUCAAAAGAGUCCAACUAAAUUAUUAAGCCUGAGGUUUGUCUUGAACUAGGCUUGGCAUAAGGUAGGAAUGGGGGGACUUGCAACUUCCUAGAUGUUGCCGGGCUCCAACUCCCAUGAUCCUUGACCACUGUCCAUGCUGGUUAGGGCUGAUGGGAUUUGGGAAGUUUGGAGAACUACGGGUUCCUUAACUGUGGUGUAAAUUGAAAACUGCCCUGUGAAGACAUCAGAGUAGCCCUGCUAGAUCAAACCAUCUACAGUGGUACCUCGGGUUACAUACGCUUCAGGUUACAUACGCUUCAGCUUACAGACUCCUCUAACCCAGAAAUAUUACCUCAGGUUAAGAACUUUGCUUCAGGAUAAGAACAGAAAUCGUGCAGCGGCGGCACAGCAGCAGCCGAAGGCCCCAUUAGCUAAAGUGGUGCUUCAGGUUAAGAACAGUUUCAGGUUAAGAACAGACCUCCAGAACGAAUUAAGUACUUAACCCGAGGUACCACUGUAAUCCUGUCUCUUCUGUCCAUCGGUAGCCCUGAACAUGGCCUCUGACUACUCACAAGUAUGGCCAUCCCUUGGUGUCGUUAUCUUCUGACUCCUGCUGUUCCAAAAUCGAUUUGAUUUGAUUUUUUGCAUUUCUAGGCCGCAUUCCUUUCAAGUGAAUCCCAAAAGCGGCUUACAAACAAUAAAGAGCAGGAGCAUAUGAUGGAACGUAACAGAACAUCACAAAUGCAGCACAAAUCAAAUGGAAUAAUUAGCAAAUCAUCAGUGUAAAAACUAUUAACAGUCCAUAAAACACUGAUAACAAAGCAACAACUAAAAAAAACCACCAGCUAAACAUUGUGAUUAAAGCAAAAAGUCAUAUUAUAUGCUUUAACUGCUUUGGAGAGGAAGAGGAAAGGGGCUGUGUCACUGUUGGCGCUGGGAUGGUGGAUGCCGGCCAGAAAUGAGCCAGGAGCAGUGGGAUGGAGAAGCCUUGGGGUCAAAGGACGAAGCAGGAGGUAGGACUGAGGAGAACAACCCAGGGGUCAGGACCGAAGGGCAAUGAAAGGAUAUGGGAAUAUACGCCAGAGCUCAGGAAGUGUUUGUUCUUCAACUGGAUCAAGAAGCUUCUUCCAUAGCUUUCUGCCCAGGAGGAUCCAGAGACCAGUCUGGGUGGGUGGAGCCACUCCAGGGCCUGAGGGUAUUUCACUGAGAAGCUGUCACCUGCAUUUCAGAGGCUCAGCGUGGGGCAGCUGUCCACAGAUCACAGCUGCUCCCGCCAGUUAAUCAGCCCCAUAGGAAUCUGUAUCCUGCCUCACGUUGAUUUUCAGAGCUGGCUUCCUCCGAGCUUGAUCUAGGGGAGAAGGCUGUGCAGCUCAGUUGAACGUGCUUCUGCAGUAGGCAAGCUGGCCAAAGUUAUCCCCCUGUUGUGGAUAUGCAUCCUUUUUGCCUAUAUUCCAAAAAGAGAACUUCCUUCCCAGGUUACCGGCGAAGAGGGCCUUCUUGAUGCUGUCAAGUCCACACAAGGGCCACUUAAAACUCCAGUUCUCCUGAUACUCUCCAGAGUUAGAGGAAUCCUUUCCCUUGGAACAUUAGCUGAAACCGGAAACUUUACAAUUUGUGGCUUCCUCAACCUCAUUCAUUUGUUCCCUUUCUUCAAAAUAUUUCUAGGGUCGAAUGAUCCCAGUAAGCCCAGGCUUAGGCUCCACUCAAGCAGGGCUUCCCUCUCGCAUUUUGGUUUCUUAUAUUAGUAAAUGGGUGAGGUUUGAGCACUACAGACCCUGGCUUUUCAACCUUUAUGUGUAAGCAUUCCAGAACUGCACAGCCAGGUACAAAAGGUAGUGAUGGAACCACCAGCUUGGAUGGCUUUGAAAAAGUCUUAUCCUCCUUUCGUUAGCCUAAUCCUAUCAACGGCUACAAACUGUGAUAACUAUUUUCUGCUUCUGUGCUGAACACCAGUUGCUGGAGAACAUGAGAAGGGAGAGUGAUGUUGUUCUCAUGUCCUGCAUAGUGGGCUUUCCACAGGUGUCUGGUUUGCCACUGUAAGAACAGGAUGCUGGACUAGACAGGCUGUUGGUCAGAUCCUGCAGAGCUCUUCUUAUGUGUUAAUGUCUGCCGAAAGUGAUGCGGGUGCAUGAGAAGCAGUGCAGUCUUGCAGAAUUUACAUAUCUGCACUAAUACAAAGGAAUCUACCUGUGGAUUUAUCAAAUGAGUUUAUCCUUCCUAGUGGGCUUGUGUCAGAGAAAACUUACCUUCUCCACCUCUGUAUUCUUGCUUGCUUCCUUCUCUCUGUCUCUCCCCCCCCCCCCGCUUCAAAGAUGUAUAAGAGGCUACUCCACACACCCCCACACACUGCCUCUAUGCUGCUACUUCACAGUUUGGACCUCAGGAAUAGAAGGACUUACACAAGUGUUGGUAUGUUUUUGCUUGUGAACAAGAGUUUCCAUUCUCCAUUGAUGGAAAAAGUGGCAAUACAGAUUAUUGCCACAUGGUGGCGCCAAGUAAGUGGGAUUUGAAGCUUCCAAACUUCAGUUGCAACACGGGGAACAAAAAAACCCAAAAGCCCCGCUUCUUGAUUUUUAUCUUUGCUCUUAAUGAUUUCUGCUAUCAGUUGAUCUUGAGCACUUUACUUCGCAGUGUGCCUUGCAGAAAUCUCUCCUUUCUAUUGACUCCUAUCAGUGCCAUAUCCCUGUAAUAGUGCAAUAGCCUCUUAACUUCUGUCUCGUUUAGUUCACAGCAUUAAGUUUUAUAAUUUAUAUAGUCCAAAAGGCCACUUCUCAUGUCCUCUUGCAAGAAUCUCAUGGUGACAUUACAUAUGCUGUACGUGCAGUGAGUUUAAGGGGUACAGCGUUGCCCGUUCAGGUGAUCGUUACUUGACUUAAUAUACUGAGAUAUGAACAAACCUUUUGCCGUAUGUGUGGGAGCGAAUUUGGGCAACCCACUAUCAAACUCGGAAGCCUCUAAUUAGCCACAAGCUUCCAGUCCCACCUCCCCCCCCAACUGGGAAACUACCAUUUUCAGUUUGGGAACAAACCAGGAAAUUCAAAGCUGCUUUUGAUUAUGUUUGGACUUUAUAAUUGAUUUUAUACAGUGGUACCUUGGGUUACAGACGCUUCAGGUUACAGAUGCUUCAGUUUACAGACUCCCCUAACCCUGAAAUAGUACCUUAGGUUAAGAACUUUGCUUCAGGAUGAGAACAGAAAUUGUGCUCCGGCGGUGCAGUGGCAGCAGGAGGCCCCAUUAGCUAAAGUGGUGCUUCAGGUUAAGAACAGUUUCAGGUUAAGAACAGACCUCCAGAACGAAUUAAGUUAUUAACCCGAGGUACCACUGUACUUGGAAGCCAUUUGGGCAGGCAAGUGGUAUGUAAAUUAAUAAGCAGUGAUAAAUAAUGAACUUCACACUGGUUUAAUAUCCUGACUGUUCUGAAGCUGGUAACCGUAGUCCCCUAGUUUGGAUGUAACAGGAAACUAUGGUUGGUUGAAUACUUCCUAGUUUGUUUGCCUGUGCCACAAAGGGGGUGCAUGCCCUGACAAAAAAGCAUGUCAUAGCUCUGCUUCUAAUAAUAAUAAUAAUCUGAGAGAUGUUUGAUCUCCUAAGCACAGCCAGUGCAUUAGAAGGGGGUAUAUUUUCAUGAGCAUUUACUUUUGGAACUCCUGAGAAGAGCUCUCUCUACCUCAGUGGAGUUUGCAUCAAAUACCAAACGACUGCAAUAAAACUUCAGAUUGGUUUGCAUAUGAGCCCUUAGUAGUUUGUGGUACUAAACGGUUGCCAUCUUGCCAACAUGCGACAUUAGUGUGAAAAUCAGAUGAACCCAGCCUUUUCUCAGUAGCUCAACCAGCAUUUAUUCUUGCUGUAUCUGUAAGUUGCUAAAAGGACUCUUUCCCACCUGCUUUGUUUAGUACAGUGGGGAUCUGCUUCCCUUUCCAUAAUUAACAUGUGCACAUACAAUCACCUAGUUUAUUAUCCAAAUGAUAGAAUAGAAUACAAAAAGAAAAAGGGAAGCAGAUUUUUAUAGUGCUCUGGACUUUUUUUUUUAAAAAAUUAUGCUGGUGCUGAUGAUUACGUUGGCUGCUGGAUUUGAAAACUAUUUGGAAGCAUAGAAUCCUGGGACCCUGAGGGUCAUCUAGUCCAACCCCCUGCAAUGCAGGGAUCUCAACUAAAGCAUCCAAGACAUUCAGAGGCAUUCAGAUGUAUGGAAACAUAGGAAGCUGCCUUUUACCAACUCCUCUAAACUGCUGAGAGGUUUUAUUUACAAUUAAGCAGUAUACAAAUUCAAUUAAACAAACAAGCAAACAAGCAAACAAACAAAUAAAAUCUGUUUGACUGCCUUGGCCAGUACAGUGGUACCUUGGUUCUCAAACUUAAUCAGUUGGAGGAUGGAUGGCGGCUAAUGGAUUGAGGUUGAACCCUAACAAGACAGAAGUACUGUUUUGGGGGGACAGGGGGCGGGCUGGUGUGGAGUACUCCCUGGUCCUGAAUGGGGUAACUGUCCCUGAAGGACCAGGUGCAUAGCCUGGGAGUCAUUUUGGACUCACAGCUGUCCAUGGAGGUGCAGGUCAAUUCUGUAUCCAGGGCAGCUGUUUAUCAGCUCCAUCUGGUACGCAGGCUGAGACCCUACCUGCCUGCGGACUGUCUCGCUAGAGUGGUGCAUGCUCUGGUUAUCUCCCGCUUGCACUACUGCAAUGUGCUCUACGUGGGGCUACUUUUGAAGGUGACCCGGAAACUACAACUAAUCCAGAAUGCGGCAGCUAGACUGGUGACUGGGAGCAGCCGCCGAGACCACAUAACACCGGUCCUGAAAGACCUACAUUGGCUCCCAGUACGUUUCUGAGCACAAUUCAAAGUGUUGGUGCUGACCUAAAUGGCCUUGGUCCAGUAUACCUGAAGGAGCGUCUCCACCCCCAUCGUUCUGCCCGGACACUGAGGUCCAGGGCCAAGGCCCUUUUGGCGGUUCCCUCACUGCGAGAAGCAAAGCUACAGGGAACCAGGCAGAGGGCCUUCUUGGUAGUGGCACCCACCCGGUGGAAUGCCCUCCCAUCAGAUGUCAAAGAGAUAAACAACUACCUGACAUUUAGAAGACAUCUGGAGGCAGCCCUGUUUAAGGAAGUUUUUAAUGUGUGACAUUUUAAUGUAUUUUUAAUCUUUGUUGGAAGCCACCCAGAGUGGCUGGGGAAACCCAGCGAGAUGGGUGGGGUAAAAAUAAUAAAUUGUUGUUAUUAUUAUUAUUAUUAUUAUUAUUAUUAUUAUUAGUCUGUUUCAAAACCAAGGCAUGCUUUCCCAUAGAAAGUAAUUCAAAACGGAUUAAUCUGUUCCAGACUUUUAAAAACAAUUCCUAAAACAGCAAUUUAACAUGAAUUUUACUAUCUAACGAGACCAUUGAUCCAUAAAAUGAAAGCAAUAAUCAAUGUACUGUAGUAUACAAUAAAUAAAACAGUAUUGUAGAUGAUAAAAAUUAAAAUUAGUGUUUUAUUCUUACCUGCACUGAUGAUAGUCAUUGUUUGGAUGGGGGCUUUUAUCCAUUUCUGCACUCACUCACUCACUCACUCAAUCUAUCAGUAGCUGAACUGGGACCCACACAGUCACAAAAACAAAUUAACUGAAAAAGUCGCAAAACAAAGAACGCAAAAUUAAUAGCAAAAACAAAAGCACCAAAUAUAAGCUCCAAAUAUCACCUCAGAACACUGCAGUUGGAAAUGGAAGGCUUGAAUGGGGCGACGCAAAUUAGCAGCACAACAGGAAACAGGGGGACUCAAAAUGGAGCACGUUCGACUUCCAAAAAAAAGUUUGAAAACUGGAACACCUUCCGUUUUUGCAGCAUUCGGGUUCCAAGUUGUUUGUGAACUGAGCUGUUCGAAAACCGAGGUACCACUGUAUUGUCUGCUUGGACUGGAAGCAGCUUCCCAGGGUAGCGGAAAGAGCCAGUGUGGUGUAGUGGUUAAGAGCGGUAGUCUCCUAAUCUGGGGAACCUGGUUCGUGUCUCCGCUCCUCCACAUGCAGCUGCUGGGUGACCUUGGGCCAGUCACACUUCUUUGAAGUCUCUCAGCCCCACUCACCUCACAGAGUGUUUGUUGUGGGGGAGGAAGGGAAAGGAGAAUGUUAGCCGCUUUGAGACUCCUUAAAGGGAGUGAAAGGCGGGAUAUCAAAUCCAAACUCUUCUUCUUCUUCUUCUUCUAGCGGAAAGAGGUUUCUCUCGUUGCCUGCUACCUGAUCCUUUUAACUGGAGCUCACCGGGUUUGAACCUGGGGAGAUCUGCAUUCAAAGCAUGAUAGAAUUCAUAAUGCUAUGUUGUCAAGGAUGGGUAAUGGCCGUAUAUGGUCAAGGGGACGGGGGACAGGACCUUUUUCAGAGUGAGGGCCACAUUCCAUUAUGAGCAACCUCCUGGGGGCCACAGGUGUGCGUGGCCAGAGGAAAAGGUAGGCAAAGCAGCAAACCCAUAAAUCUUACCUGUGAGUGGCAGGCUAGUUUCUACAGUAUCACCCCCCCCCCAUCCAGGCAAGCAAGGGGCAUUCAGGGGCACAUUCCUGCAAGGCAAAAAUGCUCAAGGAGAGUGGAGUGUGUGGCUGAGGAGGUGUGGCCUGGAGAAAGUCCUGAGGACCAGAUAGAGAGGUCUGGAGGGCUGCAUUACACCCUCAGGUGUGAGGCCCUGCAGCCUUGAUACAGUCCAGUCCUAUGCCAAAUGCCACUCACAGGAACAACAUUUAUUCUGACUAAAAUUCAGCCUACAGUGUGGCUCACUGAGAGUGACAAACCAGAGGCUCUCAAACUUAUUUGGUCGGAAAUCUACCUUCUUUAAGCGAACAGGCAGGAAGAUGCAGUGACAAAUUUGCGUACUUUUAUGUAUCUCUAUUUCUACCUACAUCCUAUGACAUGGUAAAGAAAGAUGUUGUUGCAAAAAAGACACCUUGAAGCUUGAAGUGAUAAAAUUAUUUAUUAAAAUCAACCAUAGUAACAUUCACAUUGCACACAGAAAAUUAAGACAAUGAAGGAUAAUAUUAACGUAGAAACUAUGAAUAGCAUUGAAAAUAAUCCUAAUGAGAAGGACGAACCGUCUUUCUUUUUGCUUCUGCUGCCCCCUUAUUUUUAUUCAACGCCCCGCAAUUGCAUCCGAGGCUACGACCGCCCCCCUGGAUCAUUCCAGCGCCCCCCAGAGGGUGGCAUCUCUCAUUUCGGGAAACACUGCUUUAAACCCAUCAGUGUAAACCUCCCUGUUUCUUGAUAACCAGAGCAAAGCUUCUUCAUCACUCAGCACUCAACAGUGGAAGCAAGCAUUGCUAUUUCCUCCUUGGAUCCAUCAUCUGAACUAGCCUUUCUGGUUACAUAUGAAGCUUCGGUUCACCUCCAUGUCUACAUCAACUGGCAACAUGUUGAACCUGACACCCCUUUGUGUGCAACAGAGAUGCUCCUAGCCACAACCCUCCCCUUGGUGUUAAUGUUUACGUGCUCUCCAACCAAGAGAAAUUGAAACUCAAGGAGAUGUGCCUAUAUCUCUGUGGCUUCACUCUUUCAUCCUGGGCUUAGCUCUACCAAGAAAUGUUGGCCAUGGUGCCAAGUUGCUAAAGAGAGCCAGAUCUUCCGAGGCACAGAACUGUCAAGGAAAUUACCCUUGCUUAUCAGUGGAUUUGGAACCCUUUGGUGGUGAGGCAUUGUUGCUGUUGUUUUCCGCCGUCCCUCGUCGCUCUUCUGUCACAUGGUUUCCACUUACAAGUCUCUCCAAGAAAACUGAUCUGCCUGUCGCUUCAGGGCGAAAGCGGUCGCCUGCCAGUCUCCGUUUGGAAGCUGGAAAACUAGUAGCGCCUGAUGGCUGCCCAAGGCUCAGGUACAAGGAGUGAAACCUCUUGGCCCAAAUUCUGUUCCUUGGGGAUGGUCCAAGGAGAGAGAGAGAGAACGAGAACAACGGUGUCCAGUGAAAUAACAAGAGAGCAGGACCAGACGGAAGGAUUUUAUUUUUUGCUUUGGCUUGGAAAUGAUCCAGCUGUGUGUUUAUAUAUUUGAAAUCCGACUUAACCCUAAAGCACAGGCUGGGUAAUGACCUUCAAAACAAAGACAAAACAAAAGGACGAUAGAUAAGAAGAAACCCCUUCGUGUCAUGGUGGCGGUCCUAGUGUUUUGACUAGGGAGAUACUUGGCAGGGGUAAUGUGGGGCCCCAGAUGUUCCUAAACUACAUCUGUCACACAUGUAUCUAUUAGGAACCCUCGUGUGUGAAGCUGCCACUCGUGCCCCUUUCACCUAUCGCCCCUAGCUAGCAUGGCCAGUAGUCAAGGCCAAUGGGAGCUGUAAUCCAACAACAUCUGGAGGGCCGAAGGCUCCUCACCCCUAAUGUAACUGCAUGGCUGAGGCCCAGAGUUCACAACCCUGCGAGAUGGGUUACUUCAGGGAUGUCCAGCAUGGUUGUCUCCAGAUGUUGCUACAACCCGACUUACCAGGCUGGCUGGGGCUGAUGGAGACCAUCAUCCUCUUGACUACCACUGGCAUACAUGGCAACAGCCAGAACAGGGAUAAGGAACCCGUGGCCCUCCAGAUGUUGCCAGGUCCAACUCCCAUCAGCCCCAGCUGUAGUCCACCAACACCUGGUGGGGCAUAGGUUCCCCAUCCCUGCCGUGGAACUGCACUGGCUCUGCUUGCACUUUGCAGCUCCAGCUGUAGAGAAAGUCACGAUCGGACCUCCUGCUGCUGCCCCUCCUGUCUUUGAUCUGCUUGCAGAGCAGUCUGAGGUCAGUACACCCCUCCAGGCCCAUUGAUCGCCCUCUGAUUUAGUGAGCAGCCUCCUUCUUAAUUGACCCUUUGCGGUAGUCCUCGAAUGACCCAUGUGCCACAUAACUACGUUGCCCUCCCUGUCUUCAAUGUUGAUUUAAAAAUCAACAAGCGAGAAAUCUGAUUCCUUUAUAAGCAAAGGCAAUGGCUUUCCUAUUUGUUUAUUUCCCCCCUUCAGGGAAUUCUUCCCAAGUUGACAUGGUACUGUUGUAUUAUUUGGUGAGGUGCCUUGAGCAUUUUGGAGGAUAGCAGGGAAUGGAAACCAUUUUAAAUAAAUAAAUAUUGGCCGCGGAAUCUCUGCUUGCCACAGAGCAUCCUGGGAAUGUUCUGGGGCCCUGUUGCCAUUUCUCACAAAGCAUUGCAUGGGCCUAUUGGGUAGUGUUCCCUAGUAGCACCUCCACUGCCCUUCUCCUGCCAUCUGGUUGCUUUUUAUUUAUUCCUAUUUUGCUUUAUGUACUGUGUUGAUCUUCCACCUUUUCCCUGCAAGGAGAUGAAGGUGGCACACAUAAUUCCCCAGUCCUUAUUUAAUCCCCACAACAACAGUCUGAGGUAGGUUAGGCUGAUAGCUGAGUGGGGAUUUGAACCCUGGUCUCCCAUCCCUAGACUGACACUCAACGCCACACCGGCUCACAAUUUCCUGCAUGGAAGAGACUUGUCUAUGGAAGUUUGGCUGUGUGUGAAGAGGUCCUAGUACAAAGGCAACAAAGUACACCCAGCGCUAUGGGUAGCUAAUCUGAGGCCCAUCAGCCCCAGUCAGCAUGAUCAGUGGCCAGGAAUUAUGGGAGUUGUAGUCCAAAAGUGUAGAGAGCCACAGGUUCCCUGUUGUACCCUUUUUUGCAAUUCAAUUUGCAAAAAAUGAAAAAAGAAGAUACUUCAGUAUCUUCCAGGAAGCGUGUAAUACAAAUAUUUUUCCUGCAGCCCCUGUAUCUAAAGUUAUGUUUGCUGUUCAAGCUGCUGUAGCCGGUUUCCCAGGAUCAGGCGUCUGCUAGGUUCCUCUUUGUUGCCUAACAAGUUCCUUUUGUGCUACUCUGAUUCUUGGCCAUCUCUGCCAUUGCUAGAUUGAAAGCUCUUCCAGAACAGAAUGCAAAGGGAACUGGAAAAUAUUGCGCCUUCCUUCCCCACUGUUCAGAGGUUGUGUGUGAACAACCUCAGAAUGUGGCUAUGAAAACAGCCUCCUCCUGUUUCUGUAGUCUUUAUGCUGGAACAUGGAGCGCUUCUGGCACCAUUUUGUUUUCUUGUCGGCAGUAAGAAGCUGUUGCUUCUCCCUCUUUGUUUUGUCUUGAUCCAAAGCCCAGAUUUGAAAUUUCAACCAGCACAAUAAAGCACCCAUUGUCACAGAACCAGCUAAGAAGAGGAAACAAAAUUAUCUUACGUCACCUUUAACCGGAUCCUUUAAAUGCCAGCCUAAAGAAAGAGGCAGUAGUGAUUCUGGGAAGUGCUCCAUCUUUGAUUUUGAGAGAUAGUCAAAGGAAAGUUUCCUUCUCCAUAGAAGGCCCAAACCUUAUUUACAUCCCGAACCAGCAGCGAGGGGACUCCUGCCCUGUGGCAUGAUUCUCAUGCCGCUGUGAUUUGAAGACCAAGCUGCGGGAGGCAGUGGAAGACAGGAGUGCCUGGCGUGCUCUGGUGCAUGAGGUCACGAAGAGUCGGACACGACUAAACAACUAAACAACAACAAUUGGGAAAAACCCACCUCAAUGGGUCUUCCUUAAAGGGCCUUUGGACAGUAGUUCAGAGCUAUCUGAUGAGGCUAUGCCCAGCCUCAGCUUGCUUCCCCCCUUUCUCCACCCCUCUCCCCUUUCCCUUGUGUCUUUUUAUAUUUGAAACCUGAGGGCAGGAACUGUCUUACAGCUGUUCUUGUAAAUCUCUCAGGAAGCUCUGUAUGUGUGUGUGUGUACUAAAGAGCGGGGUAAAAUACAUUGAAUAACUAGAUAAAUGGACGUUAGGAGUGGGAUUUCAAAAUUACAGUGGAGCAUUUUCUAGUUUUCUAAAUGGAGCUGUGUUCUGCUCUGCUGCAAUGCUUAGUGGUGGAAAGGAGGACACCUAAGCAGGUUUUGGGGGCACAAGUGGUAUGGGGUGGCGGAGGAGGGAGAGGAAAGGGAAGUCCUACUGGGCAAAAUGAACCCUGCUUGCACAACCUUAGACAUUGCCUGAUACCCUGUCAUAGGAUCCAACCAGGUUGUUUUGCUACCAUUUUAAAGUGAGGAGAGGUUGUGUGUUCUGAGAGAGCGCCUGCCAUGGUAAAACUAGUUAUGUUUACUAUGCUGCAGCUGAAAUACAGUGGUACCUCAGGUUAAGUACUUAAUUCGUCCUGGAGGUCUGUUCUUAACCUGAAACUGUUCUUAACCUGAAGCACCAGUUUAGCUAAUGGGGCCUCCUGCUGCCGCCGCGCCGCCGGAGCCCGAUAUGUGUUCUUAUCCUGAAGCAAAGUUCUUAACCUGAAGCACUAUUUCUGGGUUAGCAGAGUGUGUAACCUGAAGCGUAUGUAACUCGAGGUACCACUGUACUCUUUCUGUGAGAAACAAGGAGACGUGCAGAAUGGUGCCUGGUGCCAGUGGGAAGACUUCUCUGAGCUAUAGUUUAUAUCACAUCUCCGAAACAUUUUCCGUAAAUCUUUUAGUCUAGCAACCUACAUGCACUGGAUUCCUCAAGAGGGUGUCCUCAUCCAGGAAUCCUCAAGAUGUUUUGGACUGCAAUUCCCAUCAGCCAUUGCCAGGGGUUAGGGGUGAUAAGAAUUCUACUCCAACAACAUCUAGAGGACAUCAGGUUGGGGGAAGGCAAUUCUAGAGCUUCUAAUCUUUUAUUAUUAUUAUUAAUGUGACUGGUGUUUAUUGAUGAUCAAAUGCUACUUCCCUCAAAUGGCCUCUCCUCAACAAAUGACUUUCACACCGAGAGCGCCUCAUCCCUCUGCUUGCAGUUGUCGAGCCCUGAAGCCUCUACUGUGAAAUUAACAGAGUUCUUUAUUGAUAAAAACAACAACACAAAUUGAUUAUCUCAUUUGCUUUUGAAGCCUACCAAGGAAUGUAGUUGACAUGUACCAUAAAUGAAUGAGUGCAACUCUCAUCUUGUUUUCAGUUAGUGUGCUUUUAUAGGGUAGUUUUUCAAAUUAUUAUCUUAUUUCUGUAAGUAAGGCUCGAGAUUCAAUAUUAACUUUCUAUAGUUGGUUCGUGCUGCAGUUUUGACCCACCAUAGGUCAUGCUGUAAUUCAGUUACAGCCAAUGUUUUAAUGAAUUAUUAAGCUUAAACACUGGACAGAUUAAAUACUCUGCCCAUCAUACUUGAGGUAUUGGCUGUACAAAAAAACCAGUGUCGAAACUAGCGUCGUUGCAGGAAACACUGCUCCUGCAUAAGGUUGUGAGGCAGCCCUUGGAUAUUUGGGGCAGAAGGAGGGGGUGGAGAAUGAGACAGGUUUUUCUGCUUAUCCGCAUUGCAUACAGAAGAUCCCAGGUUUGAUUGGAGAAGGAGGUCUGUAGCUCGGUGGUAGAGCAUCUCCUUUGCAUUCAGAGGUUCCUAGGUUCAAUCCUCGCUAUUUCCAAGGUAGGGCAGGGUUGGGAUAUCUGCACCACAUAGAUGCAACUUUCCCCAUUUGGCCUGCAAGGCUAGUUUGGGCAAGCAACACCCAUGUACCCUGUACCUGAACUCAUACGUGGGUGAGGCUUGGCCCUGCCGAUCGACCCCCUUCCGGAGCUUCCAGGAUAUGGCAACCAGGGGCUGGCAUCGAAACAGCUGUUGAAACAUAGCAAAAAGCCUUUUAGCAUCGCCUUGCUGCCUUGCUGCCUGCCAAGCGCUUUGACUAAUAAAAAUAAAAAUAAAAAUAAAAAUAAAAAUAAAAAUAAAAAUAAAUAAUUUAUUAUUUAUACCCCGCCCAUCUGACUCAGUUUCCCCAGUCCCUCUGGGUGGCUCCCAAUCGAGUGUUAAAAACAGCAGUAAAUAUUAAAAACUUCUCUAAGCAGGGCUGCCUUCAGAUGUCUUUUGAAAAUAAGAUAGCUGCUUAUUUCCUUGACAUCUGAUGGGAGGGCGUUCCACAGGGUGGGCGCCACUACCGAGAAGGCCCUCUGCCUAGUUCCCUGUAACCUCACUUAUCGCAGUGAAGGAACCAUCAGAAGGCUCUGGCGCUGGAUCUCAGUGUCCGGGCAGAACGAUGGGGUUUGAAGUCCCAACAUGCUUUGAAACCCCACCCGCCUGUCAGAUUUAACCCUUGCAGCAGAUCCUGAUAAAGAUCUGGCCCUUGGAGGCAAAAUGGUCCCCAAGUAGAUAGGACUUUGGGUUGCCCCUUACUGAAACCCUGGAGAGGUGCUGCCAGUCGUUGUUGAGAAUCCUAAGCUUGAUGAACCAAGGGUCUGACUGCCAAUACAAGGCAGUGACCUCUGUUUCUGUGGCCAAGAAGAAUUCAAUUUGACCUGACCAGCUCAGAUGCUGUUCCAAAUAAAAGAAAGAUCAACCCUUUAAGCGCAACAAGAUGGUUUGCGAUGAGGGGAAGCAAAUUGCUAGAAGCCUGUAUAUGUUGCGUAGUAAGCUGUGUCGAGUCCCCCCCCUCCUUUUUUUUUAAUAUUCUGUUUGCAGUAACGGUGAACAGAGCAUCUAAAAUAACCACUUUCACAUUGCAACAAACACAUCAUCAUUUGCUUAAAAAGAGUUAUAAUUACAGUUGACGAAGCAUGGCCACCAUAAAAAUGCAUUAGUUUAGCUUGACACAUUAAUUACCUGUUUUUGCAGAUGUUUUUAUAUAUUGUUGUGCGAACAGUUUACAAAAUAAUUACAGGAAAGUCAUAUGGAAAACAAGCUAAGGGGGUGGUUUCUCGCCCAAAUAUUUUCAUUCAUGUGAAUUUGCGUGAGGCACAGCUGCUGUAUAGCAAAUGGGGAGGGAGGGAGAGAGAGAGAGAGAGAGAGAAAAGAGGAAUCUCGAAGGGUUUUUUUUUUAUUUGAAGGCCUCUGUCAUCAGCAUUAACACACUUUUUAUAUCUUUCUUCAGAAGAGGCUAGUUUUUUCAAGCAUUUAAAAUGACAUUGCUCAUUUUCUUUUCUUUUUUCGAAUCUGACUGAUUUAGGUGAAAAGCUUUGAUCUUUAUCAAAUGAAACACAAAUAUCUGCUGGUAUCUUGGAAAACAACUAAAUAGAAAAUGAAUCUUUUGUUUGAAGUGGGGUGACCUUGCAUGAUCUUGCCAUCAAGAAAAAUUAAAAGCUUUAACGCAGUUAACACUUGUAUUCCUAUAUACAUAUGAACCCACAAAGCACUGAAAAAAAGGAAGCCUCUUAAGGUGAACUUAGGAGAAAUGCCUAUUGAAUACCUCAAGAUAUGUGCUAGAAAUAUGAAUUGUUACAAUUUGAUAAUAAUUGGCAAUUUCUUUGUCUUGUGUUUGAUGUUUAUGCGAUGAAUAGAAUUGGAGGCAUGUGCAGCAUGUUAAUUUUUAGCUGUUACAAACUCAAAAUAUAUUGUUUGUAAGCAGCAGUCUCUUUCAUUUAAAUAAGGAAAAUAGAAUCCUCAACUUUAUCCUUAACACCUCAAAAAUUCUAAGCUAGAAAAUGUUAGCAUUGAAUGAGAUAUUAAAUUCUAUAUGUGUGAGUGUAUGUGAGUGAGUGUGUGUAAUAGAUGUUAAUGUCCAGAAUUUGGUGACAACAAUAACAAUUUCGUUAAUUCUAUACCGCCCAUCUGGCUGGGUUGCCCCAGCCGCUCUGGGUGGCUUACAGCACAUCUAAAAACAUAGUAAAAUGCCAAACAUUAAAAAAAACUUCCUGAUAGAGGUGAAUCAUGCAAAUUCAAACAAUCCCAGAUGAAUUUUAUGAAUAUCUGUGAUACUGAAGCCAAAUUGAGCAGUAGUAGUUGGAGGUUAUGUAAAUACUACUAGGUAGAAUUACUUAGUAGUUGGAAGCUUCCAGCAACUCACAACUAUGAUUUCGAAUACAAAUGGAAAACCACUGGGUUGUUGCCAGCACUGAACAUGUGGUAUUCCGCUCGCACAACUGGACUUCCUCUUCCCUUCCUGUGCGCCUGUAAAAUCGUCUCCAGAAGAUCCUCCAAUCCUCUGAGGCAGAUUUUGAGGCGGUGUGUAGGCUCUGUAAGGGAGAGGAGAGAACCACUGCAUGAGUAGAACUUUACUUUUCUAGCGGAAAAACAGCCUUGGAUGCAGCCCACUGAUUUGAGCUGAAUCUACAGGAAGACAAAAUCUCAGAGGUGGCAGAUUUUUAACACUCUUGUCUUAUAUCACACAGGGGAGUCAAGUCCAACACGCCGCGAAGCAGUGAAGAGGAAGACUUCGGAAUAUCUGAUGAGAGCAGAAAAAAUUUCAAGCCUCUAUUGUAAACCCUCAUCAGAAGACGGUUCGGUUUCUGGAGUAGGUUCUUUUCUUUUUACAAAAUGCAAAAUAAUGUCCAGUUGUGCCUCGGAAGUCAAACAGAAUCUGUUCCGGAAGUCCAUUCGACUUCCAAAACGUUCGGAAACCAAGGCGCGGCUUCCGAUUGGUUGCAGGAAGCUCCUGCAGCCAAUUGGAAGCCGCGGAAGCCCUGUUGGACAUUCUGGUUCCAAAGAAUGUUCACAAACGGGAACACUCACUUCCGGGUUUGCAGCGUUCGGGAGCCAAAAUGUUUGACUCGCAAAGGCGUUCAGCUUCCAAGGUACGACUGUAAUCUCUCUUGGAGUGUUUGUAUGUGUUCCAUGCAUAGUUGUUUGCUUCUCCUUAUGAAUUACAGAAGCAGGAUUCUGCCAGAUAAGCAAAUAUGUACAGCUUUGGACCAAAGCAUUGCAGAAGUGGAGAGGGAAGGCUGCCCAUAAUUAAGGCACUAUCCUUGCCAUUAGAGAGAGGGAAGCAGCUAUCUCAGGUGGCAGAUUUGGGGGCAGGGAAUGCCAGGGAAACAUAGCUGUGUCUGCCAUGUGGCUUGCACUGUGCCACGUGCUGUCCUCAGGUGCAGGGAAGGAUGGUGUUUGGCCAUCAGCACUGGAGUCAGAGUCUACUGCCAGUUUUUGUGCGUGGUAUUUUGGGGUGUUGGUGGGCACCAUCUUGACUUUUGCUUCAGGCAGACCAUAGCUUCCCUGUCCUGUUUGGCCCAUCAGCAAUUAUUUAGCUUAUUCGUGGAUUUUUAGCUUAAGAAAGAAUAAUGCUGGAUUAAAGAUCGCAAUUCACAAAUGAAAAAUAAAAAAUAAAAAAAUAAAAAGGCCAGUCCCAAGUAUCGAGUACCACCUUCAAAUAUCUAAAUGGCUGUCACAUGGAAGAUUGAGCAAGCUUCUUUUUCCCGCUCUGAAGAGUAGGAUCCAUACCAAAAGAUUAAAGUUGCAAGAAAGGAUAUUUCACUAAACAUCAGGAAUAACUUUCUGACAGUAAGAGGUGUUUGACCGUGGAAUGGGCUCCUUCGGGAGGUUGUGGACUCUCCUUCCUUGGAAGUCUUAAAGCAGAGGUUGGAUGGCUGUCUGCCAUGGAUGCUUUAGCUGAGACUCCUGCAUUGCAGGGGGUUGGACUAGAUGACCCUUGGGGUCCCUUCCAACUUUACAAUUCUAUGACUGCAUGAUUCUUAAACGGGGGCACAAAAACGGCAGUAGCACCACUCUCUGAGGAAAGGGUUGUUUGGGCAGGGUGAGAACAAGGAAGUUUGCAGGUGGAUUUCUUCAGGUGUUAACUUCCAAACUGUAGAUGCAACAAUAGAAAAAGCACAAUCUCACAUCCCAGCUUUUUUUUUUUUUUUAAGUUGGAGGUUACGGAGGAGCCUUUCCUUCUGAUUUGGAGGGGAGGCGAGCAGACAGGAUUGCACAGGAGAAGAUGUUCUUUUAAAGUAAUGAUAAGGGACACCUUGGUGAUAUGAUAGUCUUUGAACAUUAAGGCGCUUCUGAAGCCAUCUUCAGUGCGAUCUUUACAUGGGGAUUUUUCCAGCGAGGAGUGAUCGUUAAAACAUUUGCAGGAACUGGGGUGGUAGCUCUUGGACUUGGAACUGAGAGAACGAGAUACAUCCUUUAACAAAUCUUGACUUUGCCCUUCUUCGGCAACAGCCAAAAAAUAAAAUAAAAGAUUCCCCGAGGACCUUUCUGUUCUUAGCUUAGAUGUCUUUUGCUGCAGUCACACAAAACUGUGUGUGAUUGUCGAUGACUGCUCUCAUGUAGCAAACGUUAAAAGUUCCAAACUUCCUGUCUGUCUACAUUUGUAUCACAGAAGGACAAAAAAGGGCAAAUGAGUCUUUCAUCUUACUUUGAACAACCCUAAGAAUAGUUGAAGGCAGCUAGUUGCUGUGAAUAGGCAAAGGGGUAAAUUAAUCUCUGCCUCGCUGAAUGGUGAUUGCCUUUUGUUGUUGUUUUCUGUUUUGAGGGAGGGUUUUGGGGGCGAGAAAAAACAAAACAGGGAAAAGAAGCCUCUUCUACUGCAAUAGAACUCCCCAGAUGAGCUUUGGAGGACGUUUUCCCCCCCACCUGAGGACUGCUUAAUUUUUAGCGGUAUAUUUGUGCAUUGAGAUGUUACGGGACAGGGUUGGCCUUAAAUUCCCUUCAGGUUCUUUCCAAGCUUAGAAUGUAGGUCCACUUAACCAAAGAUUAAAUUGAUUGCAUAGCAGGAACUCCUGUGUGGAAAUUUGUAUAAUUACCACAAGUAUUUCAAGUAUCUUGUCAAAGGUGGAUGUGGUUUGAGAAAGGCAUCAGCAUAGAGCCUAACAUUGCGGCCUGGCCUAUAUAGGAGGCGCCUGGCAGCACCUUACGCCUCCUAUUUAUAAAACCCUAUGGACUAUUCACUGGAUUCUGUGGGACAAACUUAAAUGGAUUGCAGCCAGGGUCAUGGCUGAGAGGCGGCAGGUUUAACAUUUUACAAAAUGUCACACUGCAUCUCUGGCCCCCAACUGGUAUGCUCAUGUUUGGGGUUUCUGUCAGCCUGGAAUGGUCCCCAUGUAGGGAAAAAUUCCAUGUCACACUAUGUCAAUGAUUCUGUCAAGAUAGGCAUUUCGGCUGGAAAGCUGGGAUGAGAUCCCCUCCCCUCCCCUUGCUCACAGUUCUGGGGCUCCAGCCCAAUUUUGUGGAGCAUGGAGGGAGUAGAGUGGGGAAGCCCCCAUUUUGCCAGCGGAAGUCCUUGCUCUGCCCUCUGCUGACAGGAUUCGUUAAUUGAACCCCACCCAUAGUGUUUUUGAGGGCUUAUGAGAAGGGAGGUGAGAAAGAAGAAAAAGACAUUUGUUUAUUUUUGCACCUUGCCCUCCUGAAACCUCCCCACAAACUAGAACCAUUUUUUCCCUUUUAAGCAGGGCAAAUAGAAGCUUUCAUGCGUACAGCUGCACUUCCCUGUAGAGAUUUGUGCUGACACCAGGAGGAGUAACUUCUUAGAGCAUAAAAUGGGGGAAAGGGCUGUUUGGCUUAACCUCACUGCUCUCUUGUGCAUUGACACAGAAGUAGACGGUCUGCACAGAGGUAUUGGCGUGGGUUUUUACUAAGGCCACAUUCACACCACACAUUCAAAGCACUUUCAACAAUCAUGGUUUCCCCCAAAGAAUUCUGGGAGCUGUCAUUUCCAAGGGUGCUGAGAAUUGUUAGGAGACCCCCCAUUCACCUCACUGUAGCUCUCAGAGUGGGUUAACACUCAAUCCCUCCUCAAAAGUUAACUGGGAAUUGCAGCUGUUUGAGGGGAAUUGGUGUUUCCUAACAUGUGGGUAGCGCUGUGGUCUAAACCACUGAGCCUCUUGGGCUUGCUGAUCAGAAGGUCGGUGGUUCGAAUCCCCACAAUGGGGUGAGCUCCUGUUGCUCAGUCCCAGCUCCUGCCAGCCUAGCAGUUCGAAAGCACGCCGGACAAGUGCAAGUAGAUAAAUAGGUACCGCUCCGGCGGGAAGGUAAACGGCGUUUCCCUGCGCUGCUCUGGUUUCGGUGUUGCUUUGCGUCAGAAGCGGCUUAGUCAUGCUGGCCACGUGACCCAGAAAAAGUGUCUGCGGACAAACGCCGGCUCCCUCAGCCUGUAAAGUGAGAUGAGCGCUGCAACCCCAGGGCCGUCUGCGACUGGACUUAACUGUCAGGGGUCCUUUACUUUUUUUUUAAACAACUAAUCUAAUUAGGGAAUUUCUGCCUUCUGUCAAAAUGUGACUGAUUUGGGGGUGUGGCAGAUUAACUCUCUCUUCUGCCUCACUUGGAGUUGUGACCACUAAGUGCUUCUUGGAGGGAAAGGAUGUCCCUUAAAGGUAAAGGUAAAGGUACCCCUGCCUGUACGGGCCAGUCGUGUCCGACUCUAAGCGACGCUCAUCUCGCUUAAGAGGCCGGGAGCCAGCGCUGUCCGAAGACACUUCCGGGUCACGUGGCCAGCGUGACGAAGCUGCAGCUGGCGAGCCAGCACCAGCGCAGCACAUGGAAACGCCGUUUACCUUCCCGCUAUAAAGCGGUACCUAUUUAUCUACUUGCAUUUAGGGGUGCUUUCAAACUGCUAGGUGGGCAGGAGCUGGGACCGAACGACAGGAGCUCACCCUGCCGUGAGGAUUCGAACCGCUGACCUUACGAUCGGCAAGUCCUAGGCACUGAGGAUUUACCCACAGCGCCACCCGCGUCCCUUACUUAUAUGUUUAUGGUUGGGGAGCCAGAAUUAGGUUCACGAUCCAUAAUUAGUUUAAAGUCAGGCUAUUUAGCAAAUCACUUUUCUGGUUUUAGGGUUGUUGUUUUUCUAAUGAAAGUAAAGACUGAAUAAUGGCACAAAACAUUGCCUGUAGUUUCCCUGCUAUACUUUUGUCACUCUUAUUUUUGUUCCUCUUCCUUCAAACCCAGAGUAAUGGAUACGGGUGGGGUUUCUAUAGCAAUGCACCCGAGAUUCCUUGCAUGCACAAAGAACUGGGGAAGUGUCUAAAUUCUUAAUAUUUUUUUCUUAAAAUAUUAAUAUUCCUUUUUGCCACAUUUCCAUGUUCAGUGUCCCAGCGAUUUAUUUACUAUCAACUCCCCCUGCUUCCUUUUUUGCAUUAAGGACAAACAGCAAACUUCUUUCAUCUUCCCUCUCUCUGAUUUAUGAUAAAUUUAGUUUCCUUCAGCCUGGCAUUUGCUCCAGCAGGCAGUCUUCCUUCAAGUACCACCCUGAUUGAUGUUGUAAUCUUUGAUAUCUUCCAUUAGCCUCCAGGAUCACUAAGUUCAAGGCCCUCUUGGAACCUAAGGAGCCCUGCCGAGGAACUGAAGGCCUUUAGAGUCCUUGGGGUGAUUGACAAGGUAAUUCUUCAGUGUCUCUUCAAGAGUUCAGUCAUAAAUCGACUGCAUGCUGACAUUCUGUCUUUGAAGCUGCGGAUCUUAAGGAUAUGAAACAAAGAGGGAAAAUGACUCAAAUGCAUCUGCACUUUAAAAUAACAAAAGUAGAAGGGGGGAGGGAAAGGCUUUUAUCUAAGCAAUUCAUGUAAGGUCAUGCAAAAUAUAUUUGAGCUAAAGAAUAUGGUGCCAGUCUGCAAAAAGGGCCCAGUGAAAUUUUUAUAUUUAAAAAAAAUGCUAUGCCCCAGCUAUUAUGCUGUAGCUAAAAACAUGCCAAAUAAGGUGCCAGGUUGCUUCCAGAAAUGGCAGCUUUGAAAGAAAGUAAGAUGGAAAAUUGUGCAUCCUGUCCCCCCAGAAGAUGACGUCCCCGAUUUUACUCAAAAGGUAAGUGUAAAUGCUGCAAAUGCUGACAAACAGGUUCUCAAGGCAUGAAUGUUUUGUUUACUUUAAACUUGGGUGCAACUUGAAGGAAGGCCCAGAAGUAACUUCAAAACAGGAGUUCCUCUAGGAUGGGUCCUCUCUCCCCACUUGCUAUGCUCCAGUUUUGCCUCCCUCCCCCCACAUCCCGUUUUGGAGCUGGGCAAACACUUUGUGGCUGCGUACACAGCAUACGUACAAAGUACAUGUGUGAAUGGGAUGCUGGACUAGAUGGGCUACAUAUCCUGAUCCGGCACGGCUUUUCUUACCUUCUAGGAAAGACUGCAGUUUUGGUCUUUCGGUAUUAGGUGAGACGGAAACAUGGAAAAAUAUAUAUACGUUCAGUGGAGUUGGUGUGAGAGUCUGGGGAGUUAGUUGGAGGUUUGUGUGUGUGUGUGUGUGUGUGUGGCAUAGGGCAACAGAGGAGAAUAAAAGUGAAUUUUAAAAAGGUGUUUCUCCUUGUUCUUUUCAACCCCCCCAAGUUAAAAACUAUGGGGAAGAAAAUGAUGGUUCCCUGCCUCCUUAUUUUUAGUAUAUGUGGGAUAAAAUACCUCCAGAUUCCAUCCAGGGUAAUUUCGUUUUGUCUUGAGUAAACAUUUAUGAACAAGAUGUGGCUCUUGUAAGCCUAAUUGAGAGACCAAAGAGAUGCUGCGAUUAAAGUGACUGCCCUGGUUAAGUAUAGCCAAUUAGUGAUCCAAGUCAAACUUGGGUGACAUGCUAAUGAAAUGGGCUGUUUAACUUUUAAAGGCGCACUUCUUCAUUCAGUAUUUAAUCUGCCAACCUUUUGAUGGUUCCUUGUAGUCACUCAGAUGAGGUUUAUUUCUUUCAUUUAUUUGAAAAUUUUAAGUCUGCCCUUUCAUAAUGUGUGCAUUUGAUCUGUACUCUAAAUUCUGAGUUUAGCACCUCAGUUGUGAGGUGGAAAUGCCUGGUUCAUAUGCCAGUUCAGUCACAUACUCUCACAGGAUAGUGUUACCAGGGACAGAGGAUGUGUGACCUGCAGGGUGUGUUUGUAACAAAUAAGAAGUAUGAGACCUGCUAUAGAAAUAACACACACACACACACACACACACACACUGCAAAUCAAGAGUCGUCAUAUAUUAUAUAUAAGUCAAGAGUCUUGACUUGCAUAACAGUUUACUUGGAGUGGCGGUUACAGAUUCCCAACUCUCCAAUAUCCAAAAUAUUGAAAAUGCCAGAUUCCCAAAGCAUAUGAACUAGGCCAGGCAUAGGCAAAUUCGGCCCUCCAGAUGUUUUGGGACUACAACUCCCAUCAUCCCCAGCUAACAGGACCCCGUGGUCAGGGAUGAUGGGAAUUGUAGUCCCAAAACAUCUGGAGGGCCGAGUUUGCCUAUGCCUGAACUAGGCUCAUGCACUAGAAUUCUUCUGGCAGCUGAAACUGUCCUCUGUUUGCUAGAAAUGGAGAUGGCUGUUGAGGGGAGGGAGCAGGUUUCUUUCUGUACAGCCCUCCCAGCCAAGGUCCCAACACUCUGUUUGGAUUCUGGAGCCAUUUGCACCCGUUGCCAGAUCAGGACUUUGCGGGAGAAAGGUUGUUUUCUGCUGCUCCAGAGAAGCGGACACGGAGCAAUGGAUCCAAACUACAAGAAAGAAGAUUCCACCUAAACAUUAGGAAGAACUUCCUGACAGUAAGAGCUGUUCGACAUUGGAAUUUGCUGCCAAGGAGUGUGGUGGAGUCUCCUUCUUUGGAGGUCUUUAAGCAGAGGCUUGACAACCAUAUGUCAGGAGUGCUCUGAUGGUGUUUCCUGCUUGGCAGGGGGUUGGACUCGAUGGCCCUUGUGGUCUCUUCCAACUCUAUGAUUCUAUGAUUCUAUGAUUCUAUGAUUCUAUGAUUCUAAGUGGCUCAAAUUUCUUAUUAUUAGUAUUAAUUAAAUUUCUAUACCACCCUUCAUCCGAGGAUCACAGAGCAGUUUGCAGUAUAAAAACACAAAAAUACACAACACAGUAACAAGCAAAAACAAUACUCCUCACAAAACUGAACUGAAUCCUUCUCCAAUAACCGUUGUCUCUCAUAUUCCCCUCUACUUCUGGUGUUCCUCUAUGUCAUAUUUCAUGCUGUUAGCCUAUUCAGGCAGGGACUACCAAUGUUUCUUCUUGCUACCCUGUAAGGGACCUUGUGCACUGAUAAUCAUGUUCUUAUUGCACCGUGUCCAUGUUCAGAAAUAUGAUUGCUGUUGGGAAGGAGUGGGCAGCCCACUGCUUGUUGGUUAGAAAUAAAGACCAGAAAUAAAGACACAAGAAAUAAAUACAAAUACCUGAUGGAUGUCAGUGCGAUAAAACGUGUGGCCUUGGGAAUAACUAGUAACAUCUCCCUUUCCGCUGCGAUGUAUGAUGCAUUAAGCUUGCAAUGCUAGGAGACCUCUCAGUAAUGUCUUGCUGCCUGGAUUGCAGACCUCUUUGGUCAGAGCGCUUAGAUUUGAGUCAAUUUAGUUCCAUUUCCUCCAGUGUCACUAGGUCAGGCUUGUAAGUCAACGUCUUUUUCAUUCUCAUCUGCUUAUAAGGGUCUGAUCUGGUCUGGUGUUCCUUUCUUUGCGUAUUUAUUAAAGAGCCUAGACAGCAAGAGCAAUUUGACCAAGCCGAUGAUAGCUUUCAGCUGUGUAUACUGUAUAAAUCUGUAAGACGGUGGGAUGGUCCAGGAACGACUUAACCUCCUAAUCCUUCACCAGGAGGGAUGGAGCAGAUAGCUGCAAGUCUUGGGGUGCAUCCAUGUGUGGGAUUCAUCCACUGCUGGUGCACAAGCCAGAACUGUUUGCAUAGGAGCAGGACGGAGCUUGAGCACUUCAGCGGCAGAGACCUAUGAGAUGCUGGCAGUCUGUUAGCGGAAGGCAACAGUCACUGCCUUCUAGGCCAGUCUUGCAAAUAAGGGAAAAACAGAACCCAAGAUCAGCAAAUACAGAGCUUGCCAGAUGUGCUCAGCCUCUCUUUUGCUCUCACUUGCUGGCAAGCAGAAAUCAAGAGGAAGAAAGGGCAGCCAGCAAAUGAGGAUUUUUUUGCCGCCUGAAGGAGGUUUUUGCAGGUGGUCUAGGGCCAGGAAUAGCCAACUGGCAGACCAGAGACUGAACCAGUUUUAUUUAGCUCCUUGUGGUCUUACUUUUCUUUAAUCAAUGCAUGGCGGAAAAAAGGAGAAGAUGACGAAAGCGAAUUGCAAGGAAAGCAAGGGGGUUUCCCACAUUUGUAAGAUAAGAACUUCAAUCCCCAUUUAAUAUUAAAUCUCUCUUUGGAUUUGCAAUUCAAUACCCUGGCAGUCGUGUCUGCGAGGAGGCCAGUUUGUGUGGUGAAAAUACACCCCUCUCCAUCCCGCAUCAGGGGAAAAGUUUCCAGAGAUAGAAAAGUUGGUUGCUUUAGGUGUAGGCCGUGCAGCAAACAAUACAUGUCUUAUGGUGUUGCCCAAAGAAUCAUGGGAAUUAUAACUUGGCAAAGAUGCUGUUCGUUCUCUGAGUUCUUGGAAAGAGCAAAUUCCUGUAUGGUGCCCAUAUGCCCCUUUCCCCUGGGCCUAGCAGCAGCUUCAUUGUAUGUGGAGCAAAUAGAUCGGGGUGGUGGUGGCAUGGGGGAAAGGGGGUAAAUGCUUCCCCUGCAGCGCUGCUUCCCCUUAUCAGAUCACAUUAGUAGCUCGUGUAUCUGCUUUGAAGUAAAGAAGGUGACACGGGAAAUCCAGUCACAGGUUUCUUUGUGGCGUUUGCCCUCCUAGGUGACAUCAUACUGGGUCAUAAGGAAAGGGUUAAAUGGGUGUGAAGUGAUUGGCUAGUGGGAACCCAAGGGGAGGAGUUAGACUUAGAGUUAGUGUUGUUAAGGAGUUAGUCGGGUGUUAGAGAAGAGAGAGGGAGGAUAAGUCUGUGGGUUGGGAUAGUUUGAUGUGAGAGAAUGAGAGAAUCUGUUACGAGGAGUCAGAUAGACAGUUGGGAUAAUUAGUUAGAAGUUAUUAGGAAGGUAUAGGCCGGUAAGAACCUAAGAUUAAGAGACUGACAAGAAACCAUCUGAAACCAUAAACUUGUUAAGGCUUAUAAAAUAAACUUGUUUAUUUGGUUUAAGGUUAACAACUGCCUGGACUCAGUGUGUACCCGAGAGAAACGGGUUGGUGGCAGCGGGGAAGCAAUCACAGUGGUGGCACAGGGAUUAAUAGACCGUCAAACGUCCGGGGACCCUGUGUGAUCGCCACAUUCUCACAUAAAACAUGUACUCUGACCCUCAGUUUCAUAGAGCAUAGAGCUGUAGAGUUGGACGGGACCACAAGGGUCAUCGUAAGUCCAAUCCCUGCAGUGCAGGAAUCUUUUGCCCAACAUUGGACUUGAACUCAUGAGCCUAAAAUUUAAGAGUCUCACGUUUUACCGAUGGAGAUACCUUUGUGAAAUUUCUUUAUUUUAUACUCCCUGGGUCUCCAUUUGGGAUUCUGUUUUACACCAGCCAAUGGAAAGUAUUGAGGUGCAGACCUAGGACGUUGUCUUACACCGAGUUGGACUACUGGUCCAUCUAGUUCAGUACGGUCUACACUGACUGGCAGCAGCUCUCUGGGUUUUCAGCCCAAACUGGAGAGGCCAGGGAUUGAACCUGGGACCUUCUGCAUGCAAGACAGAUGCUCUACCACCGAGCUACGCCUCUUCCCAUAAAGCACUGAAUGUCUUACGGGGUUUUGCAAACAAAAACUGAUCCAGGGAAGCAGAAUUAAGUCCCUGUGGGGUGUUUUACUACCCCCUGAUACGCAAAUUGUCCCUCCGAAUCCAUCUAUGCAAGUUUCUGUUGAAGGAAAAACCGACUGGAGACAGGCGCAUUUUAUUCCUGGCUCGUAGUUCAUCUAGUUGUGUUCCUUGUGACCUUGGCUGGGAGUUGAAUAAGGUGACUUCGCGAUUCGCCAUAUUCCCUUUUCUGGUGGCUUGCCUGUUGCCCGCCUCUGGGCUUUCGGCUCCCCUCCCUUUCUGCUGACUUCUGCAGCAUUCCUUCUGUCUCUUAUCUUGGCGCUUUGAUGCAUAUGUUCUGAAGGUGGCCACCGUGACUUGGGGUGGCAGCAGAUGGUAAACCUUCAGGCUGCCACCAGCUAGGCUGGUGUUAAGUUGGAAACUUUGCUUUUGAUGAAGAGUCAGCAGUGCAUAUGAAAGAGCUCUUGCUGCAGAAGUAUCUUUUAAUUAAAAAAAAUUAGCAUACCGAAACAGUUGCUAAUUUCUGUGUGUUUAAAGGUUUUUUUACUUUUUAAAAAAUCAACUCUUUUCUUUAGGCUAAAUUGUGGUUAUUUUCCAGCUUAAAAACAAAUAAACAACCCUCCAGUUUUUGUUUUUUAAAAAUGCAUUUAUUUAUUUUCACAAAACUUGUCUUCCCUUCUCCUUUUUUUGGUAAACAAAACUGUUCGAUCCCAAUUAUUUUAUUUUAUAGUGACAGGGUGGAACGGGGAGUAAUUUAGAUUUUGCCAGCCUAAGUCUUCAUGUGGAGCCAAGGCUGCAAUGCUGUGCAAUCCUGGGACUGAACCCCAUUUAUUUCAGUGGAAAUGUUUUUAAAGCAUCCAUAUGGGCUGCAGGUUCCUUGAUUUCCAGUUAAGUACCGUAAAUUUCCAUCUAUAAGACGCCCCCAUGUAUAAGGACCCCCCCCUAUUUUUGGGGACUCAGUUUUAAGAAAAUGAGGGGAGACGGCCCGAAGCUUCUCUCCCCAUGCAGCUACGGGCAGGAAACACUCCCUAGAUUGUUUCCCGCACGCAGCAGCAUCGAGGGAAGUUGCGCUCCCGUCAGCCAGCUGGCUGGUGGCGUGUAGCUCCCCCCCCACUACCCGUGUAUUGGACAACCCCAGUUUUUGACACAAUUUUUUAGUCAAAAAACCUCGUCUAAUACACGGAAAAAAUACGGUACACAUUUGCACAGUUACAAAGUUACAAUAACAGUAUUUGUGUCAAUCCUCAACUAUGGGGACGUAAAAAUAAAAUGGGAUUAUUUCUUUAUUUCUUGUUUUGCAGCCCUGCCCUCUUCCGAAAUUACCGUGUUACUGUCUUAGAUAUCGUUAAUGUUCCCUUGCUGCUCCACUUACAAUAAUUUGUCCUAAUUUUACAUGCAAUUUUUAGAGCUUUAUACUGCUGACUUGGAGACUGAAACUACUGUCAAAGCACAAAGAGGCCUUUGAAGGCAUUGACUUGGAUUUUCCUCUUACUGUUUCAAUGUGAUCUGUAUAUUUGUCUUUAAAGCAUUAGUAAAGGUUUUGUAGUCAGCUGGGGUUUUUUAAUAAAAAAAACCUCACUAAGUUGUCGGAGAGGCAGUUGUGCAGUUUGGUCAUUUUAGGCUCAGUGCUUAAUGGUCUUAAUGGGGACACCCACCCACACCCACACCCUGUUUAGAUGGUAAAGUGGAUCAAAUUGUUCGCUUCUAAAUGCGGAACGCCGGCUCUGCUGUGUUUUCUGUCCCUUCUGCCCCACAUAGCUGUGUGGGACCCUGGAAUCCGGCCCCAAAGUCCUACUGUGAUGGGCGCCAUUAUGGAGAGGUGCCAUUUUGGCUGCAGAGCAGUUGAAAGCAAACCAGAGAGAACCAGAGGCCCCUGUCCAAAUACAGCCGCUUUGGGGAUCAUAGCCUAGUCUUUUCUUUCUGCUUUGCUCAUCUAGACUAGAGCAAAGGGACUAUAAGAAGGUGCCUUAUACAGUCGUACCUCGGAAGUGGAGCGGAAUCUGUUCUGGAAGUCUGUUCGACUUCCAAAACGUUCAGAAACCAAGACGCGGCUUCCGAUUGGCUGCAGGAAGCUCCAGCAGCCAAUCGGAAGCUGCGGAACCCACAUCGAACGUUUGGGUUCCAAAUAAAGUUUGCAAACCAGAACACUCACUUCCAGAGUUGCGGCAUUUGGGAGGCAAAACAUUCGACUCGCAAGGCGUUCAACUUCCGAAUGCGACUGUACUGAGUCAGACCAUGGGUCCACUUAGCUCAGUAUUGUCUACACUGACUGGCAGAGUCUCUCCAGAGUUUCAGGCAAGGGUUUAUUCAAGCCCUACCUGGGGAUGCUGCAGAUUGAACCUAGAACCUUCUUUAUCCAAAACAGAUUCUUUACCACUAAGCUAUGGUGAGGAAGGCUGGCAUCCUUAGUGGCAGAACUUGCUAGCAGACUCCUUUGAGGGCUGACAGUGGGGUUGAGAUGCUGCUUCACUCCGUCCUAGUACAAGUAGUAGCUAAUCAGGGGUUUAAAGUAUGAGGUGAUUGUGUUCAGAAAGCUUUUUUUUUUAAUCAGGGCUCGUUUUCAGAUGUCACGUUAACUGAAGCAAGAUGAGCGCCACACUCCACAGUUAAGUUUGACUGGACCAUCCAGGGGUCCUUUACCUUUUUUACCUUUACAGGUACAGCCAGGCAAUGUAUCACACUGAUGGAGUCUCUUAACUCAAUAAAAACUGCAUGGGCAUUUAAUUUUUUAGCUGAGAACCGUAUCACCAAAUCUUGGGAAGUACAAAAUCAGAAGGAUAAUUAUAUUCUGAUCUUCACAAUUCAUCCAGCAGGGCAUGUCAGUUCACAUCGGAAUUCACAGAAAUCAUAUUCCUCAAGCCUCCCUGGUCAAAACAUCUUAAUUUUGUCAGGUGAAGAUUUAGAUGGCAACCCUAAAGACAUAAAAACAAGGGAAAGCCCUAUUAAACACAAAUGACUGACUUCUGGGUAAACCUGCCUAGAAUUUCACUGGUGGGCAAACAGUUGAGAUAAUGGUGGCUUCUUGGGCAUGUGGCCAUUUGGCAAGUCAUGAAUGCUGACAAAAUGGUGGUUCACCGCCCAUGGAAACGUAUGAAAUCUGACGUGAGCCAGGAGGUGGUAUGCUGUGAUCUUACCACAUGUAUUAGUGAUACAUAUAUCAGAGCCUUCAUAAAAAUAGACGAUAUUUCUGUGGCUAUACCAAUGCAUCUGCUUCUACGCUAUUUAAUAAAAAAGGAAAGAGAUGUGGGUGCCGAUCAGAAGGUUGGAGGUUCGAAUUCAUGUGACAGGGUGAGCUCCCGUUGCUCUGUCCCAGCUCCUGCCAACCUAGCAGUUCGAAAGCAUAUCAGUGCAAGUAGAAAAAUAGGUACCACUGUGGCGGGAUGGUAAAGGACGUUUCCGUGCACUCUGGUUUCCGUCACGAUGUUCUCAUGUGUCAGAAGCGAUUUAAUCAUGCUGGCCACAUGACCCGGAAAGCUGUCUGUGGACAAAUGCUGGCUCCCUUGGUCUGAAGCAAGAUGCCGCACCCCACGGACACCUUUGACUGGACUUAACCAUCCAAGGGUCAUUUACCUUUACCUUUACUUAAAAAAAAAGGUUGCUAAAAGGAACAGUUCUCUGUUAAAACAAAAUGGAAGUGUGUAUUGUUAGGAUUGGCUUUCCUCUUUUUACCUCGCCGGUGAAUUUUGAGCGUAGAAUUUUCACAGUUGCAAGAAAAUUGGUGCCUGCUUCCAUCAAGAUGGAAUGACAUGAACAAUAGGAGGAGAUCGAAGAUUGGAGAGCAGUGCUUGACGAAGUGGUUGGCCAUUGUUUCCAGCUUUGAGUUGGCAAAGCUCAGCAAAAAUGGCGCUUCUGCAGUUGACUAGAAUAGGAUGUGGGUGAGCUGUGCUCAAGGUCAUUUGUGGAGGAAGAGUUGGACUACGCACCUGAUGGUUGCAUGUGGCUUGUGGUCAGCAUGUGACCUGCUCCUGCUUAGACAAUUAAGAGCCACCCCACAUACUAGUUGGGAGGUACAGGAGGAAUUAAAGGGAGCAUUCUUUUAAUGGUAUUUGUCCCAAUAAUGAUAUGCUAUCAAAGGUAAUUAUUUCAUGACGGCUUGGUUACAGCAGUUGUUUUAUCCUGAAAUGAAAGUCUGUGUUGGGCGCUUUUGAUUGGGAAGACGAUCAUAUCAAAUUAGUCCAAAUUAGAUUUUUGUCUUUAUAAAGGUGAGCAAAGCCAUGAGCAGUGUUAUUAAAUUGGUAUGUUCUAGCCUACAAAUGAUCCAGCCCUCUUGUGGGUUAAAGAAGCUAUUAUUCUGUCCUUUAUGCUGACGGCUUCACUACCGAUUAGCCUUGUGUUGGUAUCCCCCCCCCCCCAAAUAAAUGCUUGGCUCCUUAUGAUCUUUGUGUAUGCAAUGAUAAUAUUAAUACAGAGUCGUAGGCCCAUUCAUUAAGAAAUGACUCUAAAAUGAGGUUGCUUCAUUUAAAAUUGGAGAGCUGCAGAUGUUGUGUGCAGACGUUUCUUUUUCGGAAUUAGCCGUGUGGCUUAUAAUUUCCAAGUGGCUAAAGCUCUUGUUAGCAAGAGUGCUGGGGUGUUAAGAAUGGCCCUAUAAAUAACUUUAAGAAGGGAAGUUGAAGGUGCUUCUUUUUAAAGACUAUUGUUAACUAAACAUUAUUGCCAAGCAGAUGGAAAGCAUUCACCAGCCUGAUGUUUUUACUCUAAUUAUAUUAUCUCCAGUCCUGUACGGCUCAGUUGAAGAGGUGUAUCCAGGGGCCAAUUUAUAAUCAUUUAACCAACACCUGUUUGGGAAAAAUUGACAGUCAAAGGGCACAUUUAAAAAAAAAUCACAUAUGUUCUUGUAUUUACUGCCUCAAUGUGAAUGUUAGCUAGCUGAAAACAAACUUGGUUGAAAAGACAAAGUCCCUGGGAAAAUUGAUGUAUCACUUUCUAAGCAUUUUUAUCUAUUUUAAUUUGGCAUGUCUUUUCCACCCUUGCCUUGUGGCUAAACAGGGAGACCACAGCUCAAUUUUCCUGCUAUGAUUUAUCCUAUCAGUUCCUAGUCUGCUUUUAAAUAGCCCUGAUUUGCAAUCUUAUAAAAUCUUGAUGGGAAACUCACCAACCUAGGGACGUAAAAUCAGCACUUGUGUGUAUGUGUAUGCUAGAAGUGAAUUCAUUUAUCUGAGUGCAGUUCUUCAUGUAGCCAAAAUGGCACUACGCUCCUGCAAGGAAAAGUAUCAUCCUGCUUGGGAACGAACCCUAGGGUUUUCCGAAGUACAAAUAAUAUUUCCAGGGAGUGGGGAGACUGUGGGGAGGGAGAACACCUCAAAAACAACAUGGCAAGGACUGAGCCUGUUCAAUGGGCUGUGAUGACUGUCCGUUGGCAGAGGCGGGGGCUGUGGAAAAUGGGUGGAAGAGGGAAUAGAGUGACUAUUCUGGGUGUGAACAUGAAUAUGCCACACCAUUUUGUUACUGUUCUUCAUGAAGAUAGAAUUAUUACCUAGCGUCCUGGAACUUUUAUUGAAUGUUUUCAUUGCAUGUUGUUAGAAGUCUUCAUUGUAUUAACUGGGAUAAAUAAUAGAAUGAUAGAUAAUUUACAAUACACAAAUAAACUAUAUACUAGGGUUGCCAUAUUUCAGAAAGUGAAAAUCCAGAUGCAGAAGUUGUUGAGCUUUCCCCCCCUCAAUAAAAUAAAAUAAAAUGGAAGUUUUUCCCUAUAUUUUCUAGGAAAAUCGCCAAAAAAUCAACAUUGCCAAUAUGGGCUGCCAUAUGCCCGGGUUUUCCUGGAUAUUUUAGCUGCUUCCCGAUAAUUCCAGCCAGACACCAUUUUCAGCGGAAGAAUCCCGGCUAUGACUGGGAAAUUCCGGAUGUAUGGCAGCCCUACUAUAUAUGAGAUCUUUAAAUGUCCACAAUACGCAUAUGGAUCAUGCUCUGAAUGAGUUCUGCAACAGAAGCUCUUUAGCUUUGGGAGAAAUCUUGGUAUAGGGAUCAAACAAGAUUCUGGAAGUUCUGACCACUUGCAGGUUUCUGCAUUCAGAGUAUCUGGAUAAUUGCCACUGGAUAAUAAGGACCGAAGCUAACCAUGGGCUUCCCUGUAGUAAGUUUACACUUUGGAUAUUCAGUAAAUACAAGCCCAGAUUAGGUCUCAUCGCCCAAACAUUUAUGACUAUGAGAUAACCAGGACAUUAGCGUUGACAAAGGUAAUGCUAACACACUGGGCGAGGGUGGUGUAGCUGUGUUCAUCAUAUUUGAGAAGAAAGUGGACUUCUCUCGAUUUUGUUUUAAGCUGAUGCAAUCAUAUUCUGCAAAGGGUCUGAUUUGCACAACAGAUAAGACUCCUAUUAAAAGUUGCUUCAUCCUCUGUAGCUCAUACAUUGUUCUCCCGCUGUGGUAAACUGGUUCUCUGUAAUGCCCCUCUCAAAACAAAGCAGCAAAGUCCGUGGUCCCUGGGUGGGAACAUGCACAUUACUAAAAUAGUAGAUAGCAAACACUCUAAAAUCAAGUGGGAGUUGUGUACUGGUGUGUAAAAGCUAAUACACCCCACUAUCACGUUGCAUUCUUGAACUACCCACUGUCUUGUUAAGCCUUUGCAGCAUUACUGUUUUUCUAAAAAUGCAAUGAGUUGUUGCCUGUAUUCGAGGGUUUUUGUAGAGUUCCUUUGCGGGGGUCUUGUACUCUCUGAUAUGCAGAGAGGAAGCCAUAAGAGCUGUUCCGUGAAAGCUCAUACAAAUUGCCUGCAUUUUUGUAAUUGCUGGUUUCAUUUAGGUUUUGCUGGUAAUGGAUACUAGGACACAGCAGACAUUUAUACUGAAGGUAAGUCAUUAUUUUUUCCUAUAUCAUUUGGCGCGCUGAUGUUUGUCUCCUCGCCUGCCCACAGAUUCAGUCAACAAAAUCAAGACCCCAAAGUGCCACAGGCACUAAUUGAUAAAGCCUUGAACAACUUAGGUCCAGGGUACCUUAGGGGCCCACCUGGACCCAGCUUGAUCACUGAGAUCAUCGCUCAGAGUAUUGCUGGUUGUCCCCUGAGUUGGUGAGGCUCAGUUGGCAUCAACACAAAAUAGAGUCUCUUGCUUGUCUGCAUGGAGGACAGAGAGGUAUGUGUGUAGAAACGAGCCUUAAGGACCACCUCUCUCCAUAUGAACCUGCCCAGACCCUGAGAUCACCUUCUGAUGGCCUUCUUCGCCCACCUCCUCCAGGAGAGCUCCAGAAGGUGGCAACCCGAGAACGGGCUUUUUCUGCAGUUGCUCCCUGUUUGUGGAAUGCUCUCCCCAGGGAAGUUUGGCUGGCGCCUUCAUUGUACCCCUCUAAAUGCCUGGCAAAAAUGUUCCUAUUCAACCGUGCCUUUGGCUGAUUGAACAUCCGAUACCCCUUUAAAUGUGUUGUGGAAGGGGAGGAGUAUGUCUUUGUUCUUAUUUUUAUUAUGUAUUUUUUAUAUUGUAGCUUUAUGUUGUGAAUUGUCCCGAGAUAUACGGGUAUAGGGUGGUAUACAAAUUUAAUAAGUAAUAAUAAUACUGAACAAAGGCAAAUGUUACAUUCCUACCUCUGACGGCUUUUGGUUCUGGCCUUGCCAACCACUGGCGUGUGGCCCCCAGAAGCGAUUAUGAGCCCCCCUGGUUUACAUCCUGUUUGUGGAGUUUAGCAUACAAGGGGAAAUCGCAUGACACCAUCAGGCUGAGAAAAGUCCCCCACUUUCCACUUUCAGGAUAUCCGCCUCCCCUGAACCAUCUAUGAUGCCUUUUAUUGUUGUGCCCCAGAUUAUGAUAGGAAAAGGUGUUCUAUAAGGUCUUUGUUAGCUAAGGAUGGCAAUGCAACACCUCCUCCUCCUGUCUCCUCUUAGCAAGUUUGUAAAACAAAAUGUGCAAUGUGAAGCCAUCAAAUGGAUGCUUAUGAACUUUGUGUAGCCUUUGCCAAUCUGGUGCCCUCCAGAUUUUUCGGACCACAACUCCAAAACAUCUGGAGGGCACCAGGCUGGCAAAACCUGCUUUAGUUUCCUGAAACACAUUUUAUCUGUGUGUUUACCAGCAGCAAGGCUCCCCUCAUCACGCUUCCCUUUGCCCGUGCCACCUUUUGAAGUAAUAACCUCUUUGGGAAACAAACCGUGUCACGCCAUCAAGCUGAGGGAAAGACAGAGCGGUGUGUGCUUGCUCCUAACCCAUUAAAAGUGGGUCGGAGUGUGUGUGUGUGUAGGGGGGAAGGCUUGCCUACGAAACGUGGGUGGAUGUAAAAAUUUGCACCUUACUCUCCAACUUAAAGCACGGCACCCACCCACCCUCCAAAAUAGAUUUUUUAAAAAAGGUCACGGGGAAAUAACAGAGUGUCAUCCUGAUGACUUGGUUUGCGAGAGAUUCUAAUGAAAACAUUGACCCAUGUAAUUGAUUUUAAUGGGAGCUUUGUGCCAUCUUCUGUUCUCUGGACCUGCGCCAGAUGCCAUCAGCAAGGCCUCGGGGGACCGAGGGCCAUAGAGCAGCAGAUGAGUGGCUUCUCUGAAGCCUGGAGUAACUCGGAUAGAUUAGUUUGGUUGAUAAACACCAAGCACAGCAUGCUGCAAAGGCAACUGAGGGUACAACUGACCUUUUUGUUCUCUGUCAGGGUCUAAGGAAAAGUAGCGAGUACAGCAGGAAGAGAAAGACCAUCAUCCCCCGCUGUGUGCCCAACAUGGUGGCCCUGCACAAGUACAUCAUCUCGGAGGAGUCGGUCUUCCUUGUACUGCGCCAUGCGGAAGGUGGGUCUGCCGCUUCAGAUCUCUUGCAGGAGGGAUCGGGGAGGGGAGGAGGAGGAGAACGAUGCUGGCUUUUCAGUCAGCAGCAUCCCGGAAUUAUUGGGCUGUCUUUCAAGCCAGAGGUUUUGGAGGCACGGCUGCAAAGCACAUAAAUGCCACACACCUCUUUCUGAAUCGCUUGCUAUGUGCAGUUCCCACUUUUUGCAUUUUUGCGCUUGUCUUGGAAGUUUUCCCCAACCCUCCUGAAGCACCAAAACACAGGAGGGCAACAGCUUAAGUUUAAGAGGACCCCAGUACCAGUUAAAAGUUUGGGGGAGGGAUGUGGGGAAGCCUUUUUCACCACUGCUGGCACUAAACCCCAGCCAACCUGAGCAUUUGUACUGCCAUGCUAACUCAUGGAUUGUGCAUAUGAAACUCUUAUGCAAGUCGUGCACCUGGGAUUUGUAAUGUGUUUUUUUUUUAUUUGUUUCUGGAGCAAUAAGGCGCACUUGCCAUGUUUUGACCCAUAUUGAGAGGCAGCAAGUCCCUGUCCUGUCCCGGAAAUUUUUAUUGAGUUUGUGAUAUAUACAUUACUUUGAGGCAUUUUCUUAAUGACAGCAGAACCCUUUUGGCUUUCCAAUAUGUUGCUCGUUGCUGCAUUUCAAAAGUGGCAGUGCUCAAAACCCCCAGCCUAGCUGUGAGUGUGCAAGGCGAUGGUGUGUGCAAGGUGGCUGCUUAAUCAGCCUUCAAAAUGAAAUGUGUUGUGCAAAGCAGUGAUGAUAUUCUCAGAUAGGUUGUAGCCCAGCUACAUCUGGGCAGCCACAUGUUCCCUGCUCCUGCCAUUAGACUAUAAGGAGAGUGCUCCUGGCUCAGAUCCAAAGUUCCAUCUGGUCCAACACCCCAUUUCCAACUGUAGCCAUCCAGAUACCUCUAAAAAUCCCAAAAGCAGGCUCUGAAGGCAACACCUGACCUCUGCCCCCCAUGUCUGAUUCUUAGCAGGUAGGCAACCUCUGAACAUGGCUCUGUUUUAAAGCAGCCUGGUAAAUAAACCCGCAGAACUCCCCAGCUGGCAAAAAUAGCUAACUUCCUCAAUACACAGUUGCUGCUGAUGAAGUGAAGGGCAAGCUGGUCCCCCCCCCCGAACCCCUCAUUCCAUGGACAGAAACUGACCAUAGUCAGAGUUGAAACUUACUUCAGCAAUGCUGAUGGGGCAGUGCCCACCUCACCAGAGAAUAGCAGAGAUCGGUAGACUCAUAAUCUGGGGAACCGGGUUCGCGUCUCCGCUCCUCCACAUGCAGCUGCUGGGUGACCUUGGGCCAGUCACACUUCUCUGAAGUCUCUCAGCCCCACUCACCUCACAGAGUGUUUGUUGUGGGGGAGGAAGGGAAAGGAGAAUGUUAACCACUUUGAGACUCCUUCGGGUAGUGAUAAAGCGGGAUAUCAAAUCCAAACUCUUCUCUUCUUCUCAGGGGGCACAGGGCAGGCUGUGUGGCACACAUAGCUCUUGUCUCACUCUCGCACUCCCGGCAUCUGACAUUUGAGGCAGUCGCUUCACUCUGCCUAAUGGUUAGGGACGGCCCUGCUUACCUGUUGAAGGCUUGCAGAGGCAGGACAAAGAACUCUGUUCACCUUACAGCCCCUGCUGCAUUUCCAUGCUGGAUGUUGGGGUUGAGGGCUUCCUUCUUUGGACAACCCACUUGGUUUCCUUGCUGGAUGCAGACAAGAGACAGAGCACUCUGCCUUCCCUUCACUAGCCCAUGCUAGUUCCCUGAACUCGCCUGCAUACAAGUCCAUAUUGCCCUUGCCUACCAGGCUAGUGCUUAAAUGCAUGGCUGUUCCUAACAUGGGAGAAGUUAAACCCCUUGUAAUCUUCGGCAAAUGAGCCGGUUUCUGUUCUGUGGUUAAUAUACCUAGCAUCCAUACGAGAAUAAUCACUGCUGCUUUUAAUUAUUAUUUAUUUUUAUUUUAUUUUUUAAAGCCAGCUUUUUGUUGAGUUUCCACAGUUUACGCAGCAACUGAUCUGGUUUUCUAAAAGGAAAAAUAGCCAAUGGCAUCACAUAGGAGUUGAAAGCAGCACAGCAGAGUGGUGGCUUCCGUGUCUUUAGGAAAUUUGCUGGUAUGUUCAGGGAACAGGUGGCAAAGAAUAAUUACUUAUUAACUCCCCCCGCCCACCUGAAUAACACAGGGAUUUAAAUAUUUCUUACUUUUAAUUAGCUCCUUUGUUCAGAAUGGAAUGGAGCCUAAAAAAAAUACAUUGCUUUAAUAUAAUACAGCAAUCCCUCAGUUUGCGUGGGGUUACGUUCCGGGGAUUGCCCCUAAAGCCAAAAUCUCAUGUAGUCAAAACACAUUUGGUGCAAUGGUGGGUGGGAUUGCCAAAAUCUUUUUCCUCUUGGCCCCCCCACCUAUUUUUUCACUUUUACUUAAUUCCGGAAUAUAUCCAUCCAGUCAUGUUUUAGAAAUCCUGAGCUGCAUUCUGGAAACCAGACUCCAAGCAACAGAAAGCAGCAGUGACAAUGUUUUUCUUAUAGUCGUAUCCAGACAUCAUAGAUCAAUCUAGUAGAACCUUAUCUCUUCUCUCUUCCCCCCCCCCCCGUCUCUCCUGCAACAUCUUGGUCACGAUGUAUUAAAUGUCUUGUUAAAGACGAGGACAUCCAUAAAGUGUCUGUUAGCUAUGUCACAAAGCACUUGGCUAGAUGUAAUGUGAUGGAAAGCCAAUCUGAGGCUUCACUACUACUUAGCGGUGUCAGUGCCAGAAAUUGUUGAAACAGAUGCUUGUUUAUGCUUAAAAAGAGUUGACACUUCCCAACAGCCACUUAGACGCUGAUAUCCGUCAAAGCCCUCCCCACCCCUGGCCCCCCAGACUCCUUUAAAACAGUCUGGGGGGCAAGGGGUGCGAAGGGCUUUGACGGAUAUUGGAGUUUAAGUGGCUGUUAGAAAGUGUCAACUCUUUUUAAGCAUAAACAAGCUGGAGUUCAUAUCCAUCUGGAAAGCACUCAAGAAACUUCAAAAUGAAGAUGUUUCCUGUUAGCAGACGCUGAUAUUGUAGCAGGACAAUACUAUAGUAGCCUUAUAUCUUUCCUGUCUACAGUCUUAAGGGUCACGCGUGUGGAUGUAGAAAGGCACUGUUUUCCAUUCUGCCGUGUCUUCGUCUCAGUGCAGCACUGUUUCUUUAACACUGCAGUUCAUCUUCUGCCCCAGAGUACAUUAUUCAUGUCACAUUAUCUUGCCAUUAAAUUAUUCUGACCUGUUCAUUUUAGUGCAAAGGAAGCACACUGUAAAUUGAGUGGUGGUGGGAUAAUCAAUUGUGUAUUGUUUUGUGCACUGAGCGAAACAACAGUGAAUAUCAGUCAUAUUCCCUGGAUUGAUUUCUGUUCCAGACAGGGGACAAAUAAGUGAACCUCCUUCAAUCUCUUCCCCAUCCCCAUUUUCAGUAGACUUCUCUGAUGUCUCUAGUCAGAAGUACUGCCAACCGUACAUUUUGUUCCAUGGACAGAAAGCAGGAAGCACGUGUGCCCCCCCCCCCAGACUCUUUUUAGCUUGACACAAAGAUUGUUCAGUAAAUAUAAACUACUUUUGAGGGAUGGCCCUUACCUGGAUCAAGCUUGGUGGUGUGUCUCAAGGCAGCUUACAACAUGAGAAGAUUUACAUAAUUACAAACAUAACAAAAGUAGUCAUGAAUAUUAAAUAAAACACAUCCAAAAGUUGAUGCGUGUUGGUGUCCAUCUGCCUCAAGAGACAAUGGAGUGUCCCUUCAGGGGUGAAGUCAAACCACUGUGUUAGCAGUACUGGAGUGACCUUUCCAGGGUGCAAACCUGGGCAGUGUGUAUGGAGAUCCUGGGCUGCCCAGAUGACAAGACCCCAAUCUUAGCCUCACCAGUUGUGCUCCAAGGGAAAACAGAGCAAAAAGUACACAAGCAAAUUGAACAAUAUCCAUAUAAAUCAUAAAUCAUAAGAUCUAACAGUAAAGAUGCAAAAAUGAAUAUCAAUAGUAGCAACAGCGUACGCCCCCCCAGCAACCCCCCAGCCCAAAAGUCUGAAUGACUGAAGGGAAGCUACAUGGAUAUUUAGAUGCUGACAUGGAAAGUGUCUAUUAGACAUCUGAUGCAAGGGACUGGACCUGGGACCUUUUGCAUGCAAAGCAUGCCCUCUACCUACGAACCUUUCCUAAUUGCUAAUAAGGUGCAAUAUUUAAGGAAACUCCUUUGCAUCAAUUGAUUUCCCCAACCCCCUGAUAUUUUUACAUGCAUUAGAUGGCCAGUAGUGCACCAGCUCUGCCUAAUGCAUUUAAUUGAUCUUAUCCAUCACAGUACAAGAUAGAAAAGAUUAUUAGUGUGUCAUUCAUAAAGACAUAAUUACAUACCCAGAAGGAAAUAUUGCUCCUCUGUAACCUAGAUUGGGCAUUUUGAGGUGUCUUUGUAUGCAAUAAAAUCCUUGAUUCUGUUUCUCUCUAACCCAACUAUUAUUAUUUUUUAAUUGUUUACAUAUUUUUACUUUGGUGCCUUUCCCAUAACAUUCAUACAGAAAUGACGAUAUAUUCAAAUGAUUUUCAUUGGUUGAACAUCGAGGUGUGCAUCAACAUCAAAAAUGGGGUUUUCCUUUAUUUUCACUCUCAGCUUCUAAAAACAGUUGUGCGGUGGUUUUUUCCUAACUUUUGGGAGUGCAUUGAUCAGAGUAAUGACAGGUUUCAGAAAGCAUCUGAAAUUAAGAGCUUAGAAUUGUAUUUAUGAUGAUGCCAAUUAUUUAUAAAGCGGCAUCAGUAAACAUGGCACUUUGUAGAGCAAAAUGCAGAUCCCUUUCCCCCAAGAGUUUAAAAUCUAAAUUUUGAUGGGCGGGACACAGUGAAAGGAGGCAGGGGAGGGGGGAGUAAGUAGCUGAAAGCAAGCAAAUCCAGUUGCACAUAUUUAAGCUUUGUUUCCGCUAGGUAUGAAUUCUUAAGGGAUAGAAUUCUUGUGGAUAGAGCACAUGCAGAAGGUCUCAGGUCCCAGCAACUCUGUUUAGAAGAAUAAGGUAGGAAGAGAUAAGAAUGGCUACUGCCUGACACCAGCCAAAAUACUCAAUACAAGGCUAGGUGGAUUAAAAGCCAGAUGUUAUAAGGUAGCAUCAUAUGUUCAUAAGGAUUUAAGAACUAGAAAACCUCCAUGGAAAGGAAGGGACACAAUGGGUAGGUGGGCGAGUUUGUAAAAGUAAAUGUUAACAGUUGGACUUUAGGUAAAUACAUGCCCCUGACUCUGACAGCUCAAAAGAAUUUCUAGUGAUAUUUCACAUUGUAUUCCCUACCUACUUAUUAAUAUUAAUCAAACAUCCUCUUCCUCCUCUUGCUGCUGCUCCUCCUCGUCCUCCCCGCAGUAUGUUUAUGAUUUGUUACGCUUGUUAGGUGCUUGUUGCCUGAAGGUCUCCUACAGCACAUUUAAAAACAUAAAUAUAAAUAUAUUAGAUCAUAAAAACCAAACCAAAGAGAUGAUUUCAGAUGAUUGUGUCAGACUUCCCUGUUCACAAAAGCUUUCUCUGAAGUGUGACCCGGUUUGAUAGCAUUCGCUUAUUACUGCCUGAUGGCAUGGUAUAUAUUUUUAUAUAUUGUGAGAUUUUAUGCUUUACGUUUCAUACAAAUUUGUGUAAUAAUAUAUAAAUGCACAAGAGAGAAACAGUUACAGUCAACUGGCAAUAAUAUGCUUCCUGAAGUCUUCCAUUUGGGGUCCAACUUAAAGCUAAUUGAUGCUCAUAUAAAGAUAAGAGUAAGGAGAUGGAGAUGGAAAGGGCUUGACAAGAUGGUCAUUGCAGAUAUAUUGCUAAUUUGUCUAAGCAGGGUUAGAGAAUUAGAAGCAGACUGGGACGUAGUAUGGACUAUCUUUCAUAUGGGCAUUCAACCUCUUCUCUUGAUUUCAGCCAUUCUUAACCAUGGGUGCAACAAGCUAGGGUUGUUUAUUUCUUAACCUAGCAUUUAGAACCAAGGGCAAUUUGAUGUUUUCCUGACAUGCAUGUCUGUAAAGGAAACACAAUUAAUCCCAAUUACUUUAUUUGUUGUAGGAGGCAAGCUGUGGUCUUAUAUCAGUAAGUUCCUCAACAGAAGCCCCGAAGAAAGCUUUGAAGACCCCAAAUCCAGAAGAUCGAGUUCUACCAAAAUACAUUUGCACCAGGCAACUCCUAGUCCUCAAGAUAUUGGCAGCAGCAUUGACUCUAGAGGAAGCAAUGGUGGUAACAUGCUGAAGGUGUUACCGCUGAAGACCAGUCUCACUCCAAGUUCUCAAGAUGGCAGUAGUAACCAGGAAGAUGGCCAGGAAAGUUCUCUCAAGUGGAUUGAUUCGGGGUCCAGUUCAGAGGAAGAAUGCACUACAAGUUACCUAACCUUAUGCAAUGAAUAUGGUCAAGAAAAGGUCGACCCCGGAUCGUUAAAUGAGGAGCCUAUUCUGAAAACAGACAAUGGCACUCUCAUUACCAAAGAACAGGGAGGCAUCAAGGCACGUGAUGAGCCUGCCAGUGGGAAUUUGGGGUCCCCAUUCACAUCUCAGGAAGUAAACUUUUUUGCCGACGACGUUGAUCAAGAAAUUGUUAGUCCCACCCCAAUAUCAGAAUCGUUAAGCAAAUCCAAGAACAGCCCCAUGGAAUUCUUCAGAAUUGACAGCAAAGACAGUGCCAGUGAACACCUGGGCCUGGAUUUUGGAGAGAAACUUUCCAGCUUAAAAUCUGAGUCUUUGAAACAGUUUUUGUCCAUGCCAGAUCAGGAUAAGAGCCUCGAUGCCAUAGAAACCAAGCUGGGCCCUGCCUACCAGGACACAAUCAGCAGGGGCUCCAAUGACUCAGUGCCAGUGAUCUCCUUCAAGGACGUUGCCUUUGACGAUGUGAGUAGCGUGGACGAAGGAAGACCUGACCUUCUGGUCAACCUGCCAGGCCUCACGGAGCAGACGAAAGAAGCCACGGCAGACGGGCCGGCUAAGCUGGCGGAGCAGAAGGGUGACAGUUUGGAGAGCAAACUUUUGGAAACCCCUGACGUCUUGCAACUGAAUAACAGCGCAGAGCAAUGCAGAGGAGGCCUUGAGCCAAAGGUGGACCAGGUGGAGGGAGAAGACACUCAGGAAGCGAUCAGGACAUUCCACAGAGCUGCUAGUGACCCAGUUGGCUCUGGGGAUAGGACUCUCUUUCGAGGGCUUGGAGCAGCCUCUGCGUCAUCACUGGACGCAUUCAGUGUGCAGGGAAGGUUGCUGACUUCUAAGGCACAAGCGGGUGCUGAAGAACGCAGCUUAGAUUUGGACAACGAAGCUGUUCUGCUGUUUUCUGAUCAGGCGGAAGACUUGAGUAAAGAGGAAACCGCCUCUGCUAUGUUGCACAAAGCAGAACGCAAAGAGUCGGGUGCGAGGGGCAGAGGAGAGAAUGAGAUACACCAGAUAUUUCAGGACCUCGACGAGAGAUUAGCGCUAACCUCCAGAUUUUACCUCCCUGAGGGCUGCGUUCAGAGAUGGGCAGCUGAAAUGGUAGUAGCCCUUGAUGCCUUGCAUCGAGAAGGAAUUGUGUGCCGUGAUUUGAACCCAAACAACAUCUUAUUGAAUGAUCGAGGUCAGGAACUUCUGCAAAUGCAUUUCUUUUUAUUCGCUGUUGCUUCCAAUUAACUGAGUAGGCGUUUUAUCUUGUAAUUAGUAUCUUCAUUUCCUGUCUAGAGCUUCAUUAUCAAUGCAGCAAAUUCACCCCCAGUAAUAGCUUCUAGUACUUAAUGAUGCCAUUAUUCUUAAUGAUACUGUUUUUAGCUACAAAAGGAGUAAUUACAGUUCACUUCUGCAGAAAAUGGAAGGGAAAAAUGUUUUGAUUUCUCCUGUCGUUUUGUUUUUAGGACACAUUCAGCUAACGUAUUUUAGCAGGUGGAGUGAGGUUGAAGAUUCCUGUGACAACGAUGCCAUAGAGAGAAUGUACUGUGCCCCAGGUUAGAGCAAUCACCUCAAAUGUUUCACUUGGAAAACAGAUUAGCAGCUUUCAUUUUCUCAUGGAGCUUUCAUCCCAUCCCACCCUCUGUUCCUUGGGAAUACAAGCUGUUCAACAUCUUCUAGCUCUUUUUUAUUUUUAUUUUUAAUACGUUAUUUUGGAAUCUGAAAUGCUGAUAACUGAGUGUUGUUUAGCUGGAGAAUAUCACUGAGAAUUGUAGUUUUAACACAUGUGCAUUAAGGUUCUGAAAAGCCAUGUUCUUUUAAGAGUGUGCAAACAUCAUCUAUGUGUACUCGAGGGAUGGGGAAUCUGUGCCUCUGGUGGUGUUGGAACUCCUAUUCCCAUCAGCCCCAGUAAGCAUGGCCAGUGGCUUGGCAUGAUGGGAAUUGUAGUCUAGCAACAUCUAGAGGGCUUGAGGCUCCCCAUCCCUGACGUUAUUCAUGGAAAUGAGGGGGUUGUUGUUAAAAUAUAUCGUGCUUUGGGGGACAUGUCAAAAAUGCAUUAUGUGCCUUCUUGUGCUAUCUUGCACAAGAGAUGUUCCCAGUAGACUGUGUCUCUGUGGUGCUGAAUGUGCCAUGGAUUCCCAGUACAUCCAAACACAAGUAGCCAGGGGUGUACAAGAAGUGGCAGUGACAUGUCUUUGUGACCUUUAAAAGUUCUAAAGAUAAUGUGGCGAGAAUAUGCUUUGUGUAGACAAAUUUUCAUGUCAAGUAAGCUGGGCUCCAGAGGAGGGAGGCUUAAAGAAUUGUGGUGUUUCAGAUUGGGAAAUGCUUCUUUGUGAAAGAAAGUACUUAUUUGCACAGCAUGUAGUUAAACUGUGGAACUCGCUGCCACAGGAAGCAGUGGCGGUGACCAAUUUGAUGGCUUUAAAAGAGGAUUAGACAAAGUUCAUGAUGGUAAAGGCUAUGCUUCUGAAUACCAGUGUCUGGAAACAACGGUUGGGGUGGGGUGGGGGGUGGGGAAUGCUCUUGUGCUCAGGUCCUGCUUGUGGGCUCUUCACAGGCAUCUGGUUGGCCACAGGAUGCUGGCCACAUGGGCCUUUGGCCUGACCCACCAGGCCUUUUCUUAUGUCUUAUGAAGGCAGCCUGAGACAUUAAUCAAGGAAGUGUCUCCUGAACAUCCAUGGGGAGACUGUUCUGUAAAUAGGGCUCCCCAGUGGAAGAAGACCCCACCUAACGACUGAAUAGGGAGAUGCUCAGAGAAGAGCUUCAGAAGAUAACCUUAAUAGGCUGGCAGAUUCACAUAGACAAAGGGCCUCUUAGGACUUUAUAGGUCACAGCCAGCACUUUCGCCCAGAAAUAAAUUGGAGGCCAGUGCAGUUUGUUUCAGCACCAGUCUUUUUGAUGAACAUUUGUCAGUAUCCCAGUUGUUGCAUUCUGAACUAGUCAUAUUUUCCCAAAACACAUUUAAAACACAUUGUGCUAAUCUAACACAGAUUAGAUCAGAUAGGUCUCUCUCAGGUGCAAGAGCCAGUGGGGAUCUUAUUGCCUCAGUAGGCCAGUGGGGUUCUAGAAUUAAACUUCAUACAGUGGUACCUCGGGUUACAUACGCUUCAGGUUACAUACGCUUCAGGUUACAGACUCUGCUAACGCAGAAAUAGUGCUUCAGGUUAAGAACUUUGCUUCAGGGUGAGAACACAAAUCGGGCUCCAGCGGCGUGGCAGCAGCAGGAGGCCCCAUUAGCUAAAGUGGUGCUUCAGGUUAAGAACAGUUUCAGGUUAAGUACGGACCUCCAGAAUGAAUUAAGUACUUAACCUGAGGUACCACUAUAAUCUCUUUUGAUAAAUUGCAAAGGGUUGGCCUGUGCCUGUCAGGGACUUCUGCAAACUUGAUAGGCAGAACUGCAUAUUCUUUGCUUUUAAUCCUCUAAAAUGUAAUGCAGUUAAGGAGGCAUUGCUGCUAGGAAUCCCUUCUUUCUGGAACUUUGAUCUUAGUUCUAAAAGCACAGAUUGUGUUUGCAAACUUUCAGUUUUUAAAGUCAUAUGUGGAAGCAUUGCUUUGAGUAAUGUUUACACGAAUGAAUGAAUUUGAGUGGCACGUGCCAAUAUGUAUAGUCACAUUGUACAGCUCUGGCUGUUUGACUUAAAUUCUCACCUCUGCCCUGCUCUGGCAUGUACACACACACGUACAUCCUGUUUUCCAUGUCCAUAUUUUCUGCUUGCUCCUAAUACUUCAGGUAGCAUCAUUUGGAAUUUUAAUACUGUCAAGCCUUUUCCAAAGGUUACUGGCUUCAUAAAGAUGGAGCUAACCUUUUGUGAGCAUUUGUUUGUUGCAAAGUAGAAAACAAGAAAGCUCGCUACAGUCAAUAUUAUAAUAAUAUCUUAUUUCUGAAGCAUUUUUUUUUAAAGCAAGGCACUGUACAAUAUGCUAACAUAAGAUUAACUGUGACAAAACCCUAUCUGCAGACUUACAAUAUAAAUAAACAGGUCUGUGAAGAAAAGCAAGGCAGGGGAUGUAAGGCAAGAAACUGCAUAAGUAUUUAUGGAUUUCUAAAUCUUGAUUUCUGUUUUCAGAGAUGGGAUCUUGCAGCACUUCAUCUCAUGCUGCAGGAGAUGAUCUAAAGCUGCUUUCCCCAACUUGGUGGUGCCCUCUGGGCGUUUUGGACUCCCAUCAUCCCCAGGUGGUAUGACCAUAGGUCAGGGAUGAUGGGAAUUGUAGUCCUGAAGCGUACCAGGUUGGAGAAAGCUGAUCUACAAGAAAGCUCACAUUCAACUAAGCUAUGGUGUAGAAUCAGGAUUUACUUAGUAUGUUCUUCUGUGGUGGUUGCUGCAACAGGCACAGCUUUGGCUGUCCUUAGUUGUACAUCUGGUGGAUUUUGAGGCAAGAGGACAAAAGACGUUGCUCACAUAAGGCAGGGGCUGCCAAUGUGAUUCCCACUAGACACUGGACUACAGUUCCCACCGUCCCUGCUCAUUGUUCAUGCCAGUUGGGACUGAUGGGAGUUGUAGUCCUAACAACAGCUGGAGGGCACCAAUUUGGCUACCCCUGCCCUAAGCAGGGUCCACCACUUAUUCCUGUCCUACCUUCUACUUCAAAGCAACAAGAACAGCAGUCCAAGCAGCACUGGGCAAUUAGGUCUGGGAGCCGCCAUUUUGAUUUCUCACAGCGAUCUUAAAUGAAGCAUUGCUCUCGGGGCAUUGUGGGAAAUUAUGAAAUGACUCCGAGUCACCUGGCACUGCUUGCUACCUGCCAAGACCUGCCCACAUAAUAGGGCCACCAGAGUGCACUUUGCUAAGGACUAUCCCGAAUCGGGAGCCUGCCCUGAUGAGACGAGGGGGGGAAAUAGGGGGCAGGUACCGAAAAUGGCAGUCCUAUGCCAGGUUUACUCUUUUCGCUAUAUAAUGUACAGUAACAACAAUGUGUGAGAUGAUGGUCAUCACCUAACAUUUUUCUCUUCCCCUCCCAAACACAGCCAAUGAAAUGACUGGGGGAAGUGAUGAUGAGGCAUCAUUUACUCCUCGUUUCAGGGGAGAGGAAGGAGUCAAUGCUGGGUUGCCAUUUUUUGCCAGGAGCAUCCCCAUGCUCUUUGCCAUGCUUAACUUCUGCCCUCAAACUCCCCUCAUAUUUUUCGCCUGGAUUUAUGCUGUGUGGAUAUAUGUUGGCUCCAUGGUUGAAAGGGAUGAAUGCAGGUGGCAACGCAGCAUGAAUGGUCACACGGGGGAAAAAAAGUGAAGUGAUUGUCUGCUACUCCAAGGGCUCUUUAGUUCCAUCCUAGGGCAUCUUUCCAAGUCGAGAAAAGAUGCUUUGAGACUCCCCAGCUGACAGAGGAAUUAGCAAGAAGAGCUGCCUCUCAUGUCUCUUGGUGUGGGGUAAAGCAGAAGAGGGGUGAGGCUGGGGGUCCUGUGUCAAGCUUCCCCUGACUUUUCUACCCCAUCCACCCCUUCCUAAUUUGAGGGACUGGACCACGUCCUUUAUUGAAUGUAAGGCAUUUUCUCCAUUUGAGCCAAUGCACUUCCAGUCAAUGUAUUUUUUGCAGAGGCAUAUAAUUUGUUAAAUAGAUCUCUAUGCUGCUUUUUUGUUUGCAGAAGGAAAAAGAAAUACCAAAGCAGUUCAGACCUUAGCAACAAAGCGAAUAAUAAAAACUCCCCAGUUACGUUCCAAGGCACAGAAUUGUAGAGUUGGAAAGGAUCCCAGUGGCCAUCUAGUCCAACCCCCUGCAAUGCAGGAGUCAGGGUUGUUGCAAUCAAGGAUGUGCAAAGUAUGUGAGAUUGAAGGCAGUGGUUGGCUUGCCAGGAAGGACCUUGUUCCAUAGGAGCACAGAUGCACAGUAUGCCAUCUCAGUUGUAGACAAUACUGAGCUACAUGGAGCGAUGGUCUGAUUUGAUGUAUGUUGUGGUUAUAUGCCAAAGCACGUCCUGGGACGUUGUACUGGCUUUGGUGUCUUUAAACAGGGUCAUACAUUCAUGGCUAUGUGGCAUGAAUGGAACCUCCAUGUCCAGAGGCAGUAUACCCUCAAACAUCUGAUUCUGGGAACAAAUGGAAAGGCAGUCACUGCUGACCUCUACUGGAAGCAGUAUGCUGGGUGAGAUGCGCUUUGGUUUGAUACAGCAAAACAGUUCCCUGGCAGAUGAAAAGGCCCCUGUUUGGCCUUCAAGAACAUACCCAAUACUGUGCAACGACACACUGGUUCUGCAGUUUUUUUCCUGCAACCCGCUUGGGGGCAAAGCCCCAGCACACAUGGACUGCAGGGUUGAUGCUUCUGUUUCAGCCCAGCCCCUUUUGCCUUUUUAAAAAUAAUUUGUCUCCUGAUCCUGGAGAAAAGAGACAAUGUGGAGAGAAACAGGCCACGAUUUAUUUCUCCAACUUGUCUUUUAAAAUGCCCAUUAAAUAAAAUCCACUUUUAGGGGACCAAUAUUCCAUGUACCAAAAAACAAAAAAACCUUGAGCUGGCUGCAGCUCAAAACCACAGUGAGGUGAACUGAAUUUCAAAUGUGCACCAUUUUAAUCUUUUCCAUGCCUGCCAUUUCUGUGCUCCAAAAGUGCCGCUUCCAGCUGCUUUUUAAGACAGGAGUGUUUGGAAGGUAGCAAGUGGGAGUGGGAAAGCAGUCGGCAGGGAAAGGGUCAAGCCCCCCCUCCCUUGGUUGCUUUUCCAUAAACAAAGCAGCCCUUUGGCUUGGAGGGUGUGUGUGUGUGGAAUGACCAAACCCAAAAUAUUCAUUUGCUGGUAGCAUUUGCUUCGGCCCUCAAACAGCUUUUGCCAGGGGAAUUCUUUCUUGAAGUUGGCCAGUAGGUGGCAACCUACCAUUAACUGAUUUCUGUGGUCAAGGGGGGGGGGCUAGCAUUUCCCCCCAGUGCUCCAGAUCUAGAUAUAGAGGAGCUUUGUUGUAAUUGCUUGUGCUCAUCUGCUCUGUCGGCUGUGCGAGUUUCUGAGUAUUCUAGUACUAUCACAUAUCAGGCCAUCCCUUUAGUUCCCAGAGUCCCAAGGACAGGUUACGUAAAGAAGUUUAAGCUGAAAUAAAUAACUAUAAUGCUAUUUGCAGAAGCUCUCCAAGUAAAGCACUCGCCAAAGCAAAAAAGGCGUGCUGCCCAAACAAAAGUCAGAUUUUUUUAAAAAAUUCACUAUAUUCCGUAGCAUAAUAGGAAUGAUUGACUCCAAAAUCCAUCCUGGUAAUUAAUAAAAUAAAGAAGAAGAACAUUUAAUAAUACGUUUUAUCUCCGUAAAAAGCAAGGCGGCUGCGUAUGAAAAUUAUAAAACACACAACUGUGCCCAAAGGCUUACAAUCAUAAGAGCAGAACUAUAUAUUGUAAGAAAUGCCGGUGCCAAAAAUAGGGUUGUAGUCCGCUAAUCCUGCUCAGAAUAGACCCACUGAAAUUGAUAGAUGCAAGCUAGUCAUAUCUUUCAGUUUAUGAUUCCAUAAUUCCCACAAGUCUUCUGAGCGUAUGAUUGACGCAGGAUGCGGCCUCAUGGACUCAUGUGUUGCCCUCCUUGCCUGCAGAAUGUAUAGCACAACUUACUCAGUGCCCUGAUGACAUUAUCUAGAGGGUUUCCCCAUCCUUUGCACCGUCAGCUAGCGAUACGGAGCGGAAGGCACAGAAAACAAAACAGCUCCAUGUUUCUUAAAACGCAGAUCGGUCGUGACCAAUCAAUAACACAACGGAGAGGAAGAGGUAAGGGAAAGCAACAGUAGUCUCAGGCUGCAUUUACAUUUAUUAUCUUUUCCUAACAUUUCUCUUAACUGUUAAUUUCCACAUCGUAUCUCAGCUUUCAUGAGACAUAAAAGCAGCCUCCAGAGAUAUAGCAGAAUAUAGCACAAGCGUGGCGCACAUUUCCCUCUUGUUCAUUUCCAGGGAGAAUUCCGUUUGCAAAUAACACGCGGCUUCUAUGUCGUGUGGAAGCUCACAUAUAAAGUGGAAAUUAACGGCUAGGCAGAUGUCAGGGAAACAGAAUAAAGUGCUUUGUGAACGCAGCCUCAGUUACUUCUGCUGAUUGGCCAAAGCAUUGUGGGCUGUGGGAGGUAUUCAACAAAAUAUUUGCACUAGAGCAAGGAUUAGCGCUGGAGCCCCUUCUUUCCUCCCCCUGUCCCCAUAGCACUAUCCCCAUAUCUGUUCUGGAGAGUUGGGGAAACACCAGAACUGAUUUAGGGGUACCUGGGAGAAGGGGAGGGGGAUAACUUCCCAUUGUCCAAUAAAUCCUUGCACUGACCGAACUUUCUCCUUAGCACUGGGUUGAAUACAACCCUAUAUUAUUGACACAUAAUAUUGUAGUAUUUUAGAGCACGUAUUUUCUGGUCGAACAAUCUUGAGUUUUAUCAGGAAAGACAACACCAGAGUGGAUGGCCUGUGGUCUGAACAGGUUUAAUUUCCUAAUAGCAAGUUAGUAACCAGUGCUUGAGAGUUUGCAGCACACCGGUAGCUCCCAAAAUGCUUGACGUUCAUUCAUUUUUUAAAGAAAGAAAAAGAAACCCACUAUAUAUAUAUUUUUUUAAAAAGAAAGUAAUGUAAGCAUAUCUAUGUAUGUGGGUGGUGUUUGGAUAAAAGGGCAAAGUUGUCCUGAACUCAUGAUGCAAAUGUUUCACUUCUGUUUAAACACCCCUUUGCUCCCAGUGUCCCCUGGGAAUCCUUAUCACAUAUUUGUGCUAAAAAAACAUUAACCACCUGCCCUGUGCUUUGUAAUAUCAGCAACCGAUCUUUUUAUCUCUUGGUUAAUGUGCCUUGGUAUUUUGAAAGGGGGAGGAGGGGUGAGUGGGGAGGGGAGGAGGAGGAGGAGGAGGGGAGCUGAGGGAAAAAUUCCAGUAACAUUCGAUUUGCAGGGACCGAAAAUUUUGAGCAAAUGCCAAGCUAGCAGGGGGGCCAUUAUUCUGCUCUAUAAAUAAGUUUGAAAAAAGAAACACAAACACUCUCACACACAAACCUUUUAAAUCAACAUGUUUUGGUCUAAUUGAGCAAGAAAGAUAAAUUUUGAAAUGCAAAUGAUCGCCUUCUGUUAUUGACAUAUUCCUGCAACCGUUCCCCGCCCCCGUCAACAUUAUGAUCUUGGAUUUUAGAGAGUCAUUGCAGUGUUAGAAACUCAGAUAUGAAAGCUAGGAGCUAAAUGACACCUUAAACCUACAGUAGGUUAUGGGCACAACAACAGAAUGUCUAGGCAUACUUUUUAUAACAAGAAUACAAAGCUGAAAAUGAAUGAACUGCAGCUAAAAUCAUUUUUCACAUGGUCUAGUCCUCAUCUGAAGACUUCAAAAAAUAAAUACAUGCUUCCCCUGCCCGCCCCCCUAAUAUUCUUUAAAGGGUCUCUUCUGCAGUCAUCAGAGAGUGGCUGGAAGUGGGGAGGCAGAAAAAGGUCCUCCUUUCCUUUCACUCUGCAGACAAGCCCUGGAUUCUCCCUACACCCCCUUUCCUCCAUACAAAUAUAUCUUUUUGGCAGCACAAUUAACACAUAUUAAAGGCCUAUACAGCUUAUGGCAGAGACGCCCUCCUUGAGUGUCCAGUUUGCAAACCUAAGACUUAAGGGUCCUUCAAUGAUCCUACUCCAAAAUUUGGAUUUUAAGCAUCAUUGUGAGAGUCUGAGGUAGAUAAUGCUUUAACAUGCACUAAUUAAACCAUCAUAACUAACUGGCUAGUAUAUUUCAAAUUAAAAGCACAUCAUACAUUAAACAAGGCAACCAAAACCUAAACAAAACAAAACAUGUUGGGGUUAAAAGAAAAGAAAGUUUUCAGGUCCCCAAUCUAUUCAUGUUUUACUUGGGAGGAAGCCCCAUUGAACUUGACUGGGAUUUACUUCCAAGUAACAACGGCAACUUUAUUCUGAAAUCUUAGGUGCAGUACUGCACCCAGAGGUAUAAAACUGCUUGCGUUUAUGAAAUUCCCUGUCGCAAAACGCGCCUAGAACAAUGGGAGUUUUGAACGCUGAGUCAUUGGCAGCAAAACAAGGCAAAAGGUAUAAGCUGCUGCUAGCUCACAAACAAUACAAAGUUUAUAAAACUGCAGUCUGGGGACAUGGUUCGGGGGAGGCUAGCUGAUCCUUUUGUUCUUAUCUGAAAGGAGCUAUAGCCUGGUCAAGGCUACCCUCAAUCGGAACAUCAGCACUUAAUUUGUUCCAAGAGAGGAUCUUGCUGUCAAUAUCAGGACACUUGUCAUGUGAAAGAAAUUCUUCUUCUUAUCAUUUAUUACCUGCUUUUCACCCUAAGUUCCCAGGGAGGCCUACAACAAUUAAAACACAAUAUGAAUAUCAAAGCACCGUAUUUCAAAAUAUUAAAAAAAGUUUAGAACAAAAUGACAAAAACAAGGCAGGUCCUAAAAAUAUACCUGUCAGGUAUCAGAAGCCAGGGUACCACAUAGAAUGCAGAGUCAUAGCAGUGCUCCAUCUGCCAUAGUACUGAAUGGAAUAAUGUGAGAUCCCUGGGAAAGUCCUUUUCCAGUGUUGCCACUUGUUUCUUUAAUUGGAGAUAAGAAGAGUUGAACCUUGGGCCUUCUGCAUGUGUGAUGUGUGCUUUACUACUCAGCUAUGAUUAUUCUCCUUGUUUCCUAGAUUAUUAGCAUCAUCAGUUUUAGCCGAGACCUUUUUCUGUCACCUGUCAGCUAGGUGGGAAAAAGCUCCUCUCUGGAUGUAUGUACCACCCCCCUCCUCCCUGCUGAACACCCUCAGCUAUUCUCUAUACAUCUAGGAUUAUGGGAUAGGGCUUCCAGGUCAGCGGGCUUGUAUUUCAGGGCAAGGUUGAGUAUCGGCACAUCACGUGUUUAGAUACUGACACAUCAGGUCAGGUGAGAUAUCCUUGGCCCUUACCAAGUAAUGCCUUUCAAAACUCUGUUGCGAUACAUUUUAGGGCUUGUUGCUGCUGAACAACAAACCUUUGUGCCCUUAAGUUAAGUCAUAUUGACUCGCACGUUUCGGCACUUCAGAGAAAGAAAUGUUGUAGGGGAAAAUGGAGUUCUAUUUGCAUAGAAAUAUUUUUUACAGGGGAGGUGGAUAAUCCAGAGACCUAGGUACACAUGGAGCAUCAGUAAAGAGAGCCAGUUCUGUGUGUAGAGAAUUGACCCUCCAUUGAAAUGAGUGGGGGAGCCCAUUGGCAGGGAAGCUUUAUGUGAGCCCUGGAGAGUCCAAAUAUUGGUUUGGCAUGGUUGAUCUUCGAUCUAUGAAUUCCACACUGUUAUUGUCGGAAGAGCAAAUGGAUUCUAAGUGCUAUAUUCUUAAACAUUGCAUACAGCAAAUUACUCUUUUUGUAUUUUUCAAGGCACCAGGAACAAAGUGCAAUCCACAUUUAAAAUGAAGCCGUAGUUCUCAAAGGGAGCCACUUAUUAGGUCACAAGACCUGAAUGUAGUAGUUCUAUGGUUUGGGGUGGGGUAGUUGCUCUUCUAUAUAAUUGAAAGGAGCUAAAGGGCAGGCUAGGAGAGAGUGUUUAUCAUCUUUGAUAACACGGCACUAAACAACUUUGUCCUUUUUGUAUUGCCAGAUGGCUUUAGAGGAAGUUUUAAAUCUAUCCUGAGGGCAGCUAACAGGAAGAAAAAGAAGGAUUCUUUUAUUGCCCUUAGUCUUUGUCUUAAAGGACACAGGGAUUUUUAAUUUUUAUUUCACAAAGCAGAAUGUAGAUGCUUGUAUGUUUUGAAAUGAAGUGCUUCAAAUUUUUCAGACUUUCCUUGUUGUCAGAACUUCCUGGACACAUAUGAGAAACAUAAUUGAGUACAAAAUUUGCAGGAAACAUUUUGAUGGUUAAUGUGGAUUAAAAAAGAAGUUGCAAAAGUGUUUGUCCGAUGAAAAUUAAGGGAGGAGCUGGAAGAAGCACAGCUAUUGGAGACAAAGUCCGAAGAGGACUUGCAAUCGGGAGAAUUCCUGGCAUGAUGACCUGAUGACAAAUUCAGCACAUUGUGACGUCUGGAUGGGGAAAAUCAAAAUCAAGGCUGAGGAACAGCUCCAAGUUGGCUGUCCAAAGAUCAAGGACAGUGUGGGUUCUGUAGGUGGAGCAAUGACCUGAUUUGGAGUAUGGCAUCUUCCCCUGCUUCUCAAUCCAGAUAGCCCCAUGUUCUUCCCUGAAUGACUCCUGAAUGGCUUGCAUCCACUAAGUGGAGAGACCUGUUGGAACAAAUUGCAGUGAUAGGAAAGCAAAGCAACUGGUCACUUAAGCUUGUGUAUUGCUGCCAUUUGUUGUGUAAAUGACUUGGGUGAUGUGAACGAAAUUCAUUAUUAAGAAUGGGUAUUGGGAUUAGAUUUACUGCAACAUUAAAGCUUUUGGGGGGGGGGGCUGGGGAGAGCAAUUUUGUCAUGCAGAAUGGCAUUAGCUGCUUGGACAACUUAUGUGAAAACACACCACAGUCUAUAGUUUUCUAGAUUUUUCUUCUUCUCCCCUGGGAUGCCUUAUUGAGAGAACAGGUAACCUUAUUGAUGUGAUAUACUGAGCCUAUUACUACCAAUAGGUUGUGGUGGCCAUUAUGUGACCCAUUCAAAGGAAGGGAGAGAAUAUGGCAAAUGUUUAUCUGCCUCUGUCUCCUUGAUUAUUGAAAGUCUCUCACUUUAAUUCUGAAUGUGGAAACAGCCAGCUCUGAGAGGCAAAGCAGGGAGAAUGACGAUAUUGAGAGAUGGAAGGGUAAAAUAAAAUUAUAUCGAAGAGUGACUACCCAGUUGGCCAAAACAUCUAAGAUCUUCAAGGCUGCAAAUCUUUGCAUGCUUAUCUUGAAUGUUAACUGAACUCAGUGGGGUUUUCCAUUGAGUAUACAUGCAAAGGUUUGGAUUCUUCCAGUGCAAUCUUAUGCAUGUCUGCUCAGAAGUAACACACACAGCAUUCUGAUGUUGCAGCCUGGUGAAGCCUUACUGAGUGUGUACUGGUAGUUAAGACUCAGGAUUUUAAGGUCUUAUGGGGGACCUCCCUCUGCACAAUGAAUUCUGUAUUACUUUACUGACAAAAUCUGGUAAUCAGCCUUAUUCUGCUGAGUGGGGCCCUGGGCCUGGGGCCCAAAGUCCUGUCCUGAGAGCACCACAGAGGUUAAUGGGACUCACUCCAACAUAGUUGUGCUUAGGACUGCAGCCUUAUUUGAUUUCACUACUUUGUGGGUGGCUAACAUUGGCCCUGGCUCUAUAGAAAGGGCAUUAAGUGGUUGUUUGAGUGCAGCUUUUACUUGUUUGUAAAUUACAAAAGAUACACACAGCACAGAUGCAUUUUUUUUAUGCCAAUCAGGUUUUUUAGAAAAUUUAUGGAAGGCAGCUAGUCUAAAAGGACUGAACGAUAAUGCUUAUGUAGUUAUGGUCUGUAGCUAUGGUUUGUUGGAACAAAACAGCUGGGAGUUGCAACAGACACUAGUCCCCGUCCUGCUCAUGUGUGGAAGAGCUGAACCCAUUCAGUUCAGUGUUGGCGCACAUUUGAGCAGACAUUCCCACUGUAUUCUCAAGAGUUGUUCCCAUAUUGGCCCUGUGCAACUACUGUAUCAUGUAAACCUGGUUGGGCGGUUCACCUGAAUGUCUAAACCAGCGGUAGCCAAUGUGGGCCCUCCAAAACUUGUUGGACUACAGCUCCAAUCAGGCUCAUCUAAUGUGGUCAAUGGUCAGGGAUGUUGGGAGACCAGCAACAUCCAGAGGACACAGCUUAAACUUCGCAAAGUGGGGUUUUGUUUUUGCUAACCACCUCCAGGUGUUGUUGGACUUCAACUCGCAUCACCCCAAGCUGUUGGGAGUUUGAUUCCAGCAACAUCUGGAGGGCCAUAGGUUCCCCACCCUUGAUGUAAAGACUGAUAAUAUACCAUGGUUCUGCUGUAUUUUGUGUGGGGCGAGGGAGUGCUAACCAAGAUUAAGGCAACAAACUACCAGUUCUGUGUUCAUGUAAAGAGACACUCAUGCACCCAGGACACUGUAAGAUGCUAUAGCGGGCAUGCUCUUUCCUUCAAUGUGCCAGGGGAAUUCAUCCCUCUUCAUAAAGAUUUGCAGUGGAGAGAACUGACAUAAACCCAUAAGAAGAGUCUGUUGGAUCAGGCCAGUGACUCAUCGAGUCCAGCAUCCUAUUCUCACAGUGGCCAGCCAGAUUCCUGGGGGAAGCCCUACAAGCUGGACCUGAGCUCAAUAUUACUCUGCCCAUCUGUGAUUCCCAGCAACUGGUAUUCUGAAGCAUAACGCCUCCGACAGUGAGGAGAGAACAUAGCCAUUGUGGCUAGGUGCCAUUGAUAGCCUCAUCCUCGGUGAAUUUGUCUAAUGUUCUUUUAAAGCCAUUCAAGGUGUGUGGGUGGGGGGAGGAGGUGUUUAGGAGGGAGCAGCAGCCUCUGUUGACAUUCCAAACUGAAGAGUAAAUCGUUUUGUCUGUAAUGAUGCGUGUCUAUGCACUAGGUUGUCUGAAGGGCUUAGCUUCAGAUAUGCUCCACUAGCAUCUGUGUCUCCUUGUAAAUGCAAGUUUCAAGGUGCACACAUCGCUUGGAUUUUCAUUGCAAAUGUCUCUCAUUCAGAAGUUGGCGUUGUCUUUGAAGAAACGGAGGCUUGCGAUUGGUGGAGUCUAGGUGCUUUGCUCUUUGAACUUCUGACGGGGAAGGUGAGCCAUUCUGACCAUUAUUUAGCAAAAGGGGCAUAGCAAAUAACAGAAACUUUGAGAAGAUCAGCAAUCUCUUUAUUGAGAGUAACUGAAGUGCAGGAUGCAUACUUCUGUCCUGCACAGAACUCUUCAACAGGCAAAGGCAUUCUGACAAACAGAUGGUGCUAGAUCAUCUCACUAGGGAUGCUCUAUUCUUGGGGCAGAAUGAAGCAUUGCUUGUGUUAACGUAGACACUGUUCAUUAAAUUCACAGUGGACCAUUCUGGUAAGAUUCAUGGCACCAAAAGUCUUUCCAGGGGCAAUGAAAAAGUUAUGUUCUUCUUGAAAAGGUAUCAUACAGGAGCAAAAUUUACAAUGAAUGUUUGUUGCAGGAUGUAAACUAGGGGUUAACUGGCUUGUGGGCUUCUAGGCUGACCACUGUACACAGUCUGCUGAUAUAUCAUGUUAACUCCUGUGUUUUUUUAUGUUGACUCUUGUAUUUUGGGGACUUUGUAGAAGUCCAGGAAGGCAGAGAACAGAUAAAGGCAAGACAGUAAUCUGGUUUGCACGGCACACUAAGCCAAACCAUGGUUUAACAUGUGCAGGUGCCAGGAGAGGAAAUCAGGGCUGUUCUGCUUCUCCUCAGUCAUUCUGCUGGUUAGAGCUAAACCGUGAGCCUGAUUCACUAUGGCAUGCUAAGUUGAACCAUGUCCUUCUCCAUCUCUGAAUGUAAAAUGAGAUUCUGAGCAUGCGCAUUGAGCUCUCAGCAGAUCAAACUCCCAAAGCCAACUGUUUUGGAGACACAUGUACAGAAGUUCUAUAGCAGAGCACUGUGGUGCACAUUGCUCUUCUUUUACAUCAUUAUAUCACUAUAUACAUUAACCAUAUUACCAUGUUUCUUGUUGGUUUGCUAUAGACUCUGCUGGAGUGCCACCCAGCAGGAAUAAAUACCCACACCUGUCUGAACGUGCCAGAUCACAUCUCAGAAGAGGCAAGAUCACUCCUUCAACAGGUACAUUCCUGGAGAAUUUGUAUAUGCGAUUUCUACACACGUACAUGCCAGCUGGUGAUUCUUGGGGUGGGGGGGGUGGGGAGCGUAGCCAAGAGUUGAGAAAUGAAUGAUUAACAAGGAUGGCCUGCAAAAGUCACAUAGCCAUAAAAAUGUGUAGAGCUGCAAAUGGACAUGCAUUUCCUGAACAUUUUUUGUAAGUGAAGGUGGUUCAUCUUGGAAAGAGGUUAAAGAGUUGUUGAGGGUUUGGCAUAAGGAACCAUCACAGCCGUGGUCAUGGCAAGUAUAACUGUGGCCUGAAUUUACUGCGAAAAUCAGGUGAUUUUUUUUUAAAAAAAUAGGUCUUUAAUAGUUGAUCCACGGUGGGUGAUCCACCCCUUUGAUACCUGACAUAUAUAUUUUCAGGACUCUCCCUAGUCCUGCACCUUUCGUAUGAGUUAAACUGUUUUAAUAUUGAACUGAACUGUUUAAUAUUGAAUUUAAUACUGAAUAUUGACUGAGCCACCCAGUCAGAUGGGCAGGAUACAAACAACAACAACAACAGCAACAACAUGAUGAUGGUGAUGACAUUUUUGUAACCUGCCCUGAGACCUUAUGAUGAAGGGUGCGUAAAAAACUGAAAUAAUAAUUAUAAAAUUAAUAGCAGUAGUAAAGUAACAAUACUACUGCUGCUACCAAUAGCAGCCUGUCCACUGUACCAGAGUGAAUGUAAUACUUCAUACCUAUGCUCAUCCAGUAUAUAAAAUCUCAUAGAAGGCUGAGUGCUUCCCCUCUGCACACACAGAGAUUGAAAAUGAAUGGAAUUUUACCACUGGCAUCUUGGAGACCUUUAUUAAAGCAACACAUAGCAGUGCUCAGCUCCUGUGGGACCUCUUAAGCCAGGCCAUUUGCUAUUUCCCUCCUCUCCAAGUUCAAAGUCACCCGUGUCCUAGAGGAAGCGUUCCAGCCCUAGGCUGCACGUGGCUGACUUUUGGGUCGAAGGGUAUGCCCCAUUGGCUAGUAAAUCAACCUUCUGUUGUGUGUCUAUCCAAGGAAACUACCAUUCAUAUUUGAGGAAGCUUAGUCAGGAAAAGGAAAAAGGGGCUCUUGGCAUGGCUGGUCAUUUGUCAUUGUAAUUUUCCUCUUCCAUCCCCUCGGAGGGUUGCUUGGGUCAGCCCGUUGCAGAAUGCCUAGGAGAGGAACAGUGUGCAGAUGCUAUGCCAAAUGUGUCUCAUGACACAGCUUCCAAAACCAGUGACCUCAUUAAAAAAAAUAAAUCACACUCCCCCCCCCCAUUUAGCCAACUAAGUAUUCUGUAAUUCAGAGCUGUUAUUAUUUAUAUUUGGAUGUAUAAAUCUUUUUAGAUGAAGUUUGGAAAGGCUGACUUGACUGGCAUUUUGUCUACGAGAUCUUUCUCAAAGGUUGUCUCGGCAAAGCAUAAUAAACCCGUGUGUUUCCCAGCCAUGUAGAUCCAGCACAAUUUAUUCUGCAUUUACUUUCCAAGAUUAUAGUUCUCUCCUUGCAGAAAGGGGAGAAAGCUUCAGAGCAUAAUUUUCUUUGCACUUAACUUUCCCACCUGCUGUCACUUGUUCCGUUUUCCAGGAAGGACAGCAGAAUGGCAAUGCCUGCCACUGUUUUUCUGUCGGCUCAUGUAUAUUCACAAAGGAGAGGCUUGUUUUUGCUCUCCGAGUUAUCUCUACCAAGUGAGAGGUUUGAGAGAUUUUAAGUGGCAGAGCCAACUUAAGAUGUGCAAAUGAAUACAUUUUAUGGAGAAAUUUCUCACUUUGAUUAUGGGGUUGUAUGCAUUUGAAGACGCACCGCCCAGAAGAAUACAGAGCACUACUAAAUGACAAUGGGAUGUAGGGAGUUGCAUUAUACAGGAGUCAGUCCUUUAGAGGAAACCCAGAAACGAAUUUAUUCUUUUGAACUGUUUAUUAGAAUGCGACAGUCUCAUAAGAUGGCAAAAUGUAAACUUCAGCUCCUUUAUCCUUGGUAAAUAUUUUCCUGCCUCUUUGCUGGUUACUUCCUUUCAAGCAAUCAUUCUCCAUCAGAAUUUGCAGAUAUGAAGAGCUGGCUUCACUUUCUACAUAUAUUCAGCUCCCCCCCUUUUGAAUAUAUUGUAAGUUCUUCAAUGCAAAAUAAACAAGCUGCUUAGUUUUCAUAAUUCUGGCAAUCAGCUGCUCCAUUUCCUUUAGACUUGGUUUUAGAGCAUCACUAGUUUCUAAAGAUUACCAAGACUUCCUUUGCACAUUACUCUCCCCCCCUCCCUCAUUUUGAAACGUACACCUAAAAGUGUGGCUGCAACAAGAAUGAAGUUCGUUAAGAUGGGGGUUGUAAUUGGUAUGUUCAUCAUAAUCAGGGAUGGGGGACGAAGGCUGGCAGUGGCUGCCUGUUGAGCCUGCACCUGGUGUCUGCUCCCACACAGUGUGUGGAAUUGCCCUACGAACCGGAGAGGCAGGCAGGUACCAACAAAGUGAAGCUUAAGAAGGGCUCAGAUAUAAUGGAAGAAAGAACAAAAUUCAAAACUAGUUGGCUAGGGCAAAGACAGUAGCAAUUCAGGGAAGGAAUUAGAAGUUGCCCCUGAAUAGCUUGGGACCAAAGUAUCUUCUCCAUUACCAGCCAUCUCAGGCCCUAUGAUGGGCAGAGCACAUGUUAGUGCCGCUGCCACUGGGAGUUGCCCAGUUGGAAGUGAUCCCUGAUGGGACCUUAUUUAUUCUAGUUCCCCAUUUGUUGAAUGCCUUCCCUAGUUUGUAUGCUGCUCAAUAGCUAAGAUCUCUGGGAAGCUUACAGGAAUGAUACAAUCAUAAACACAAUCUCACGGACUGUACCAAGUCCGUUCUGGUAUGCUUGCUGAGCACUUUUAUUCCUAUGGUUCAUACUAACUCUGUAUAUUUUGCCUUAAGCUUUUGCAGUUCAAUGCUGUGGAGCGUCUUGGUGCUGGAAUCGCCGGAGUUGAAGACAUAAAAUCCCACCCCUUUUUUGCCCCCAUCGACUGGGCGGAAUUAACAAAGUGAUAAGGUGCGAUGAGUCCACUGCCCAUGUUUACAGAUACCUUUCUUGGCUGGCUGCCAUCAUAAAGGUUCUCGGAUCUUCUGGGCAAGGAUGAAUAAAGUUGGAGACUGGAAAGGCAUCAAAGAGAGAACAGUUUUAGCCAGAAUUGAGGACUAGGCCAAACCAAGGUGUGGUCUACACUGAUGGGCACUGUAUCUAGUAGUCCUUUUUGGCCAGGAUGAGAUGUGAUGCUGAUCAUGCCCCACUCUCUGUCUUUGUUCUGUUUUGGAGAAACAAUGCUGUACAUUUCCUCACCCCACUUUUCAUGUUUUUGGCAGCCGUUUGGGAUUGGGGUGGAGAAUGCGUGGGAACGGGGAGCUCAACACAGAAGUGGAGGUUUUUGGUGGCGACCUGUGUUCGUGAUCCCAUCUGGUUUGGGCACUUGGGAAUUACGUAUAAUGGAAUGCACUUUUUGUGUUUCUCUUGUAAGUCAUGACGGAAGUGUGGCACUCCUGUUGUACAUGCCAAGCCCCUCUUGCAUAUGCCAGCUGGAAAUAGCCCUCCCCCUCUUUUUAUAGUGUCAAUGUACUCCUUCCCUAAGCUAGACGCAGCUGAGGUUGGGGAAUGGGGAGAAGAAUAACUUAUUAAUAACAUAUGCUAAAUAAAAUGCUAUGGUGUUUCUGCAAAACCUGACAUGUAACAUGUAUAUCUCUGUAUGUUUGCUGAGUGAGGGGGUGUACAUAGCAUCAUGUAAUGUAACUCCAGAAUGAUUGCCUAACAUCUGUCAAAAGAUGGAAGAGGGCAGUCCGGCUACUCUUAUCUUGUGCACGUUGGUUGGCAAUGCUUGUUUUAAAGCACUAACUCUAACCUCCAGUGAAUUAUAUGUUUUAAGUCACUACAAGACAGGAUAUCUCUCAGCCCGAUCAUGAUUGCUUUAGUAGUGGAACUUGGAGCAAGGCAAGAAGAUGCUGUCUAAGUGUGCAGAUAUAAAUGUUUGGAUAUAUAUAUAUUUAACAAAGCUGCCACAUUCCUGUUUAGGCUAUUUUAGGUCUCAUCUGUACAGGCAGAUAAAAAUCAAGUGCUGUGGAAUUCAUUACCUGUCUCAUCUCAGAUUGCAGGUGGGGAACCUUUGGGAUGCUUUCCCAUUUCAGAACCUCCUUGGACUCUCCUUCCUUGGAGGUUUUUAAGCAGAGGUUGGACAACUAUCUGUCAUGGAUGCUUUAGCUGAGAAUCCUGCAUUGCGGGGCGGGGGCGGUUGGAUUAGAUGGCCCUUGGGGUCCCUUCCAACUCUACAGUUCUGUGAUUCUGUCACCAUGGAAAGUUAACAUAUCAAGCAUUAGUGCUGGCCCACCUCCCCUCCCUGAAAAGCUAAAGAAGAAGAAGGGCUUUUUUUAAUGGGAAAAGACAGUUGUGGUGUUUUGUUUUGGCUUUUUCUUUUUUCAUGUGGGAAUGCUGAACCGUGCAGGAUCCCACCUGCAAAAUGGAAACGUGUACAACACGAUCUAUUUGCAUGUGCAUAUUAAUUCUGAAAAAUGUCGUUUUGCCACCUCCUAGAUUCCACUGCCGCCCUAUUUCUUCAUUCAGAAACACCCAAUAAAUGUGUGUUUGUGUCUUACCUAUGUGCAUCCCUCCUAAGGAGGAGAGAGCCUCCAAAUUGGUGUGCUUAGAUUUGGAAUGGGGUCAUCUUAAAUGGCUUCACCAAGAAGCUCAUUGGAAGCCUUCCAUAUGCAACAGAAUUCUACCAUUUUGAAUUCCAUGGCACUUGCUGUGGACAAGUUUCUGACUACAUGUAUGGGCUGUCCACAAGAAGAUGGCUGUCCUUUCUUGGAAAACAAUCACUCUUUUCAAACAGAUUACUCACUAAGAAGCUGUUUCAGGUGGGUUGUAUGCCCACCAACUGCUUAAGUCCAUAAAAAUCAUGGUAGUUCUGCCAUUGGUACUUAAAACAUGUUGGUAAUUUUGCCAGAGGGAGAAAAAAAGGAGACAAUACUGUGGGCUGCAGAUGUUUUGGGGGAAGGGAGUGGGGGAAAUAAAGCACUCAAAGUUGAUAUUUCUAUCUAAAUAAAGAGAUUUUCUUUUUAAAAAAUGCUUUUGUUUUAUUAAAUUUAUAACUCACAGAGAGGUUUUUUUUUUAAAAAAACAACAACCCAAAAACUUUCAAGGUACCAAUUCAAAGUCUUCAGAGAUAAAAACUGCUAUGAGAAUAUUCUUGUGCUGUUCCCAGCGUGCCACAGAAGAUGCUUUUCAACAUUGCCUCUGAGAGUUGCUUUGGCUUUGAAGGAAAGGCGUUCCAGAGCUGGGAGCUGUCAGCACCCCCAUGUUGGCAUGUGCCCUGUUGAUAUUUGGUGCAGGCACGCUUCCUUCAGUUCACUAUAAGCAACUGGGAAGUGCUCUCUCUUGUUCAAGCCCAAUCGUUGUGAAAGCUUUGGGGGAGGUCUUUGAUGUACUCAGAAGACUGCUACAUCCCAGGGCAGCACAUGGAAAGACCAGCAUGGUGGGUUUCAGGUGUCUUGCUCUCUCUGGGUAAGGAUGGGCAAAUAUGUCCAUUUCAGUAUCUCUCAGUUUCUCAUUCUUCAAGUUCAGUUCUCUGUGUUUCUUCAUCAGUUUGCCUUUUUUUUUUAUUUAAAGGAUUUAGUUCUUAAUGUGAAUUUUCACCUCACGUACACGUUUUUUGGCAUGAAGCCUUGCCUAACAGACACUUUUUGGCAAAGCAGUUUCUCCUUAUAUAAUGCACACCUGCGUGUUAUUUUCACUAUUGCACACAUUAUAGAAGCACACUUUGCACUAGUGCACUAGUGCCCGUCACUUGGCUGGAGAAACUGCAUUGCAAAAGGGCUGAUUUCAAAGGCUGGCUGCGUUUCGCUUUGCCCCUCAGAAAGUGUGUGUUAGGUAAGUUUGCCUUUAAAAUGUGAACUGAAUCAAACUUCUCCCCGACGAUACCUACAGAAACUGUUUCUGCACCUUUGGUGCUCGCUGCAGCUUCCAAACGGAAAGUAGAAGCAAACAAGAAACAACAGGAAGAAAAACAACAACCCACAACCGGGGGGGGGGGGGGGUAGACAAAAAUGAAGUUCUGAGCUUCAUACCCUACUGGUCCUUCUUCAGGGAAAUUCAGAGAACAGUGGUUCAGAAUUCAGAAGUGCUACUUCUUGCUUCUGCUUCCUGUUCCUUUUUGGAGUUCCCAUUUUUGUCGCAGCCUCUGCACAUCAGCUGAUCCCGUGUACAUUUUCUCUGAAGUAAUUCCCAGUGUUGCUUUCUCCCCAGGACGUUUGGCAAGGAUUGAAGCCUUAGGAUUACCACCUGCUAUAUAUUUGCAUGUGUAAGUGAGACUUGCUGUCAUCGUAGCCUCAAGCAGUUCUCUCCAGCAACUGGUUAUGGGUUAGAGAAACCCACUUUUCAAAGUGAAAGAUGAAGGCCACAACUUUGAGAAGGGUCACAGCAAAGAAAAGAGUAUUUUUCAGUAGGGAUGGGCGGAUCUAUCAAUAUUAAUCUCAGUUUCUCAUUUUACCGGUCUUAAAUUCCGUCCUCUACAUUUUCAAAUUUAAGUCCUCAUGAAAACUUAGCAGCUAUUUAGUGCCCCCCCAUAUACACAAUUUGGCAUGCGAUUUUGCCUGACAUAGACAUUUUUGCAAAGCAGUUUCUCCACAUAUAACACAUUUUUUUCAUGUUAAUAUGCAAUUUUAUACACACAUUACCAUAGCAUUUUUGUACAUGUUACUUGGCUGGAGAACUCCACUGCAAAGUUGAGAGUCAAGUGCCGAUGUCUAAAGAUGGCCGUGUUUUGGUUUGUACAUUGUUUCGGGAAAUGUGGAUUUGAUCGAGUCGCCUUUAAAUGUGAACUCAAUUUCCUCCCCAUCCCUCCUUUUCAGUUCUCUCUGCCAGGGAAAUGUCUCCAGCAAGAUGGGCAAAGUUGUCAGUUCACUCACAAGUGAGAACUGGAACAGAAAUAAUUAGCCGAUAUGCAGGUUGGUCAUCCCACCAUGUUCAUUUUGUAAAAGCAAAACAUCGCCAGCCCCUCUGAACAUUUGUAGAGUACGCUGGGGCGCUUGUACACCACGAUGUGUUAAUAUCUCUCGCCUGUGCAUUCUUUCCCCCCAGCUUUAUCCGGAGAACAAAGGGCAAAUUCCUUUUGGUAAAGGAGUUUUCAGGCUUUUCAACAACUCUCGCUGCUCAUCCUAGUUCAUGGGUCAACCUUAGAUUUUUAUGGGCUGUCCCCCAAGUUCAUCUGAACAGACUGCAUCUGUUAGGCGCCAGGACUGCGUGGUCACAUAAUAUGGAAAAGGAAAAGAGUUCAUUUAAGCAAAGGAAAUCUGGAAGCACUUUUUUUCUUUUCUUUUGAAAUUAUUCUGCUCCUGUUUCCCCACUCCCUCUCUCCCUUGUGAUAUAAACACAAGCCACAGGACUGUAAUAACACUGUAGGCUGCAACCAGGUCACCAGUAGAAUUACUACGAUGGAGGGCUCUCCAAGAUUACAUCAUUCUCCAAAACUUCCUUUGAGCAAAACCAUUCCAUGGCUACAUAACAGGAAGUCUCUCAGGUGAGCUGCAGCAACAACUUCCUGUGCUGAGAGGUGAGGAAAUCUCUGAAGUUGAGAGAAAUAUAGUGUUUCCUUCCAGCGGUGUGUCCCCCAUUGGUUUGGAAGAGGAUCUCAUUCUGAAGGCCACAAUCCCUGGAGUCAUUUGAUGGACAAUAAUGAUACCAGCUUAGACUGGUUGGUCUUUUACCGCAUUGUGGUACAAGAAGCACCCGACCCUGAAUAUUUGUGGCAUGCAGAGUUACAGGACUUCAACAAGACCAUGAGGUUAAUCCAAGGUACAAUUAUUGCUAAUUGAAAACUUUCCCCACUGCCACAAAUUAUGCCGUCAAUGGGGCAUGCACCCAUUGGGAAUAAAGCAACCUGUCCAACCCCCAGACUUUUGCAGGUGCAGACAGUGUUGGAAGUGGGAUUGCGCAUAAGUGCUCUGAUGCCAUCAUGCGCCCCAAUCAUCAUGAAUGCGCAAGAAAAAGGGUGUCUGGGGGGGGUCCCCCCGUUGCAUAGCCUUAAAUGACUCUUCAGUUGGUUUGCAAAUUAUGAAGUCCUUUAAAAAGUUCCUACAAAGAGAUUCCAGUUGGUAGAUUUUGCAUCAGGGGAGGCCUGCAGGUUCUUCCCAUAACAUGUUUAGACUAAACAAGAUGCAGGGGAGUAGGAACUCAAGUGACUGUAGAUUUCUUGUGAAUGUCGUUCUGAUUGUUUUCUCAAGGACGCCAAAUGGAAAGCUGAAGAAACAGGAACUUCCUCUUUGGCAAGAUUUAUGAGAGUGAUUUAAGUAAUAAAAUGAGAGCUUAUUUGCUUUCGUAGCCAUCAAUACUUUAUUUUUUUUUUUAAGUUACAAUAUACUGCUGUUCAGAAGGAGAUUUAAUCAAGAGAUGACUGUAAUCUAAAUGAGAAGCGCUGAAUGCUCGUUCUCUCACAAUUCCCAGGCACAUGCGAUGAAUGAAGCAGGCAAGCACCAAUGUAAAAUUGAACUUAUCAUGCACUUCUGUCAGUUUUAUCUGCCUUACGGCUUAAGAUUGCAGUGUUAUACAUGCACUGCGUUGGAAAAGAGAGGGAAGGGCCCUCUGCUCCCCACAGUUGCAAUUGUUUUCUCCAACCACCUCAAAUGUCUUCACGUGGGGUGGGCAGACUUUAGGCUUGUGGGAUCUACUUUGUUGUAAUCCAGAAUUUCAUGGUGCAUUCCUUGGAGACAGAUUCAGAAGAAUAGCCUGGAAUCAGAUGACUUGGAGGGCAUCCAUCUGAAUUACUGCAGAUCAGAGAAUCUAACAAACCAGUUUUCUUUGGUGGUGGUGGUGGGUGCAUAAGUAUGAAAAUAAAUCUGACUUUUUGUUUUUAAAUAAUUGUCAGAAAAUCUUCUUGAUCUACUGUAAAUGAUCUAGCACUCUACAUGUAGAUCCCAGCCUACCUUUUGCCCACUUUCACCUUGAAGGGUCUUCUCCUUGCUUGGUGCUUGACACAAAACAGAAAAGGUGGAAUAAGUUCUUUAAAAAAAUGCAUUCUGGGCAGACUCCAUGUCAACACGAUGCAGUCAUUUGGAUGGUGGGACAUGCCCUGGAACAAUAGCUAUUCCUAUCUGCAAUGGAGUUGGGGUAGGCUUCAGCCAACCCUCUGUUCGGGCUAUGUAGAAAAAUAGUUAAACCGUACUGCUCAACUGUUCCGAUUUAAGUGGAACUUCCUGGAAUUACAGAAGCCACUCCCGGCUUCUGAUUGGAUCCUGGAAUGUCCUGUAUUUUGGUCUGGUGCUCUGGUGCAAGCCAGCUGGCCAGACCAAAAGGCAUUGUUUUUUGGUCUCUUUCGCGCCAGAACACUGGAUCAAAAGACGCUCAUUUUUUGGUCUUGCGCUCUGGCAUGAGUCGGUUGACUCCCAUGAGAGUUCAGGACUGAAAAAAACAAGUGUCCUGAUUUGGAUCACCUGAAUGUUGGAAGGUCUGGUUAAACAUGUGUAAGCAAUAUGUGAAAAGAGCCCUGUGGAAAUUUACCCUGGAACGUCCCACUAAACCAGUAUUCUACAGCGACACUGAAAGAAAGCGAUGCACCCACAACUUCUGGAUUAGCAGUAGGGGUGUGGGGUUGAUUGAUGUAUUGAAAGUUGAACUUAUCAAAAUUGCGCUUUCUGAAACAAUAUGAUAACAAAAACAUAGCCAUCCUUUGAAAUUUGUACUUAUCUGAAUUCUGAUUUGUGGAGGGUUUACUACCUAGCCUUUUCUUCUCCUGAAGGCAGCAGAAGUUUAGGAUCAGAGUAUUCCUUCUCUUAGAUGGGCUACCUUCCUAGGUUGACGAGCCCCAUCUGCUCCUCACUUCCCUCUACAGCAGAUACAGAAACCACCUUCUUGAUCGUUGGACACACUGUUGGUCUUUUCCGCUCAAUCCACCGGAAUCUGUCUUCACAUACAGGGGAAUUCCAUAACUCACUAAGGGUUUGAGACCCAUCAGCUAGCCUCACUUGCUUUAGCUGGCCAGUCGAAGCCAUUCCUGGGGUGUGGCUGCUGUCACAUGCUGACAGCAUCUAGGAGCCACAGGUGAGAGCUGAGUGUGGGGUGGGGACCGAAGGUGGGCAAACUACUCCAGAAGGAGCAUGGCGUGUCCCCCACCAGAGGUGCCAUCCCUCCCGUAACAUCCC